UUCCCAGCCUUGCCUCGGGUGUAGGGAUUGCAAGGGAAAAAGCAAAACUACACGGUUAAGAUCCUGUGUAGUUUUGUUUUUAGGGAUAUUCGGAGGCUCAACCGUUCUCACACAGUGUUUUGUGAAACCAUAUCUGGAUAAGGACUUUUUCAGAAGACAAAACCCUUUGGGCUUCGCCCCAUCAGUUCAAGGCACUCUUGUGGAUACAAGGUGCCUUCCACCAUGGCAACAAAGGCGCCAACAUUUACACAGCCGCUUCAGAGCGUUGUGGCACUUGAGGGUAGUGCUGCAACGUUCGAAGCUCAAGUUAGUGGUAAUCCAGUUCCAGAGGUGAGCUGGUUUCGUGAUGGCCAGGUUCUUACUGCUGCCGCUCUGCCCGGCGCUCAGAUCUCAUUCAGCGAUGGCCGCGCUGCUUUGAUGAUCCCCGCCGUGACAGCCGCACACAGCGGAAGAUUUUCUGUCAGAGCCACCAAUGGCGCUGGACAAGCCACUAGCACAGCUGAACUGCUGGUUACAGCUGAAACUGCGCCACCAAACUUUAUUCAAAGACUACAAAGUAUGACCGUGAGACAAGGAAGCAAAGUGAGACUGGAUGUUCGAGUUACAGGAAUCCCUACACCUGUGGUGAAGUUUUACAGAGAGGGAGCCGAGAUUCAAAGCUCCGCUGACUUUCAGAUUGUUCAAGAUGGAGACCUUUACAGUUUGUUGAUCGCUGAAGCUUUCCCAGAAGAUUCAGGAACGUAUUCUGUCAACGCUUUCAACAGCAGUGGACGUGCAACCUCAACAGCUGAGUUACUUGUUCAGGGGGAAGAGGAAGCCGUACCUGCCAAGAAGUCAAAAACAGUCAUUUCAACCUCUCAGAUUUCACAGGCCCGUCAGACUAGAGUAGAUAAGAGGAUGGAGGCUCACUAUGAGGCCACAGCUAUGAUGCAAAUGCAAGUAGAGGGAGGAUUUGUUGCCCAGCAGCUGGCACAUAAGACCCCACCACGUGUGCCCCCUAAACCAUCUUCUAAAUCCCCCACUUCCCAUGUGACUAAAGUGGCAGGUGCCCGCCAACAGUCUCCCUCUCCAGUGAGGCAUGUUAGGGGUCCGACGCCCACUGCUGUCAGAGCUGUGUCUCCUUCCACGAGGCUGUCUGUUUCCCCGAUCAGACCAGUCAAGUCACCCAUAAUGACUCGCAAACAAGUUACACAGGCAACGGAGGUCCUGCCUCCAUGGAAGCAGGCGGGCUAUGUUUCUGAGGCCAGCUACCAGAGCAUGAUGGCAAGAGCAGCACAAGUCCAGACGACCACUACCCGUGUCCAAGUGGAGCGUUGUGAGGGCGCUGCUGCAGUUCAACAACAAAUUGGCAUUGUCAAAGAGGGUGGUGGAAAAAAGGCAGGGGCCGUGGCCACUGUGCUUGCUGCUGUCGAUCACGCACGCGUACGAAAGCCCAUGCAUGCCGAAGGGGCUCAAAUGGAAGAAGAUGCUGAUGUCACACAUCAGGAAAUGCUUGCCGCUAUGCAACAGGUCACAAGUAAAAAGGAGUUGUUGGUUAUUCCCCCUGAAAUGCCAGUGUCCACCACUGAGAAAAGUGUACAUGUCAGACAGAUCGAAAGAACAACCGAGGUUAGCUCCAAGGUGGAGACUGGCCUUGCACCUUCCCCAGCUCCACAUUUUACAGUAUCAAAAGUUACUGUACCAAAACCAGAUCAUAGCUAUGAGGUUUCAAUAGCAGGCUCAGCUAUUGCCACACUGCAUAAAGAGUUCUCUUCAACAACUGGUGCUCAAAAGAUCAUCAAGCCUGUCAAGCCGCCAACACAUAAGAUGCUAGAGACUCGUGUGACCCCAGAACCAACCCCUUCUCCAUUUAGAGAUGCUGCCGAGAGAUAUCAGACACAUUAUGACACCGAGUCAUACAGACAGAUAGGCGUUUCGUUUACUGGGGAGGAGUGGGAAACGCAGGUUGUUGAGACGGCAACAGUCCCCUCUGUUGUCAAAGAACCUGUUGUGCCACCUACCUUGAUAGCAGGUUUAAAGAACGUGACUGUCACUGAGGGAGAGUCUGUGACUUUGGAGUGCCAGAUUUCAGGUCAACCCACUCCAGCCAUUAUGUGGUUCAGAGAGGAUUACAGAAUCGAGAGCUCCAUUGAUUUUCAGAUCACUUAUGAACGCCAUUAUGCUCGUUUGGUGAUUCGCGAAGCUUUUGCUGAAGAUAGUGGCCGCUUCACUUGCACUGCUACGAGUGAGGCUGGAACCAUCAGCACCUCCUGCUACCUGUUGGUCAAAGUGUCUGAGGAGAUUGAGAGCAGAGAGGAGAUUACUGUCCAAGAGAAAAAGAUUGUCGUUGAAGCCAAAGAGGAGGCUGCAGCUGAAGUAAGCGCCGUCUCAGUAGAGACUGGACCAGGUGAAGCUCCUUUCUUUGUGAGGAAACCAGUGGUUCAGAAACUGGUUGAGGGUGGUAGUGUUGUCUUCGACUGCCAGAUCGGAGGCACCCCCAAACCUCAUGUUUACUGGAAAAAGAGUGGCGUUCCACUCACUACUGGAUACAGAUAUAGAGUUAGCUAUGACAAGGAUACAGGGGAAUGCAAGUUGGUGAUUUCUAUGACAUUUGCUGAUGAUGCUGGAGAGUACACCAUCUUUGCCAGGAACCAACAUGGAGAGGCAUCAGCUACCACAAGCCUCCUCGAAGAAGAGGAAUUUGAAGCCUAUAUGAAAACACAGGAAGUGACGUAUAUAACAGAAGUGACAGCAAUGGUACAGGAACCCAGAGUGGCAGAUGUGCCCCCUGUACAUGUAAGCGAAUAUGAAAAAGAGAUCGUGCAGCGAAGGAUGGCUCAACAAGCACAAAUGAUGCAGACCUUUAUCACAGAAACGGAAUUCCAAAUAUCGGCAAUUGAGCGAAAAAUAAUCCAAGAGAUUGAAAUCCGCAUCCUGAAAAUUACUUACCAAGAGCUGGUUAUUGAGGAUGGAGAGGAGAUGAUCAUGAAUAUUGCUGAGCAUGAGGCUGUCACAUCCUCAUUUAGUACUCCGGUCAAAAGCUACAGAAUUCUGGAAGGAAUGGGUGUUACUUUCCACUGCAAGAUGGAUGGAAAGCCAUUACCAAAGAUUGCCUGGUAUAAAGAUGGCAUACGCAUUAGGCAUGGAGGCCGCUAUCAGAUGGAGGUUCUGCAGGAUGGUAGAGCUAGUCUGCGCCUUCCUGUGGUGCUGCCAGAAGAUCAGGGAAUUUAUACCGCAUUUGCCAGCAAUAUGAAGGGCAAUGCUGUCAGUUCUGGAAAACUCUACAUUGAAUCCACUGCAGGUGCUCACUUUCCUCAGGCUGAAGCUGUGAGGAGAAUCCAGUCUGCAUCUCCAAUGUCUGCUCGGUCUGCUAGCUACUCACCUGGGCGGUCACCAGCUCGAUCUGUUAGCCGCUCUCCUGCUCGUAGACUUGAUGACACAGAUGAGUCCCAACUUGAAAGGCUAUAUAAGCCUGUGUUUGUACAGAAGCCAUCAUCAUUUAGGUGUUGUGAAGGACAAACUGCAAGGUUCGAUUUGAAGGUGGUUGGAAGACCCAUGCCCGACACCUUUUGGUUCCACAAUGGACAACAAGUGGUCAAUGACUACACCCACAAGAUUGUGAUAAAGGAGGAUGGAACUCAGUCGAUGAUUGUGGUUCCUGCCAUGCCUCAUGACUCUGGAGAGUGGACCGUUGUUGCUCAGAACAGAGCUGGAAAGACAACCGUUUCUAUGACUCUCACCGUUGAAGCAAAGGAAAAUUUGGUCCGACCUCAGUUCAUAGAAAAGCUAAGGAACCUCAGUGUUAAGGAAGGAAGUUUAGUCGAGUUGGCGGUUAAAGCCAUUGGAAACCCUCUCCCUGACAUUGUCUGGCUGAAAAACAGUGAUAUCAUCUCUCCUCAUAAAUACCCUAACAUCAGAAUUGAGGGUGCCAAGGGACAGGCACAUUUUAAGAUUCCUCAGUCCUCCGGCUCUGAUAGUGCAUGGUACACAGCCACAGCCAUAAACAAGGCUGGCAGAGACACCACUCGCUGCAGGGUCAAUGUGGAAGUAGAGUACACCCAACCCGAACCAGAAAGAAAACUCAUCAUUACUAAAGGAACAUAUAAAGCCAAGGAAAUUGCUGCACCGGAGAUUGAACCCCUCCAUCUUCGCUAUGGUCAGGAACAAUGGGAAGAAGGUGAUCUUUAUGACAAGGAGAAGCAACAGAAGCCACACUUUAAAAAGAAGCUUACCUCAGUCAGAAUGAAGCGAGUUGGACCAGCACACUUUGAGUGUAGAUUGACCCCUAUUGGUGACCCAAACAUGGUCGUUGAGUGGCUGCAUGAUGGCAAGCCCCUGGAAGCUGCUAACAGACUGCGCAUGAUCAAUGAGUUUGGCUAUUGUAGUCUUGACUAUGAAGCUGCUUAUUCCAGGGACAGUGGUAUCAUUACCUGCAGAGCCACCAACAAGUUUGGUAUCGAUCAGACCUCUGCAACCCUGAUUGUGAAGGAUGAGAAGAGUCUUGUGGAGGAGAGCCAGCUGCCAGAAGGUAGAAAGGUUCACAGAAUAGAUGAAAUGGAAAGAAUUGCUCAUGAAGGUGCACCCUCGGGAGUUUCAAUGGAUGAUGUGACUGAAAAGACCAAGCCAGAUAUUGUCUUACUCCCAGAACCCAUAAGAGUAUAUGAGGGGGAAACAGCCAAAUAUCGUUGCAGAGUGACCGGUUACCCUACUCCCAAAGUCAACUGGUACCUCAAUGGACAGCUUAUUCGUAAGAGCAAAAGAUUCAGACUACUAUUUGAUGGCAUUCACUACCUGGAAAUCACUGAUUGUAAGUCAUAUGAUUCUGGAGAUGUCAAAGUAUUGGCUGAGAACCCAGAGGGUACAGCUGAGCAUACUGUAAAGCUGGAGAUCCAACAGAAGGAAGAUUUUAGGACAAUCUUGCGUCGUGCUCCUGAAAUGAAGGCACCGGAGGCACAUGAAGCUGGCAGAGUGUCCUUUGAUGUUGUGAAGGUGGAUAAACCCACAGAGACUUCACAAACAAAAGAGGUUGUCAGGCUAAAGAGGGCAGAGAGAGUUGUCCAUGAAAAAUCUACAGAGGAGACAGAAGAGCUGCGCAGCAAAUUUAAACGCAGGACUGAAGAGGGCUAUUAUGAAGCCAUAUCCUCGGUUGAGAUGAAGUCUCGCAGGAAGGACGAGUCUUAUGAAGGAAUGUUAAAGAAGAGAAAAGAGGAGCUUCUGCACUGGACCAAAGAGGUUUCUGAGAUUGAAAAGAGAAAGGAGGAGGAAGAACGCAAACUUACCAUUCCUACAAUCAGACCUGAGAAAAUAGCUUUUUCUCCUAGUAUGGAGGCUCCGAAGAUCUUGGAAAGAAUUCAGAGCCAGACAGUUGCACUGUCUGAAGAAGUGCGUUUCCGUUGUAGGGUUGUUGGUAAGCCUGAUCCAGAGUGCCAAUGGUUCAAAAAUGGAAUUUUACUGGAGAAGACGGAUCGUAUUUACUGGUUUUGGCCUGAGGACCAUGUCUGUGAGUUAGUGAUCAAAGAUGUCUCAGCUGAGGACUCUGCUAGUAUUAUGGUCAAAGCUAUGAACGUUGUUGGUGAGGCAUCAAGCCAUGCCUUCUUACUGGUUCAAGCCAAACAAGUUUUAUCUUUUACUCAAACGCUGGAGGAUGUCCAUGCAAAAGAGAAAGACACAAUGAUGACCUUUGAGUGUGAGACAAACGAACCAUUUGUCAAGGUCAAAUGGUUGAAGAACAAUGCUGAAAUUUUCUCUGGAGAUAAAUAUAGGAUGCACUCGGACAGAAAAGUGCAUUUCCUUUCUGUGCUGACAAUCGGCAUGGACGAUGAAGCGGAUUACACGUGUGCAAUAGCUGACGAUGACCACAUAAGCACCACCGCCAAACUUCAUGUUGAAGCUGCACCACUGGAAAUUGUUACACAUUUGGAGAGCAUUGAAGUGCCUGAGACAUACGCCGGAGAGUUUGAGUGCGAACUGUCCCGCGAAGAUGCUGAGGGUACAUGGUACUUUGAGAACAAAGUAAUUACCCCAAGCUUAAAAUAUGUUGUGUCAUCCCGUCGUGGCCGACACAGUCUAUCGGUAAGAGAUGUCAAGAAGGAGGACCAGGGAAAAUAUACUUUCAAAGUGGGUGAUCUGACAACGAGUGCCACACUAAAGAUGCAAUUGCGUCCAGUAACUCUGAUGCAAGGGCUCUCUGACUUGACGGUUUGCGAGGGUGAUAUAGCCCAAAUGGAGGUGCGAUUCUCACAGGAAAACGUGGAAGGAAGUUGGAUGAAAAAUAGCCAGCCUCUUUCUGCCUCUGACAGAGUUCACAUUGUCAUCGACAAACUUGUCCACAAAGUUCUGAUUGAAAAUGUCAACAGGGACGAUGCUGGAAUAUAUUCGUUUAGUGUUCCGGCUCAGUAUAUUACUACAAGUGGAAAACUGACUGUUCAGACAAUCGAAAUUGUAAAUCCUCUUAAGGAUGUCCACACCAUUGAGGGUACAAAGGCGGUGCUAGAGGCUAAAAUCUCUGCCCCUGAUGUUAGCUCUGUGAAAUGGUACCAGAAUGACAAGCUUAUCGUACCUAGUGAGAGAGUCCAGAUGGUUGCCAAAGGGUCCAAGCAGAGGCUGGUUUUUAGCAGGUCAUUUGCUUCUGAUGAAGGACACUAUAGGCUGGCAGUUGGCAAAGUGGAAACAUCUUGCAACCUGUCUGUUGAGACGGUCGACAUCGUCAAGCAUAUGCAGGACUGUGUAUGCACAGAAACUCAGAAUGUUACUUUUGAAGUGGAAUUAACCCACAGUGGAAUAGAUGCUUAUUGGACCUUCAAGAAUCAGCCUUUGAAGGCUGGACCCCAACACAAAAUGGUGUCCAAAGGGAAGCACUAUAGCUUAACCAUCAUUAAUGCCAUGAAGGAUGAAGAGGGCCAGUAUGAAUUUGCAGCGGGUGAAAAGACGUCCAGUGCAAAACUUACUGUGUCAGGAGGCGCCAUAAACAGGCCACUUUGUGAUGUGACUGUUGCAGAAUCACAAACUGCUGUGAUGGAGUGUGAAGUUGCUAAUCCCGAUUCUGAGGGCAGGUGGCUUAAAGAUGGCCACUCCGUUCUCUUUAGUGAAAAUGUUAAAAGUGAGGAUAAAGGUGCGGUGCGCCGGCUUAUCUUUGUGAGCACAAGACCACAAGAUAUUGGAGAGUACACUUAUCAAGUGGCAAACUCCAAAACAUCUGCCAACCUUAGGGUUGAAGCUGUGAAGAUUAAGAAGACGUUGAAAAACCAAACAGUUACUGAAACACAAGAGGCAGUAUUUAGUCUUGAACUCACCCAUUUAGAUGUCAAAGGAUCCCAGUGGAUCAAGAAUGGUGUAGAAAUUGUUCCCAGUGAUAAAUAUGAGAUAACCGUAGAGGGUGUUGUGCACACCCUGAAGAUCAAGGACUGCAACACCCAAGAUGAAUCAGUCUAUGGAUUUAAACUUGGAAAGCUGACUGCAAAUGCUAGACUUAAUGUUGAAAGUAUUAAGAUUGUGAAGAGACCAAAAGAUGUGACCUCCCUGCUGAAUACAACAGCCUCAUUUGAACUGAGUUUAUCCCAUGAUGGCAUACCGGUUAAAUGGAUGUUCAAAAACCAAGAGCUCAAACCAAGUGCCAAUAUUCAAAUUUUGUCAGAAAGGAAAGCGCACAAGUUGGUCAUUCAGAAUGUUGAAGAAGCCGAUGCUGGAGAAUACACAGCUGUUGUUGGACAUUUGCAGUGCAGUGCAUAUUUACAUGUUGAAUCUUUGAGAGUCACUAAGCCCCUGAAGGACCUUGAGAUUCCCGAGACCCAUGUGGCCACAUUCGAGUGUGAAGUUUCACAUUUCAAUGUCCCAUCCACCUGGCUGAAAAAUGGGGUUGAGAUUGAGAUGAGCGAGAAGUUCAGGAUUGUGGUGCAGGGCAAACUGCAUCAGCUGAAGAUCAUGAACACCAGCCGAGAUGACUCUGCAGAAUACACAUUUGUGUGUGGAAAUGACAGAGUUUCUGCCACGCUGACAGUUAACCCUCUCCUUAUCACAUCUAUGCUCAAAGACCUGAAUGCACAGGAGAAAGACACAAUCACAUUUGAGGUGACCGUUAACUAUGAAGGCAUCACCUACAAAUGGCUGAAGAAUGGCAUAGAAAUCCGAUCCAGCGACAGAUGCCAAACUCGGACUAAACAGUUAAGUCACUCUCUAACUAUCCGCAACGUACACUUUGGGGAUGUGGGAGAGUACACGUUUGUGGCCGGAUCUGCUGCAACAUCAGCCAAGCUAUUUGUUGAAGCUCGUGUUAUUGAGUUCACUAAGCAUAUCAAAGACAUAAAAGUUACUGAGAAGAAGAAGGCUGUUUUCGAAUGUGAGCUGUCCGAGCCCAACGUCAUAGUAACAUGGAUGAAAGACGGUCAGGAACUUGAAUUAUCUGAAAGGCACAAAGUCACCACAGAAAAACAUAUGCAUCGUCUGAUGAUCCAAACCGUUCGCAUGUCAGAUGCUGGUGAAUACUCUGUGGUAGCUGGUGCAAGCAUUUCAAAGGCCAACCUUACAGUUGAGGGGAAGGAUGUGCGUAUUAGUGAACCUGCACAGAAGACAAUCACUGUGCUUGAGAAACAAAGAGCAACAUUUGAGUUUGAGGUCAGUGAGGAAGACAUCGAGGGUCGUUGGCUGAGAAACGGAGUUGAGAUACAGUUUUCUCUCGAGCCACGUUUCAACUAUGCGACUAUUAGAAAAGUUCAUCGCCUGACAAUCACAGAGAGCUACAGGAGCGAUGCGGGACCAUACACAUUUAUUGCUGGAAAGAACAGAAGUGUGGUGAACCUGAUUGUCAACAUCCCUGAGCCUCCUCAGAUUGUCAGAGACAUGGAGCCACUAUCUGUUGAGGCUGGCAAGCCUGCACGUUUCUCCGUGGUGGUGACAGGAACCCCUCAACCUCAGGUAUCCUGGUACAAGAACUCUCAGGCUCUGUCCUCUGGGUUCAAGUGUAAGUUCCUGAGGGAUGCCACCGAGUACACAUUGCUGCUCAUUGAGGUCUUCCCAGAAGAUGCAGCACUGUACACCUGUGAAGCUAAGAAUGACUAUGGAGAAGCCACAAGCUCUGCUUCGCUUGAUGUGGAAGUUCCAGAAGUUGUUUCUCCUGAAGCCGGAGCACCCCUUUCACCACCUGUGGUAAUAACACCAAUACGCAGUACUUCUGUCAACGAAGGAGAACCUGCCAGGUUCCAGUGUCGUGUCUCAGGGGAAGAUCUGACGAUUACUUGGUAUUGCAAAGACAAGGAGAUCAAGCAGUCGGACAUAUUCCGAGUGUCCCAGUUCAAUGACAACUGUCAGCUGGAGAUUGCCAGAGUUUAUCCUGAGGAUGAGGGCGAGUACACGUGUGUUGCUCGUAAUUCUGCAGGAAUGGUCUCGUGCUCUGCUGUACUGAAAGUGAAUGUUACAAAAGUGCGAGAAGAUAUUGAAGCAAAAAUUGAAGAAGAAGUCAAAGUGCCACCUGUUUUCAGGCAAAAAAUCCAAAAUCUGGAGGUCAGUGUUGGCAGCCCUGCAAAGUUUCAGUGUGAGAUUGAGGAGGCUCCAGGUGUAACAUUCAAGUGGUUCAAAUCUGGUUCUGAGAUUAGAGAUAGUGACAAAUUCAGGAUUAUCAGCUAUCAUUACACUUCAUCUCUGGAGCUCUUGAGCCCAUCAGUGGCUGAAAUUGGAGAAUUUACCUGCAAAGCUUCAAACCGACAUGGAACUGACAGCUGUUCUGCUAGGCUAAGCGUGACAGAGAUGUUCCCACCAGAGUUUGUAUCGAAGCCAGAUUCGAUGACUUUAUUUGUGGGCAAGCAAGCGAAAUUUCAGUGUGUUAUUGCAGGUUCCGAACCCAUGACUGUUGUCUGGCACAAAGACAAUAUUGCCAUUUCACUUGAUGAUCACUACAAAGCAUCCACUGACAAAAACAAGUACUGUCUUGAAAUCUUGAAUCUACAGCAGAGCGAUCAGGGAACAUACCUUUGCAAAGCCACCAACAGUGUGGGCACAGCUACGUGCUACACUGAACUUUGGGUUGUAGACAAACCCAGCUUUGUGAAGAGUUUUAAGUCGACCACUUUUGCUGUGGGAAACCCACUACGCCUUGAGUGUCAAGUAGACGAAGAUACAGGUGUGACUGUCGUCUGGAUGAGGGAGGGCAAAAAACUCCAUAAUACAAUGGAUUGUAAACUAUCUUUUGAGGAAAAAGUGGCUAGUCUUGAAAUUCCAAAGGCCAAACUGAAAGACACGGGUGAAUAUACCUGUACUGCUGCAAAUGAUGCAGGAAGCAGCAGUUGCUCUGCUGUUGUAAGAGUGCAAGAACCCCCCGCAUUUGUUAAAAAGUUGGAGCCCAAGAUCUUAUGGAAGCAAGGAAUGUCAGCACGUCUUUUAUGUACUGUUAAAGGAUCCCCUGAACUCCAUGUGACUUGGUUUUUGAAUGACAAGCCACUUAGUUCUUCUGAAAAACACAAAAUCACUUUUAAAGACGGUCAAGCCACUCUUGAAAUUACUAACUUGUCUGAGUCUGAUAGUGGAAACUACACUUGUGAAGUGAUGAAUGAGGCUGGCUGUGAAAGCUGUAGCAGUCAAGUAACUGUAAAAGAACCUCCUGCCUUUAAAAAGGAAUUGCAUAUGGUGGAGGUUGUCAAGGGGUGCACAGCCCUGCUUGAAUGUGAAGUUACAGGAACUGCUCCAUUUGAAGUGACCUGGUUUAAGAGUAAAAAUCCAGUAUCCACUGAUAAGAAGUACAAUAUUGUAUCAAAGGACACAGUUACAUAUUUGGAAAUCAAAUCAUUUGAAACUGCAGAUGUUGGAGAUUACCAGUGCAGCAUUUCCAAUGAUGUUGGUAAAAUUACUACAAAAGCGGUAGUGAAACUGAAAGACCCACCAUCUUUUGUAAAGAAAAUUGAGAACACAACUGCAGUUUUGGGCAGCGGUGUAAAACUGCAGGGAUCUCUUAAGGGUUCUGCACCCAUUGCAGUACAGUGGUUCAAAGACUCUGAGCUACUUAGAAAUGAUGAUCCUAAUAUAACCACAUCUUUUGAAAACAACAUUGUUAUUUUGGCAAUAGCAAAUGUUGCCAUAAAUCAUGGUGGAAAAUAUACAUGUCAAGCUGAAAACGAGGCUGGAAAACAAAAAUGCGAGGCCACCAUAUUAGUUCAAGAACCAGCUAGGUUUGUUGAGAAACCACCUUCCAUCAGCGUGACAGCAGGGGACACUGCGACUCUGGAGUGCACAGUUUCAGGAAGUCCAGAUCUCAAAGUAAAAUGGUUUAAAGAUGGCAAAGAGGUUACAGGGAGCCGAAAAUACAAAAUCUCCUUUAAAGACAAUGUAGCAGUGUUCAAAAUUCUCUCGGCAGAGAGAGGAGAUAGUUCUGAAUACAAAGUUGAAGUUUCAAAUCGUGUUGGAAAGGAGCAAUGCUCUUGCUCGAUCAGUAUUCUUGAUAAAAUCAUUCCCCCAACUUUUACAAAAAUUCUUAAAAAGGUAGAUGGUAAUGUUGGGGGCAGUAUUCUGAUGGAAUGUAAGGUGUCAGGAUCCCAGCCCAUAACAAUAUCUUGGUUUAAAGAGGGCAAAGACAUUACAACUGGAGCAAAAUAUCAAAUUGAAAAGCAUGAAAACACUGCUAUACUGAAAAUAGCUGAUUUAGAGACAUCAGAUGCUGGGGUUUUCACAUGCCGUGCAACUAAUCCUGCAGGACACAGUGAAACAAGUGGAACUGUUUCUGUUAAAGAACCUCCAGUCUUCACCUUGACACCUCAAUCCCAAGAUGUUGUACCAGGAUCUACAGUUGUCCUGAAAGCUGCUUUCACUGGGACAGCACCCUUUGUUAUUAAAUGGUUCAAAGAAGAUAAAGAAAUGUUAACUGGAGGAACUUGUUUCAUCAAGAAAGAAACCAACUCAAGUUCACUGGAGCUACAUUCUGUGAAGCCAUCUCAUUCUGGGCAAUACACAUGCCAGGUGUCAAAUGAUGCUGGAAAGGUGUCAUGCACCGCUACUUUAUUUGUAAAAGAACCUCCUAAAUUUGUGAUUAAGCUUGACUUGACUAAACUAGUAUUAAGUGGGAGUCUUGCAACUUUGGAAUGUAAAGUGACUGGCAGCCCAGAGAUCAUUGUUAGAUGGUUUAAGAAUGAGACUGAAAUCAGUUCAAAUGACAAAUAUCAAAUGACCUUCAUUGACUCAGUUGCUACACUAAAGAUUGCCCAUUGCUGUGUUGAAGACAGUGGAGAUUUUAUUUGCCAAGCAUCAAGUGAAGCUGGCAGUGAUAGUUGUAGUUGCUUGGUUACAGUCAAAGAACCUCCUGCAUUUGUGAAACCUUUUGAAUCCAAAGAAAUUGUUAAGGGCACCGAUGUUGUGUUGGAAGGAAUGUUGUCAGGCUCAGCUCCCUUCGAGAUAUCCUGUUUCAAAGAUUCAAAGCAGAUUCGAAAUGAUAGGAGGCACAUCAUAAGCCUGACAAAUGAUGUAGCAAAUCUUCAGAUUCUGAAAUUUGAACCUGGAGAUGCUGGCAAAUAUCAAUGCACUGUAGCAAAUGAAGUAGGGCAGGCCUCAUGUGAUUUUCAUGUUGCAAUGAAAGAGCCACCAUCAUUUGUGCAGAAGAUGGAUAAUACAGAUGUCAUUCUUGGCGGAGACAUUUCCUUACAGUGUGUUCUAAAAGGGUCAUUGCCCAUGACCGUCUCUUGGAUGAAAGAUGACCACGAGAUCAAAGAAUCUGAGCAUGUUCAGAUAUCAUUCGAGAACCUCACCGCAGUGGUACACAUUUCUAGUGUACAGUUAAAACAUGGUGGAAAGUAUACUUGCCAAGCUCAGAAUGAAGCUGGUAGCCAGAAAUGUACAGCAGUACUGGGGGUAAAAGAACCUGCAAACAUCACAGAGCCAGCCAAGUCUCUUAGUGUCACAGUAGGUGAUCCUGCAACUCUUGAGUGCAGAUAUUCUGGUUCCAAAGUUCUUAAAGCAAAAUGGCUAAAGGAUGGAAAGGAGUUGACAUCAGGUAGAAAAUACAAAGUACAGAGUACCGAUACAAAGUCCACAUUAAAAUUACUUUCUACCGAGAAGAGUGAUGGUGGAGAAUAUAUAUUUGAGGUUUCAAAUGAUGCUGGAAGGAGCACUUGUGAGGCCGUUGUGACUGUUUUAGAUCAAAUAAUCAAGCCUUCUUUCACAAGAAAAUUGAAGGCAACGGAAAGUAUAAAAGGAUCUUUUACACAGCUGGAGUGUCUGGUCUCUGGAUCUCUUCCUAUAACUCUCACUUGGUUUAAGGAAAACAAGGAGAUACAGACUGAUGAGAAACACAAAUGCAUUUUCUUUGAGAAUGCAGCGUCUUUGGAAAUCAGUCAUCUUGAUAGCUCAGACAGUGGCAGUUAUACCUGUAUUGCUAAAAACCAGGCAGGCACUGCCCAGUGUUCAGCCACGCUGAAUGUUAAAGAACCUCCUUCAAUCAUUGAAAGACCUGAAUCACAAGAUGUUAUACCUGGAUCCAAAGUGCAGUUUAAUGUGCUCCUGUCUGGAACACCUCCCCUGACCAUUAAAUGGUUUAGAAAUAAGAAAGAAGUCUCAUCAGGAAUUGACUGUUCCAUUCAGAAAGCGGACACCUCCAGCUCACUAGAGCUCUUUUUUGCUAAGCCCUCAGACUCUGGAGAAUAUGUCUGCGAAAUAAGUAAUGAUGUCGGAUCAGAUGCUUGCCAAGCAACACUCUUCGUAAAAGAACCUCCCAAAUUUACCCGCAAGCCUGAAAAAAUGUCAGUGGUUAAACCUGGUCAACUAGUAGUUUUUGAAUGCCAGGUUACAGGCACUCCAGAAAUAGACACAUACUGGUUUAAAGAAGGGAAUGAAAUAAGUCAGAGUGACAAACAUAAAAUAACUUUUAUUGAUUCUCUGGCACGGCUUGAGAUAAGCAACAGCGAUAUCAAAGACAGUGGAGUUUACUACUGUGAAGCACGUAAUGACGCAGGCAGUGAGAGCUGUAGUAUGGAGCUAAGAGUAAAAGAGCCACCAGCUUUUGUGAAGUUUUUAAGUCCUCUUGAGGUUGUGAAUGGCUCCAAUGCAUAUUUUGAAUGUCAGGUGAAAGGAACAGCUCCUUUCGAAGUCACCUGGCAAAAGGAUUCAAACGAUAUUAAAUCGAGCCACAAGCAUGUCAUUUUGCAGAAGAAUGGCUCCAUAAUGACUCUUGAUGUGCAAAAAUGUGGUGCUUUAGAUGUUGGAGAAUAUCAGUGCAUUGUUGCGAACGAAGUUGGGAGUUGUUCAAGUCAGACUACGCUUAGCAUCAAAGAGCCUCCAUCAUUUGUGGAAAGGAUUGAGAACGUUGUCACAGUUCUCGGAAAAGUGGCUGAGUUUAAAUGUGUUGUGAGAGGUUCACCAACUCUGACCAUACAAUGGCAGAAAGAUGAAAACUGGAUCAUGGAGGAUCCUAAAAUUGAGAGGACUUUCGAGAACAAUAUAGCCACUCUGAGAAUCCCUGUGUGUGAGUCCAUCCACAGUGGAAGAUACACUUGUCAGGUUGUGAAUGAGGCAGGACAAGAGAAGUGUUUUGCUACCCUUCUGGUGCAAGAGCCUCCUCAGAUAAUUGAGAAGCCAGAGGUGAUUAAUGUCACUGUUGGAGAUCCGGUCAGUUUUGAGUGCAAAGUCAAAGGCUCUCCUGAGCUGAAAGUGAAAUGGAGUAAAGAUGGCAAAGAAGUGGUGCCAUCAAGACAGCACAGCCUCAGCUUUGUCAACAAUGUUAGCCAACUUAAAAUUCAGUCUGUCCAAUUGGAGGAUAAAGGAACUUAUGACUUUGAGGUUUCCAACCACAUCAGUGCCUGUCAAUGCAAAAUGACCUUAAAUGUCCUAGAACAAAUUAUUCCCCCAUCGUUCAUUAAACCUCUGGUGGAAAUGGAGGAAAUUUUAGGAACAAAUGUUCAAAUUGGAUGUAAAAUAUCAGGCUCGCACCCCAUUACUGUGGAGUGGGUAAAAGAUGGAACUAAACUGUCUGGAAGAACCAAGCAUAAGCUGCUUCAAGAUGAAAGCAGUGUGUCUUUGGAGAUAGAGUGUUUGGAGAAAGCUGACACUGGAACUUACACUUGCAAACUUACUAACAAAGCAGGCAGUUGUGAAUGCAGUGGUACACUGAGGGUGAAAGAACCACCAAGCUUUGUGCUGGUUCCAGAACCACAGGCUGUCAUACCAAAUACCACUGUUCGUUUUAAGAGUACUUUUAAAGGAACACCUCCCUUCACAGUGAAGUGGUUUAAAGAUGACACUGAGCUGAUCUGUGGACCAUCCUGUUUCACUGGUCUGGAAGGCCUCUCAUGUUUUCUAGAUCUUUUUGCCGUUGGAAUUUCGCACAGUGGAACUUACUCUUGCCAAAUUACCAAUGAUGCUGGUACCUGUAAAUGUACCACAACCUUGUUAGUAAAAGAACCUCCAGAGUUUGUACAGAAACUGCCAGCUGCAAAAGUCCUAAAGAUCUGGGAGCCACUCCAGCUUGAAUGCAAAGUAACUGGCACAGCUCCUCUGAAAAUUAGCUGGUACAAAAAUGAUGCUCUACUCAGUGAUGGCGACAACUUGAGAAUGGCUUUUGAUGGCUCAGUGGCAACCCUUGAAAUUUUCAAGUCCAGCUUUGAGGAUAGUGGAGUCUACACCUGUGAAGCCCAGAAUGAUGCUGGAACAAAGAGUUGUAGCACUACAUUCACAGUUAAAGAACCACCAGUUUUCCACAAAAAACCAACACCGGUCGAGGGGCUGAAGGGCAAAGAUGCCAGUCUCGCCUGUGAGCUGAAAGGCUCAGCACCUUUUGAGAUAAAUUGGUUUAAAGAUAAAGUGCAGUUAAAGGAAAGUAGGAAGUAUAAGUUUGUGUCUGAAGGAGGUUCUUCAACUCUCCACAUUCUUGGCCUUGAGGAAUCAGACACAGGGGAAUAUGAGUGCAAGGCAUCAAAUAACGUAGGAAGUGAUGUCUGCCAGGGCACAGUAAAGCUAAGGGAACCACCAACCUUUGUGAAGAAAUUAUCCAGUACAACAGCCAUCUCUGGUGAGGAGGUGGUGUUGUUGGCUAAGGUCAAAGGUUCUCAGCCUAUGACAGUGUCUUGGGUUCAGGAUAAAGAUCACGUUCUCAGAGAUAGUGACAACAGGAAAAUUACAUUUGAAAAUAAUGAAAUCACCCUGAGGGUAUUUAAAGCUGACCCUACCACUGCUGGAAAAUACACCUGCCAAAUCAAAAAUGAUGCUGGUGUGGCAGAAUGCACAGCCACCCUGACUGUCCUAGAGCCUGCAGCUAUUGUGGAUAAAACUGAAUCAGUCAGUGUUACAGCGGGUGACUCCGCUACCUUUGAGUGCACUGUAUCUGGAACUCCAGAGCUCCAACCAAAAUGGUACAAGGAUGGUGUGGAGCUGUCUUCAGACAAGAAAUACAAAAUCACCUUCUCAAAAAUGACCUCCAGUCUUAAGUUCUUGUCAACAGAGAAAAGUGAUACUGGGGAAUACACUUUUGAGGUCAAGAAUGAAGUUGCCAGUGAUAGCUGUAAAAUGCAUCUAACUGUUUAUGACAAAAUUGUCCCACCUUCAUUCUCACGAAAACUGAAGGACACACAGAGUAUAGUUGGCAAAACUAUUGAAAUGGAUUGUAAAGCCUCGGGUUCUGCACCACUUACCAUCUCUUGGUACCAUAACGACGAGGAGCUCAAAAGUGGGCCAAAUUAUGAGAUUACAUUUGCUGAGAAUACCUGCACAUUGAAAUUGCCAACUUUGAAACUGUCAGACUCGGGCACAUACAAAUGUAAAGCUGUAAACAGUGCUGGGUCUGCAGAAACAUCUGCUUCUUUGGAUGUUAAAGAGCCUCCUUCUUUUGUGACCAUACCUCAACCGGUCGAAGCACUGCCAGGUACAAAUGUGACCUUUAAAGCAACUGUCGCAGGAAGUACACCAAUGAAACUGAAGUGGUUCAGGGGCAGUACGGAAAUUGUGUCUGGUAGAACCUGUGAAAUCGCUUUGAAAGGAGAUAUUGCCACUCUAGAGCUCUACAACAUUGACAAAUCUCACACUGGCGAGUACACUUGCCAGAUCAUUAAUGAUGCAGGGAAGGAAAAUUGCCCUGUGAACCUGUUUGUUAAAGAGGCUGCGCACUUCGUCAAAAAGCUUAAGAACGUCUCUGUUGAAAUGAGCAAAUCGCUAAUGCUUGAAUGCACGUAUGCGGGAAGCCCAAAAAUUCUUGUGAAAUGGUUUAAAGACGGCCAGGAGAUUUACUCCUCGUACAACUAUAACAUCACAACAACUGAGAGCUCCUGCAUCCUGGAGUGCCUAAACAGUGACAAAGAAACUGCUGGGAAUUACACUUGUGAGGUUUCCAACGAUGCUGGACACGACACUUGCGAUGCUGUGGUGUCCAUUUUAGAACCCCCUUUCUUUACCGAGAGCUUGGAACCCAUGGACGUAACUGCGGGCGAUGCAGUUUGUCUGAAAUGCCAGAUCAGUGGCACUCCUGAAAUUAAAGUCUCAUGGUUCAAGGCGGAUGGCAAAGUGCGAUCUUCUCCAACCUGCAGGAUGGAAUUUCUUAAAGGCACUGCCUGCUUGAAACUAACUAAGGUUGCAAAAUCUGAUGUUGGUGAAUACAAAUGCAAGGCAGAAAACAGUAUAGGAUCUGCCUCUUCCAGCUGCUUCUUAACCGUACAAGAUGUGAAAACACCACCAUCUUUCCCUAAGAAAAUUACUAGCAUUACACAAACUGAAGGACAGCCUGUCCAGUUUGAAUGUCGUGUAGCAGGAUCCUCUCCUAUGGAAGUGUCUUGGCUUAAAGAUGGUGAACCUCUUAGGAGUAGUGCAGAAUACACAAUGACUUUUGAUGAUAACUCUGCUGUCCUAAAGAUAACCAGGGGUGAAAUGAGACAUUCUGGGGAAUAUACUUGUGUCGCAACCAAUAGUGUUGGAACUGCUUCAUGUAGAGCCAAACUUACACUUCAAGAGCCAAGAUAUCCACCUGUAUUUGAUAAAAAGCUAAUGCCUGUAGAGGUCAUGAUGGGAAAUCCUGUUGAACUGGAGUGCCACAUGACUGGAUCAUUGCCAAUUAAAGUCACUUGGUCCAAGGAUCACAAAGACAUCCGCACAGGGGGCAAUUAUAAGAUAUCUUUUGAGGAAAACACUGCUCAUUUGACAAUUUUGAAGACUGAUAAGAAUGACUCAGGCCGUUACACUUGCCACGCUAGUAAUGAUAUCGGGAAGGACUCUUGCUCCACAGAGGUUUCUGUGAAAGAGCGCAAAAAUCCACCAACUUUUACCAAAAUGCCUUCACCUGUUGAUGACACAGAGGGCAAAAUUGUGAAGCUGGAGGGUCGCGUAGCUGGAUCACAGCCACUGACUGUGAACUGGUAUAAAGACGGCACUGAAAUUUUCACCUCAGACAGUUACGAUAUAACUUUCAAGAACAGCGUGGCUGUGCUGUGCAUCAAGAAAUCUAAUGUGCAUGAUAGUGGCACAUAUACAUGCAAAGCCACCAAUGAAGCAGGAACAGCUGCUUGUGAAGCAUCCGUUCACAUUACAGAGCAAAAGGUACCACCAAGGUUUGAUGUACCUCUUAAACCAGUUACUGUGACUCAAGGUGAGCCACUCACCCUCAGCUGCCAUGUGCGUGGAUCUCCUCCAUUUAAGAUUCAGUGGCUGAAAGACAGGCGAGAGCUUUCCUCCUCUCCAAGCACCAAAAUCACAUUUGUUGAUGGCACAGCCACAUUGGAGAUGGUUAGUGUAUCUAAAACAGAUACGGGCGAUUACCUCUGCAAGGCGACCAAUGAUGUUGGUAGUGAGUUCUGCAAGAGUAAAGUCACUAUCAAAGCAAUUACAGAGAAAACAGAAACACCUCCACCGGCCCAGGCAGUGCCUUCACCACCAGUCAAAAAGCUGGACAACUUGUUCUUCAUUGAGGAGCCCAAGAGCAUUCAUAUCGUUGAGAAGGGCACAGCUACCUUUAUUGCCAAAGUUGGUGGGGAUCCCAUUCCCAAUGUUAAAUGGAUGAAGGGCAAAUGGAGGCAGAUGACUCACGGGGGUCGAAUCAACAUUGAACAAAAGGGACAAGAGGCCAAGCUGCAUAUCAAAGAUGUGACCAAAUCUGACGCUGGCCAGUACAGAUGUGUUGCCUCGAACAAACACGGAGAAAUUGAGUGCAGCACCGACUUAAAUGUUGAAAAGAAGAAAGAGACUGGACCGGAGGUUGUCACACUAAAGAAGACACCAUCAAAGCAGAAAAGCGCUACAGAGGAAAAGGAAAUUGACAUUGUUGAGUUGCUUAGAAACGUUGAUCCCAAGGAGUAUGAGAAAUAUGCUCGCAUGUAUGGAAUCACAGACUACCGUGGUAUCCUUCAAGCCAUUGAGUUUUUGAAGAGGGAAAAGGAACAAGAAAGUGGAAGACCGGAAGUGGAACUUAGUGCAAGGGAGUCUGAGGAGGAUUUGGCUAAACUUGUAUCUGAUUUGCAGAAGAGAAUGGAACAAACUGAGCCUGUGACUCUGGUGCGUGACAUCACAGACCAGACAGCAUUCGUUGAGAAGGAUGCUGUGUUUGCAUGUGAGAUCAAGAUUAACUAUCCUGAAAUCACACUGACUUGGUAUAAAGGAACCCAAAAACUGGACAGUAGUGACAAGUAUGACAUCAAAGUUAUGGGUGAUUGUCACGUUUUGAGGAUCAAAGAUUGCCAGACCAGAGAUCAAGGCAAUUACCGUAUUGUUUGCGGCCCACAUAUCUCCAGUGCCAAACUGACAGUUCUGGAACCUGAAGUGGAAGAGCAUUUGCAGGAUGUGGCUGGUAAGGAAGGCCAAACAUGUACAAUGACAUGCCAAUUCUCUAUACCUAAUGCAAAAACCCAGUGGUUUAAAAAUGGGAAGGUUUUAGAGCCUCACAGCAGCAGAUAUACAUUUGCUGUGGCCGAUUACACUCAGAAGCUCUCAAUCAAAGACGUUAGACCGGAAGACCAAGGAGAAUAUUCCUGCAAAUAUAAAAAUCUUGAAACGACUGCAAAUCUUUGGGUCGAAGCUGAGCAAAUACAUUUCACCAAACGCAUCCAGAACAUUGUGGUGCGAGAACAUCAAUCCGCCACAUUUGAGUGUGAAGUGUCUUUCGACAACGCUAUUGUAACAUGGUAUAAGGACACAUGGGAGCUUAAAGAGAGCCCCAAAUAUACCUUCCGAAGUGAAGGACGGCGCCACUUCAUGAUCAUCCGCAACGUAUCUUCCGAAGAUGAAGGCGUGUACUCGGUCAUUGUAAGAUUGGAGCCCAGGGGUGAAGCUAAAAGCACAGCUGAGCUUUAUCUGUCAGGCAAAGAAAUUGAGAUAGAAAGAAUACCGUAUGAUAUCCCAGAUACAUCAAUAAAAGUGCCUGAGGCACCAUCUGCAAUAACCAUGGAAGCUGAAUCUUCUAUGGAAUAUUAUCAUUAUGAAGAAGAAAUGGAAAUGCAAGAAACUGUGAGCUGGACAGAGGAGACAAUUAUAGAGGAAAUAUCUGUCACAGAACGAAGGGUGCCGAUUGAAGAGGCUGUCGAAAGAAAGAAAGUAGCAGCGAGAGAAGUAGCUCCAACUAAAGAUUUCGAAGAAGGUGAGGCGAAACCAUCUCCACCAGCAGAGAAAAAACCUCGGGAAGGAAAAAUGCCUGUGGAGGAAAUAGCUACUGCAGUCACAGUACCAGAGCCAAGAGAACGACCCACACCCAAAGAUAAACUAGUGACUGAAACAGCUGUUCCUGAAGCUAAACCUAAAGCUGUACCAGUACCUGAGGCUAAACCUGAACUUAAGCCUACACCUGUGGAAAAAGUCGAAUUACCUCCAGUCAAAGUUCUUGUGGAGGAAAAGAAACCAGAACCCAAAAAGAUAGAACCACCUAAACCAGUACCACCUAAACCUGAACCAGUCAUUGAAGCUCCAAAGGAACCACCCCCAAAGAAAGUUCUUGUGGAGGAAAAGAAACCAGAACCCAAAAAGAUAGAACCACCUAAACCAGUACCACCUAAACCUGAACCAAUCAUUGAAGCUCCAAAGGAACCACCCCCAAAGAAAGUUCUUGUGGAGGAAAAGAAACCAGAACCCAAAAAGAUAGAACCACCUAAACCAGUACCACCUAAACCUGAACCAAUCAUUGAAGCUCCAAAGGAACCACCCCCAAAGAAAGUUCUUGUGGAGGAAAAGAAACCAGAACCCAAAAAGAUAGAACCACCUAAACCAGUACCACCAAAACCAGUACCACCUAAACCUGAACCAAUCAUUGAAGCUCCAAAGGAACCACCCCCAAAGAAAGUUCUUGUGGAGGAAAAGAAACCAGAACCCAAAAAGAUAGAACCACCUAAACCAGUACCACCUAAACCUGAACCAAUCAUUGAAGCUCCAAAGGAACCACCCCCAAAGAAAGUUCUUGUGGAGGAAAAGAAACCAGAAGCCAAAAAGAUAGAACCACCUAAACCAGUACCACCUAAACCAGUACCACCUAAACCUGAACCAGUCAUUGAAGCUCCAAAGGAACCACCCCCAAAGAAAGUUCUUGUGGAGGAAAAGAAACCAGAAGCCAAAAAGAUAGAACCACCUAAACCAGUACCACCUAAACCAGUACCACCUAAACCUGAACCAAUCAUUGAAGCUCCAAAGGAACCACCCCCAAAGAAAGUUCUUGUGGAGGAAAAGAAACCAGAAGCCAAAAAGAUAGAACCACCUAAACCAGUACCACCUAAACCAGUACCACCUAAACCUGAACCAAUCAUUGAAGCUCCAAAGGAACCACCCCCAAAGAAAGUUCUUGUGGAGGAAAAGAAACCAGAAGCCAAAAAGAUAGAACCACCUAAACCAGUACCACCUAAACCAGUACCACCUAAACCUGAACCAAUCAUUGAAGCUCCAAAGGAACCACCCCCAAAGAAAGUACAAGAACCUUUCAAGAAGCCAGAGGUCCCUUCGGUAGUGGCUGCACAGAGCAAAUAUUUGACAGAAGAGAUCAUUCAUGAAAAAACAGCUGUUGUUGUUAGUAAAUUGGAAAAAAUAGAGACGCUCUCAAAAGAAGAGAUAAUUCUCGCCCCAGAGAUAGCAGUUCCUAAAAAGGAAGAAAUUACCAUUUCAAUUCUUAAGACAGAGGAAGUGUCCCAGAAAAUAUUGAUUUCUGAGCCAAAACCAGAGAGAAAAGAAGAGAUCAUUGUGCCUCAAAAGAAAGAGGUUCUUCCGCCUAAAAAAGAAGAGAUCAUUGUGCCUCAAAAGAAAGAGGUUCUUCCUCCUAAAAAAGAAGAGAUCAUUGUGCCUCAAAAGAAAGAGGUUCUUCCGCCUAAAAAAGAAGAGAUCAUUGUGCCUCAAAAGAAAGAGGUUCUUCCUCCUAAAAAAGAAGAGAUCAUUGUGCCUCAAAAGAAAGAGGUUCUUCCGCCUAAAAAAGAAGAGAUCAUUGUGCCUCAAAAGAAAGAGGUUCUUCCUCCUAAAAAAGAAGAGAUCAUUGUGCCUCAAAAGAAAGAGGUUCUCCCUCCUAAAAAAGAAGAAGAAAUUGUACCUCAAAAGAAAGAGGUUCUUCCUCCUAAAAAGGAUAAAGAAGUUGUGCCCCAAAAGAAAGAGGUUGCCCCGGUUAAAGUGGCAGAACCAGCAGAACCUAAGAAGAAACCUUUGCCCGAGAAGACACCAGAGCCUUUGAAAAAAGUUCCUCCCAAAGAAGUGGCAAAGAAACCAUCUCCAGAGCCUCCUGCGGUGCCUAAGUUAAAGCCAAUUCCCCAAUUAGAAGCUAAAGAGCGUGAUAAGAAACCUGAAGAUAAACUCAAGCCCAGGGAAGAGAAGAUAAUUCCAACGAAAGUACCUACUCCCAAGGAGGCUGAGAAAGCACCUCCCGCUCCAAAGAAAGAGCCAGUACCACCAGCGGAAGAUGGUGAAAAGGAACCAGUUACUGCACCUGGAGUAAAGAAAGGCAAAGUUCUUAGAGUGAAGCAAGAAGAGGAAAAGACUGAAAUGCCAGUCUUGAAGAAAACUACAAGAGUAUACAAAGAUAAGGAGGAGGACCAAGAAAUGGUAAAACUGAGAAAAGUGGUCAAAACACAAGAAGAGGAGCAUGAAGAAAGCAAGAUAGUGUAUGCCGAGGCUAAAACUCAGGUUGUAAUAACUGAAAGUUAUGAGUCUGAAAUACAUCUUGAGACUUAUGAAACUAUCAAGAAGGUUGAUAAAAAGGCACCUGCGGUUGACCAAAAGAAGCCCAUAGAACCUGAUCAAGAACCACAGCUGAUAAAACCAGAAAGCGAAGUAGAUGAUAAAGCAAAGAAGAAGAUUGCAGCAAAGGUUCCUAAAAAAGAAACUCCUGAGGAGCCUGGCCUAGCCCUGAAAAAGGUUAAGAAGUUACCACUAGACACUAAAGAAGAAGAAAGUGUUAAAUUAAAACCAUUUGAGAAACCUGUAAAACCAGCACCCGAAGCAAAGAAGGACACCAAAAAAGAUGAAAAAGAAAGAGAACCCAUAUCUUUUGAAAGAAGUAGGGAACCAAUUGCAUUUAAGGAUAGUGAGCGACCUGAAAAGAUUGAUAAGCCAAGAGAAGCUGAUGCCCUUACAAAAAGAGAAGAGCCAUCCAUUCCUGACAAAAAGGAACCAGAUGAAGUUACAGUGAAGCCUGUAAGCAGACCUCCAAAAGAUGAAGUCGACACUGAUCCGAAAAAGUUGUUGUUUAAAGGAAAGAAAAUUCCACCUCAAACGCAGGAGCCUGAGACAGUACAGUUGAAGCCAUUUGCGAAAAAACCUUCAACUGGGUCACCACAAGAAAAGGAGGUUCCAAAGCCAAAAGAGACAAAACCAAUUGAGUUGACUCCACUUAGUAAAACACCAAAAGAGGAAAUUGAAAAAGAACCAAGUAUAAAGAAGAUACCAAUUAAAGAACCUGCAGAAGAUGGUGAGAUGCUUCCUAAGAAGGUUACACCUGUAAAAAAGGAAAUUACGCCAAAGGAGGAUGAGAAGAAGCCCAUAGUCCUUAAAAAGGGUGUUUUACCUAAAGAGGCAGAGAAAAAAGAAGAAAUAAUUCUAAAACCAGUAAAGAAAGAAGAGCCUGAGAAGAAAGAACUUGCAAAGAAAGAUUUAGAGCCGAAAAAAGUCCCUUCACCCAAGGUUGAGAAAAUAAAACCCGUACAGAAAAAGCCUAGUGAGGAUUUGGCAAAGAAGCCAAAAAUUCUUUCUCCCAAAGAGUCAAUUGAGGCUGUGACUUUGAAGAAAGUGCCUAAAAAAGUUUCACCUUCAGAAGUGAAACCUAAAGAAUCUCCUAAAGCUGUAGAGUUAAGAAAAUUGCCAACUCCGGCUCAACCUGAGCAAGACGUAUUCGAAGAAGCAGAGGAUGAGGGUAAGGUUGAACCUGAAGAUGAGGAUGAUACAUGGAGAUGGGAGGUUGCUUCUCGAGAAAGUUACGGCUCAGAAGGCUCAGAAGAUAGAUAUGUGGAGGAAGGGGCACUUGAAACUGCUGGGAUGCCAGGGGGUAGACGAGAUGAAAAACCUACGGAGGAAGUUGGGAAAGGCAGAGGCUUGAAACCAAAAAAGACUCCUUCUCCUGGUGAAGGUGGAAGGGGUAGAGGACUGAAAGUUGGCAAAGGAGGUGAAAGACCUCAACCAGAACCACAAGUAGGAUUCCAGCUCAAACCAGUCCCCUUAAAAUUUGUGAAGGAGGUUAAAGAUAUUGUGUUGGAGGAGGCCGAGUCAAUCGGAUCCUCAGCUGUAUUUGAAUGUCAAGUCUCUCCAUCUACGGCUAUCACCACUUGGAUGAAAGAUGGAAGCAAUCUAAGGGAGAGUCCAAAACACAAAUUUACCUCUGAUGGGAAAGACCGCAAACUGCAAAUCAUUGAUGUGCAGCUAUCUGAUACUGGAGAGUACACAUGUGUUGCAAAGCUUGGCAACAAAGAGAAGACCUCUACUGCUAAACUUAUUGUUGAAGAGUUACCUGUGAGAUUCACAAAGAAUCUGGAGGAGGAAAUAACUGUGAUUAAGGGACAGCCAAUGUAUCUGACCUGUGAGUUAAACAAGGACAGGGAUGUUGUCUGGAAGAAGGAUGGAAAUGUGCUCACGGAUGUCGAUGGCAAGGUUGCAAUAAAUGUUAUCGGGCUGACGCGUGCCGUUACAGUCCAGAAUUCAAAUGAUGACGAUGCUGGCGUUUACGUUUGCGAGUGCGAGAGCAUUAAGACACAAGUCACUGUCAAGAUCAUUGAAGUGAUCAGAGAUUGGUUGACGAGACCUUUGAGGGAUCAGCAUGUGAAGCCCAAGGCCACAGCUACGUUCAAGGGAGAACUGUUCAAGGACACCCCUAACUGGAAGUGGUAUAAGGGUGAUGAAGAAAUCCCUAUGGCACCUACAGAUAAGUUUGAGGUCAAGAAGGAUGGAAAAGAGGUCACUCUUACAAUCAAGAAUGCUCAACCCGAUGAUGUCGGAGAGUACGCCAUAGAAGUUGAAGGUCGCAGAUAUGCAGCAAAACUCACUCUUGGAGAGCGUGAAGCAGAAAUCUUGAAGCCACUUGUUAGUAUUGAGGUGGUUGAGAAAGAGGUGGCCAAUUUUGACACGGAAAUUUCUGAAGAAGACGUGGUUGGAGAAUGGAAACUUAGAGGACAGGUUCUGACAAGAUCACCGACAUGUGAUAUCAGAGCAGAGGGAAAUAAAAGAUUCCUUACAUUGAAAAAUGUUCAACUUGACCAAGCCGGUGAAGUCUCUUACCAAGCUUUGAACGCCAUCACAACUGCAAUGCUGACAGUCAAAGAAAUUGAAAUGGACUUCACAGUCCCAUUGAGGGAUGUUAUUGUGCCUGAAAAGAAACAGGCGAAAUUUGAGUGCACUAUCACAAAAGAUGUGCCCAAAGUGAUGUGGUCGAGAGGAUCUCAUAUUAUAACACCCGACCAAAAAUAUGAUAUCAUAGAUGAUGGAAAGAAACAUAUGUUGGUCAUAAACCACUGUGAAUUUGAUGAUGAGGGAGAAUACACUAUUGAGGUGUUGUGUAAAAAAUCAACAGCCAAACUAACAGUUGAGGGUAUUCGGCUGAAGAUCAUCUCGCCAAUAUCGGAUCAAACGGUUAAGGAAGGUACAACGGCUCGGUUUGAGCUUGAGCUCUCUCAUGAAAACAUACCAGUGACGUGGUACAAAAAUGAAAUGAAACUGCAUCCGAGCAGAACUAUACUUGCUCAUGUGGAGGGAAAGAAACAUAUUUUAGAAAUCAAGGAUGUCACUCUAGAUGACACUUGCCUAAUAAAAGCAGAGGCUAAAGGAAUACCAACAACAGCAAAGCUAACCGUGCUAGAGGGAGACGCAUACUUCACAGUUAAACUGCAAGAUUACACCGCAGUGGAGAAAGAUGACGUCACGCUUGACUGCGAGCUGAGCAAAGACGUUCCCGUAAAGUGGUUUUACAAUGAAACCGAAAUUAAAGCAUCUAAAAAGGUUAUCAUGAAAGUUGAAGGCAAGCGAAGAAUCCUUAACAUUAAGAAAGUUGACGACAAAGACAAAGGCCAGUAUGCUUGUGACUGUGGGACAGAUAAAACGGCGGCCACCAUUGCCAUUGAAGCUCGUGACAUCAAAGUUGUGCGACCUAUGUAUGGCGUUGAGCUCUUUGAUGGUGAGACUGCUCGUUUUGAGGUGGAACUGUCAGAGGAUGAUGUCCAUGGCCAGUGGAAGCUGAAGGGAGAAGUCCUUUUCCCAUCACCUGAUGUUGAAAUUAUUGAGGACGGUGCUAAGCACACCCUAAUUUUGUACAACUGCAAAAUACCCCAAACUGGAGAGGUUUCAUUCCAGGGUGCUAAUGCAAAAUGUGCUGCCAAUCUAAAAGUGAAAGAGCUUCCAAUCACCUUUAUAACACCUCUGACUGAUGUGCAUGUAUAUGAGAAGGAUGAGGCAAAGUUCGAGUGUGAGGUCUCAAGACAGCCAAAGACUUUCCGUUGGUUGAAAGGAUCUCAGGAGCUUACAACUGAUGAUAAAUUUGAGAUACUUCAAGAGGGCAAAAGAUACACAUUGCUAAUUAAAUCUGCAGCUUAUGAAGAUGAGGCUAAGUACAUGUUUGAGGCUGAAGACAAGAGGACAUCUGCCAAACUUGUUAUCCAAGGCAUCCGCCUUGAGUUUAUCAGACCUAUCAAAGAUGUCACCGUUAAGGAACGCGAGACAGCCGAGUUUAGAAUUGAACUCUCCCAUGAGAAGGUUCAGGUCACCUGGUACAAGAACGAUGUGCGUCUGCAUCCAAGCAAAGUGGUGCACUUGUCCGAAGAUGGCAAGAUCCAUACACUGUCCUUCAAAGAGGUCUCCAUCGAUGACACUUCUCUUAUUAAAGCUGAAGCUCUUGGGAAGACCUGUGAGGCAAUGCUUACUGUUCUUGAGGGAGAGCCUUACUUCACCAAAAAGUUGCAGGACUACACCGCCGUUGAGAAGGAUGAGGUGGUCCUGACGUGUGAAUUGAGCAAAUCUGCUGCCGAGGUGAAAUGGUUCAAAGACGGCAAGGAGAUCACUCCCUCUAAGAACAUCCUCAUCAAAGCUGAUGGAAAGAAACGCAUCCUGACUGUCAGGAAGGCAGAAAAGGCUAAUAUUGGGGAAUAUGUGUGUGACUGCGGCUCUGACAAAACAGCAGCCAAGCUUAAUAUUGAAGAACGUGACAUCAAGAUUGUCCGUCCGCUGUACAGCGUUGAGGUCACAGAGACCGAGACCGCUCGCUUUGACACAGAAAUAUCUGAGGAGGACGUCCAUGGAAACUGGAAACUCAAAGGAGAGGCUCUGCACCAGUCACCGGACUGUGAAAUUAAGGAGGAAGGCACCAAGCACAUGCUUAUACUUUACAAUGUACGCAUGGACAUGGCUGGUACUGUGGACUUCAGCGCUGCUAACGCUAAAUCUAGCGCUCAGCUCAGAGUUAAAGCACGAGUGAUCGGCCUCCUUAGGCCUCUCAGGGAUGUAACCGUCACGGCGGGAGAGACUGCAACCUUUGACUGCGAUUUGUCGUAUGAGGGCAUACCUGUGGAAUGGUUCUUAGGGGGUACAAAGCUGGAACCAAGCGACAGAGUGGUGACCCGAGCAGAAGGCAAAACUCACACGCUGACCCUCAGAGAUGUGAAGCUGGAGGAGGCCGGAGAAGUAAAGCUUACUGCAAAAGACUUUCAAACACAGGCAAAGCUCAAUGUUAACGAGCCUCCAGUUGAAUUCACCAAACCUCUUGAAGACCAGACCGUAGAAGAAGAAGCCACUGCUGAGCUUGAGUGUGAAGUCUCCAAAGAAAAUGCAGAGGUCAGGUGGUUUAGAGAUGGACAAGAAAUACGCAAAACUAAGAAGUAUGACAUGGUCGCAGACGGCCGCAAAAGAAAACUUAUUAUCCACAACUGCACACUUGAUGACUCAAAGACGUAUACCUGCGAUGCUCUGCAUUUCAAGACUUCAGCCUUCCUUAAUGUCGAACCUCCACAUGUCGAGUUCACAAAACCACUUUAUGAUGUUGAGGUCAAAGAGAAGGAAACGGCAAGAUUUGAAUGCGAAGUGUCUCGUGAAAAUGCAAAGGUUCGGUGGUUCAAAGAUGGCAAUGAAAUCAGAAAAGGCAAGAAAUAUGAGAUCAUUUCGGACGGAGUGAAACGUAUUCUCAUCAUAAGCAAGUCUGUGUUUGAUGACGAGGCAGAAUAUGAAUGUGAUGCCAGGACCUCCAAAACAUCUGGCAUGCUGACUGUCAUUGAGGAGGAGGCUAGAUUCACAAAGAACCUGGCUAAUGUUGAGGGCACCGAAACCGACAGUGUCAAACUGGUUUGUGAGGUCUCCAAGCCAGAUGCAGAAGUCACAUGGUACAAGGGUGACAAAGAGUUGCCUGAGGUUGGUAGAUAUGAGCAUAUUGCCGAUGGCAGAAAGAGGAUUCUCAUCAUUAAGGGCCUCCGUAUGGAAGACGCAGGAGAAUACCACUGCAAACUGCCCACCUCACAAACCACAGGAAACCUGAAGAUUAAUGAACUUGCAGCUGAGUUCAUCACAAGGCCUCAAAGCCAGGAGGUGGUUGAAGGUGAAAAAGCAGAAUUUGUGUGCUCGGUCUCCAAAGACACUUAUGAAGUGAAAUGGCUCAAGGGUGAUAAGGAGCUUCAGGUAGAUGACAAAUAUAACAUUAUUUCCGAUGGCAAGAAGCGGGUUCUUGUCGUCAAGAACUGUGAGCUCAAGGAUGAGGGUGGCUUCAUAGCUGCCAUCGGAACUACAAGAGCCUCGGCCGACUUGACUGUACUCGAAAAGCUUAGGAUUAUUACCCCACUCAAGGACUUAAAGGCAAAUGAAGGACAGGAGACUGUCCUCAACUGUGAAGUUAACACGGAGGGGGCCAAAGCCAAGUGGCUGAAGAAUGAAGAUACAUUAUUUGAAAGUAGCAAGUUUAUUAUGGUCCAGAAAGACAACGUAUUUUCUCUGAGGAUCAAAGACACCCAAAAAACUGAUGAGGCCAACUACACCAUUAUGCUGAGCAACCAGCGCGGUGAACAUGUAAAGAGCUCCGGCACCAUAAGUGUGCAAGAGGUAGAUCUCAGGAUUGUUGUUCCUCCCGAGGAUGUUGAUACACAGGAGAAACGGACGAUCAGCUUCUCAUGCAAGGUGAACAAACUACACGCGACGGUGCAGUGGAUGAAGGCAGGCCAAGAAAUUGUUCUUAACAAGAGAAUUGUGUAUCGCGUGGACAAAGAAAAACACACACUGACCAUUAAAGACUGCAGCCUCGCAGACGAGGGUGACUACACCGUAGUUGCUGGAGCUGAUAAGGCCACAGCAGAACUUAUCAUCAGUGAGGCACCCACGGACUUCACCUCUCACCUCAGAGACCAAACCAUUCCCGAGUUUGAGGAGGCAGAGUUCACAUGUGAACUUACCAAAGAGAAGGCUGAAAUCAAAUGGUACAGAGAUGGCAGGGAGAUAAGAGAAGGACCCAAAUAUCAAUUUGAGAGAGAAGGAAAGACAUGCAGACUGCGCAUCAAGGAGUGCAGACCCGAUGAUGAGUGUGAAUAUGCCUGUGGAGUGGAUGACAAAAAAUCCAGAGCCCGUCUCUUUGUUGAGGAGACCCCAGUGGAGAUCAUCAGACCACCCACAGAUGUGUUUGAGGCACCAGGCUCAGAUGUUGUGUAUGAAGUUGAGCUUAACAAAGACAGAGUUGAGGUCAGAUGGUUGAGGAACAACAUGACCAUUGUUCAAGGUGAUAAGUAUCAGAUGAUGAGCGAGGGUAAAAUUCACAGACUUCAGGUCUGCGAAAUUAGGCCACGCGAUCAAGGAGAGUACAGAAUCAUUGCCAGAGACAAAGAUGCCAAAGCCAGGCUUGAGCUCGCUGCUGCACCAACAAUUAAAACCUUGGAUCAAGACUUGGUGACAGAUGCUGGAAAGCCAUUUGUUAUGACGGUUCCCUACAACGCAUACCCACAUGCUGAGGCUGAAUGGUUCUUCGACGGUAUCAGUUUGCCGAAAGACAAUAUUCACACUUUGACCGACACAACAGAGUACAGGCUCAAGGACCCUAAGAAGUCAGAAGAAGGCCGUUAUAAAAUCAUCAUCAAGAAUAAACAUGGAAAAGGAGAGGCUUUCAUUAACCUUAAAGUUGUUGAUGUUCCUGGGCCCGUAAAGAACCUGCAGGUUGUAGACACCGCUGAUGGUGAGGUCAGCAUCGCCUGGGAAGAGCCGGAAGAUGAUGGUGGCAGCAAGAUCUUGGCUUACGUGGUUGAGAGACGGGAUGUGAAACGCAAGACUUGGACAAUGGCCACCGACAGUGCAGACAGCACAGAGUAUUGUGUAACUGGACUGCAGAAAGAAUCCAUGUACCUCUUCCGUGUCUGUGCACGCAACAGAGUCGGCAGUGGCCCCAAUGUUGAGACUGAUAAACCUGUUCAGGCUAAGAAUAAAUUUGAUGUUCCUGGCCCACCACAAAAUGUUCUCGUUGGAAACGUCAACAAGUUUGGUGCCACCGUGUCCUGGGAACCGCCUUUGUACGAUGGCGGAUCUGAGAUCACAUCGUACAUUAUUGAGCUCCGCGACAGAACGUCUGUGAGUUGGGCUCCCGUCAUGGUGACCAAACCACACGAACUCACGGCUAUCGUUAACGAUGUCAUUGAAAAUAAAGAAUAUAUAUUCCGCAUCAAAGCUGAAAACAGAGCUGGAAUUGGCAAGCCAAGUGCUGCUUCUAACCCAGUGAAGAUUAUGGACCCCAUUGAGAGGCCAAGCCCUCCAGUCAAUCUGACACACUCUGAGCAGACAAAGGACUCCUGCCUAUUGACAUGGGAGACUCCUUUGAAAAACGGAGGCACACCGAUCACAGGAUACAUCAUUGAGAAAAGUGAAGACGGAACAGACAAGUGGUUGAGAUGCAAUGCCAGGCUUUGCCCAGACCUGCAGUAUAGGGUUUCUGGCCUGAAGUUCGGAACAAAAUACAACUAUAGAGCAAUUGCUGAGAAUGCGGCCGGUCAGUCUGACCCCUCCAACAUUGUUGGACCUGUGUUGGCAGAUGACCCACACUUUGGACCUACUAUGGAUCUGAGUGCAUUUAAGGAUGGUCUAGAGGUUAUUGUCCCCCAUCCUCUUGCAAUCCGAGUACCCAUCACUGGCUACCCAGUUCCCAUAGCAAAAUGGAGUUUCGGUGAAAAUGAACUUGCAGCUGGUGACCGUGUGUCUAUGAUUACCAAACCUACCUUCACAGAGCUUGUUAUCACACCAAGUGUGCGUCCAGACAAAGGCACAUACUCUUUGACGCUGGAAAAUGAUAUGGGCAGUGUGUCAGGAGAGAUUGAUGUCAAUGUCAUUGCAUGUCCAAGUGCACCCAAGGACCUAAAGAUUGCAGAAGUAACCAGAAGGCAUGUUCACAUGAUGUGGGAGGCACCUGAGCAUGAUGGAGGAAGUCCAAUCACUGGCUACCAAGUUGAGAAACGUGAAGUGUCCAGAAAGACCUGGGUGAAGGUGAUGGCAGGUUUGCAAGACCAGGAGUACACAAUCACAGAUGUCAUUGAAGGAAAAGAGUACUUGUUCAGAGUUAUUGCAUGCAACAAAUGCGGCCCUGGAGAACCUGCUUACACUGAUGACCCUGUGAAUGUGUCUUCACCUGCUACUGUGCCAGACCCACCAGAGAACCUUAAAUGGAGAGACAAGUCUGCUAGUAAGAUCUUCUUGUCUUGGGAGCCUCCCAGAUGGGAUGGUGGUGCUGGAAUUAAAGGUUAUAUUGUUGACAAAUGUCAACGUGGAACUGACAAGUGGGAACCUUGUGGAGACACAGUACCCGAUCUUAAGCUUGAGGUGACAGGUCUCACUGAAGGGCAGUGGUAUGCUUAUCGUGUGAGAGCUUUGAAUAGAUUGGGUGCCAGUAGACCUUGCAAGGCAACAGAUGAGAUCUUGGCUGUUGAUCCUAAAGAACCUCCUGAGAUUCAGCUAGAUGUAAAACUGUUGACUGGCUUGACCGCCAAAGCGGGCACGAAGAUUGAACUUCCUGCAGAUAUCACAGGCAAACCAGAGCCUAAAGUCAAAUGGACCAAGGCUGAUUUAGUCCUGACGCCAGAUGAUAGAAUUGCAAUUCAUACCAAGCCAGGCCACUCUACCGUGUCCAUUGCUAAGACCACUAGAGAUGACUCGGCUACAUACAUCAUUGAGGCAGUCAACAGCAGUGGCCGUGCGACUGCAACUGUCGAUGUCAACAUUCUAGAUAAACCUGGUCCUCCGGCUGCCUUUGAUAUCUCUGAGGUCACCAAUGAGUCCUGCUUCUUAUCCUGGAAUCCACCAAGGGAUGAUGGUGGUUCAAAAGUUACAAAUUAUAUUGUUGAGCGUAGGGCUGUAGACAGUGAGAUCUGGUACAAGCUGUCCUCCACCGUGAAGCAAACCACCUACAAGGCCACCAAACUUGUGACAUUCAAAGAGUACCUGUUUAGGGUCUUUGCUGAAAAUCAGUUUGGUGUUGGUCCCCCAGCAGAACAUGACUCGAUUAUUGCCAAAUACGCCUUUGAUCCCCCUGGACCACCAUACAAAUUGGAGGCAUCUGAUAUCGCAAAGGAUGCAGUAACUCUGACCUGGUAUGAACCUGACGAAGAUGGUGGAAGUCCUAUUACUGGCUACUGGGUGGAAAGAUAUGAGCCAGACCACGACAAAUGGAUCAGAUGCAAUAAGCUGCCUAUCACGGACACAAACUUUAGGGUCAAAGGACUGCCCACAAGAAAGAAGUGCAAGUUCCGCGUUUUGGCAGAGAAUAUUGCAGGACCUGGCAAACCAAGCAAAGAGACAGACUACAUUUUGAUCAAAGAUCCCAUCGAUCCUCCAUGGCCUCCUGGUAAACCCACUGUCAAGGAUGUAGCCAAGACAACCGCCUUCCUCCAGUGGACCAAACCUGAGCAUGAUGGUGGUGCAAAGAUCGAGUCCUACAUCAUUGAGCUUCUGAAGAGCGGAACUGAUGAGUGGGUUCGUGUAGCUGAUGGUAUUCCCUCUCUGGAGUACUUCCUAAAGGGAUUGAUGGAAAAACAAGAGUACUCUUUCCGCGUCAGAGCCGUCAAUGCGGCGGGCGAGAGUGAACCUAGUGAGCCAAGCGAUCCAGUGCUCUGCAAGGAGAGACUCAAUCCUCCAUCUCCACCAAGAUGGCUCACAGUUGUUUCUAGCACCAAGAACACAGCUGAAUUGAAAUGGACAGCACCAGAGAGAGAUGGUGGCUCUCCAAUCACAAACUAUAUCGUUGAGAAGAGAGAUGUGAAACGCAAGGGCUGGCAGGUUGUGGACACCACCGUAAAGGAGCUUAAUUACAUCGUCACCCCACUAAAUGAGGGGUCUCUCUAUAUGUUCCGUGUAGCAGCCGAGAAUGUUGUUGGACCCAGUGAAUACUGUGAACUCGCAGACUCUGUUCUCGCCAAGGAUACUUUUGGUACCCCUGGACCUCCAUAUAAUCUGGCCAUUGCUGAGGUGUCCAAGAGUCAUGUUGACCUGAAAUGGGAUGCUCCUAAGAAUGAUGGUGGCAGACCGGUCUUGAGAUAUGUCAUUGAGAAAAAGGAAAAACUUGGAACCCGUUGGGUAAAAUCUGGAAAGACUUCAGGUCCUGACUGCCAUUACAGAGUAACUGAUGUAAUUGAGGGCACUGAAGUGCAGUUCCAGGUCUCAGCUGAAAAUGAGGCUGGAGUCGGACACCCAAGUGAACCCACUGAUAUUGUGGUCGUUGAGGACCCAACAGGUCCACCAUCACCUCCUCAGGACUUGCAUGUCACUGAAGCAGCCAGAGACCAUAUUUCUAUUUCCUGGAAGACACCAGAAAGAAAUGGAGGAAGUCCAGUUAUUGGAUACAAUAUUGAGCUCUGCGAGGCUGGUACAGAAAAGUGGAUGCGAGUGAAUUCUCGUCCAGUCAAAGAGCUGAAAUUCAGAGCAGGGGAGGAGGAAGGCAUCGUGCCUGAGAAGCAAUAUACUUUCAGAGUCCGUGCUGUCAAUUCUGUGGGUGAAAGUGAACCCUCUGACACUUCUGAGAGGGUCUAUGCCAAAGAUUCUGACUGCAACCCAACCAUCGACUUCCAGACCAAGGACCUUGUUGUUGUGGAAGGUGAAAAGCUGCACCUCCCUAUUCCAUUUAGGGCUGUGCCAUCACCCAAGAUCACAUGGCACAAAGAUGGAAGUGAAAUGAAGGCAGAUGACAGAACCUUUAUGAGGAAAGACUACACAUCCUGCCAUCUGGAAAUACCAGAAUGCUUGCAUGCCGAUGGUGGUCAGUACAAAGUUACACUGGAGAACAGCCUUGGUGCAGCUAGUGGAACAAUCAACGUCAAAGUUAUUGGUCUUCCUGGACCAUGUAAGGACAUUGCUGCUAGUGAGAUAACCAAGAGCUCCUGUAAGGUGUCUUGGGAUCCUCCAGACUAUGAUGGUGGUAGCCCUGUUCUCCAUUACGUCCUGCAACGCAGAGAGGCAGGCAGGAGAACCUAUGUCAAUGUUAUGUCUGGGGAAAACAAACUGACUUGGCAGGUUAAAGAUCUCAUUCCAAACGGAGAGUAUUAUUUCCGUGUUAGAGCUGUGAAUAAGAUCGGGGGCGGUGAAUUCAUUGAGCUUCGUAACCCUGUAAUUGCUGAAGAUCAGAAACAACGUCCAGAUCCACCAGUUGAUGUGGAAACACACAACCCUACCUCAGAGUCUGUGACCCUUACAUGGAAGCCACCCAUGUAUGAUGGUGGAAGCAAAAUUAUGGGUUACAUUCUUGAGAAGAUGACUAAGGGUGAAGAAAAGUUCGAAAGAUGCAAUGACUACCUUGUACCAGUCUUGUCUUACACUGUUAAGGGUUUGAAGGAUGGAAAACAGUAUCAGUUCCGUGUACGUGCAGAAAAUGCAGCUGGUAUUAGUGACCCUUCACGCACCACACCGAUGAUCAAAGCCACAGAUGCAGCUGAUCGUCCAAAGGUAUUCCUUAGUGGCAGUCUUCAAUCAGGCCUGUGCGUGAAACGAGGCGAGGAGAUCCGAUUGGAUGCCUACAUCUCUGGAUCCCCUUACCCUGAAAUCACAUGGACGAGGAACAAUUCAAGAAUUUGGUCAGAGCCACUAAAGAAGAGACCAGAAAGACCUAUUAGAAAGAAGAAAGAGGAGAAGAAGGAGGAGAAGAAGGAGGAAAAGAAGGAGGAGGACAAAGAAGUAAAAGAGGAAGACAAAGAAAAGAAGGAGGAGGACAAGGAGAAGAAGGAGGAGAAGGAGAAAGAAAAGGAGGUGGAGGAACCUGAAGAACCCGAAGAGGCAUACCACCCAAGCUUAAAUGAGCGUCUUACAAUUGACUCCAAGAGGAAGGGUGAAUCCUCCAUCAUUGUGAAAGAUACUAUCAGAGCAGAUCAUGGUGUGUUUACCAUAAAAGUGGAGAAUGAUCAUGGUGUUGCAUCUGCUUCCUGUGAAGUUAAUGUCCUUGAUACUCCUGGACCUCCAGUGAAUUUCAUAUUUGAGGAGGUAAGGAAGAACUCCAUUAUCUGCAAGUGGGAUCCUCCUUUGGAUGAUGGUGGCAGUGAAAUCCUUAACUAUGUGCUGGAGAGAAAAGAUAACUCCAAGGCUGAGCUUGGAUGGAUCACUGUGACAGCAUCCCUGAGAGGCUGCAGAUAUCUAGUGCCAAAACUUAUUGAGGGCAAGCAGUACAUCUUCCGUGUGACUGCAGAGAACAAAUAUGGACCUGGAACCCCAUGCGUAUCCAAACCUGUCGUUGCGAAGGAUCCAUUCGAUCCUCCAGAGCCACCGGAGAAACCUGAAGUUGAAGAUAUAACCGCUAAUAGUAUGGUUGUUACCUGGAAUGAACCCAAUGACAAUGGCAGCCCCAUUCAGGGAUACUGGGUUGAGAAACGAGAAGUUAACAGCACACACUGGGCAAGAGUCAAUCGCAGUAUGGUUCCUGAUUUGAAAAUAACUGUAUUGGGUCUUUUGGAGGGUAUGACAUAUAUUUUCAGAGUUUGUGCAGAAAACGUGGCUGGACCUGGAAAGUUCAGCCCCCCGUCAGAUCCAAAAACUGCACAGGCACAGAUCACGCCCCCUGGUCCACCAAUUCCAAGGGUUGUUAACACCUCAGACUAUUCAAUUGAUGUUGAAUGGGACCCCCCUGAGGACAAUGGUGGCGCAGAAAUUUUUGGUUAUCAUGUUGACAAAGCUCUUGCUGGUACUCAGGACUGGUCACGAGCCACAGAGAGACCACAGAAGAACCGUGCAUUUACCGUGUAUGGUGUUAGAGAACGUGCUAAGUACAUGGUCCGUGUUGUGGCGAUCAAUUGUGCGGGUGAAGGCCCUCCUGGUGUAACAGAUGCUGUAAUUGUGAAAAAUCCUGCAGAGGCUCCAGUCAUCGAGCUCGAUAUGUCUGUGAAAAAUGGAAUUGUUGUUAGAGCUGGAGAGAUGCUCAGAGUUCCAGCACAUGUGACCGGCAAACCUUACCCAUCCUUGAAAUGGACAAAGGAUGAUGGUAAACUAGAGAAGGAUCGCAUGGAGGUAGAAGAAGUUGGACAGGACAGCACUGUUAUCAUUCAAUGCACAAAGAGAAGUGACCAUGGCAAAUAUACAAUCCAAGCAGCAAAUCCAAGCGGUAUAAGAUCUGCAUCGGCCAGGGUAGAGAUUGUGGAUGUUCCUGGACCAGUUAUUGACCUAAAGCCUGUUGUGGUUACAAGAAAACUUAUGAUGUUGAAUUGGGGUGAUCCUGAGGAUGACGGUGGUAGUGAUUUAACUGGGUUUAUCAUUGAAAGGAGAGAGCCAAAGAUGCACACAUGGAGACAACCCAUUGACACGCCUGCAUCUAAAUGUGAGAUUGUAGGUAUUACCGAGGGACAUGAAUACAUUUUCCGCGUUGUGGCUAAGAACAAGUAUGGAUGUGGUCCCCCAGUCGAUCUUGGACCUAUCCUUGCUGUGGAUCCUCAAGGUCCACCAACUUCUCCUGAAAAGUUCCACUACACAGAGAGAACAAAGUCCUCUGUUACUAUUGAAUGGAGGCCACCACGUAAUGACGGUGGUAGUCCAAUCCUUGGCUACAUCAUUGAGAAAAAGAGGCAGGAUCAGCCAGCUUACCAGCGUGUCAACCCAGAACUGUGCACCGAUCUCAUCAUGACAGUGGAGAACCUCGAUGAGUUGCAUAUGUAUGAGUUCCGUGCCAAGGCAGUUAAUGCAUUUGGUGAAAGUGAGCCGUCAAUUACCAUGACUGUUGUUAUUCAGGAUGAUGAAGUGCCUCCAAGUCUGCACAUGUUGAAGCAUUUCAAGGGCGAUUUGAUCAGAGCAAGGAAAAAUGAACCCAUUGAGAUGCCUGCUGAAGUCACAGGCCUGCCAAUGCCAAAGAUUGAGUGGCUAAAGGAUGAUGUUGUUAUUCCCAAGUCUACUGAGAAACUUCUAAUAGAAACCAAGGAGAUUGACAGAGUGACAUCAAAUACAAAACUGUCAAUCCCUGGUGUUGUGAGAGUGGAUAAGGGCACCUACACUGUUACUGCCUCAAAUCGUUUGGGAACAGUCAGUCAUCAUAUCACAGUGGAAGUGCUAGAUCGCCCAACACCGCCAAGAAAUAUUGCUGUUUCAGAAAUCAAAGCUGAGUCUUGCAAGCUUACUUGGGAUCCUCCACUGGAUAAUGGUGGCAGUGAGCUUACCAACUACAUUGUUGAGAAGAAAGAUCUCAAUGGUGAAGAUCCAGAAAAAGCAGAGUGGGUUACUGUUACUAACACCAUUGUCGAGAAGCGAUAUGGGGUUUGGAACUUGGAAACCGGGGGCAACUAUAAAUUCAGAGUCAAGGCUGAGAACAAGUAUGGAAUAAGUGACCCCUGUGAAACGGAAGAAGUUCAGAUUAAGGAUCCUUUAGCACUCCCUGGCCCACCCGAGAAGGUCACUAUCGCGGAGCACUCCACGGCUCAUAUGUUGUUAACGUGGGAACCACCAUUGGACACAGGUGGUUCCAUGAUUACUGGCUACUGGAUUGAGAAACGUAUAAAGGGAAGUACCUACUGGGCUCGUGUGAAUAAGGCGCUGGUGUCAAAACGUGGCAUGAAAGGCUGGGAUUACUAUACUAAUCGCCUUGUUGAGGGAACUGAAUAUGAAUUCCGCGUAAUGGCCUGCAAUGCUGCUGGAAUUGGACCACCUAGUGCGGUUUCCGAUUCUGCCUUUGCUGUUGAUCCCCUGACACCGCCUGGCAUGCCAGAUGCUCCUGAGAUUGUUGACAAAACCAAACGUAGUGUCACCCUCUCAUGGGUCCCACCAGCUAAAGAUGGUGGUCGUCCCAUUAAAGGUUACAUCAUUGAGAUUCAGGAUGAAGGCACAUCUGAAUGGUCCAGGGUAAAUGACGCUGACAAUCUGCAUCCUACCACUCUGUUCACCGUUCCGAACCUUCCGGAGCUUAAGAAGUACAGAUUCAGAGUCAUUGCUGUCAAUGAGAUUGGUGAAUCUGAGCCAAGUCCCAGAACCUCUGAAGUUCGUGUAGAGGACAUUCAAACUGCACCAAAAAUAUUUUUGGAUAUCAUGGUUGAUGAAUUGCUGUGUAUUCGUGCUGGAUCGCCCUUUAAGAUUCCGGCUACCAUCACAGGACGCCCUGUUCCUAAAGUCACGUGGGAGUUUGACGGCAAAGCAAAAACAGAAAAGAAGGAUCGUCUCCAUGUCUUGCCAGUGGAUUCACAGGUGGAGUCUACUGACACAACCUCCACUGUUGUUGUUCCUGUGAGUUUGAGAAGUCAUUCUGGAAGGUACACAAUUACAGCAAAGAACAAAUCAGGACAGAAACACAUCAACGUUAGAGUAAUUGUGCUUGACGUUCCUGGACCCCCCAAAGACCUCAAAGUUACUGAUGUGACCAGAACAACAAUGAGACUCAUCUGGAAGCUGCCAGAUAAUGAUGGCGGUGAGAGAAUCAAGAGUUACUUUAUUGAGAAGAAAGCUGUUAAAGGAAAGGCUUGGACAGUCGUCAAUCCAGCUUGUGCCAACAUGGCCUUUGUCGUGCCCAACCUCCUUGAGGGCCAGGACUAUCUGUUCCGUGUUCGUGCUGAGAAUCGCCUUGGCUUCGGACCAUUUACUGAGACUGCAGAACCUGUUAGAGCUAGGGAUCCUAUCUAUCCUCCUGAUCCUCCGACCAAGGUCAAAAUUAACCUUGUGACCAAGGACACAGUAACCCUGACAUGGGUGCCUCCUAAGAAUGAUGGUGGAGCACCAGUGAAGCAUUACAUUAUUGAGAGACUCAGCUGGGAUACCAGUGGUGCCGAGAAAGAAACUUGGAAACAGUGCAAUAAGAGAGAUGUUGAAGAGACUACCUUUAUUGUUGAAGAUCUUAAGGAAGGUGGCGAAUAUGAAUUCCGUGUCAAAGCUGUGAAUGAAGCUGGAGCAAGCAGACCCUCUGCGACUGCUGGACCUGUUAUCAUUCAAGAUCAGACGUGUCCUCCAAGCAUUGAGCUCAGAGAGGCUUUAGAGGGUGCAGAAGGAUUUGAUAUCAACAUUGUUGCCAGGAUUCAGGGCUGUCCAUUCCCAUCUCUUGUCUGGCACAAGGCUCCACUAGAUAAGCCUGAUGACAAAACUGCUGUGCAUUAUGACAAACAUGUCAAUAAACUUGUUUCUGAUGACAAAUGCACACUUUUAAUUCAGCAGUCAAAAAGAAGUGAUAGCUCAGUGUACACUCUCACAGCAACCAACAGCCUUGGCACAGCUUCUAAGGGCAUCAAGCUUACCAUUUUGGGACGUCCUGGUGUACCUGUAGGACCAAUUAAGUUUGGUGAGGUAUUUGCUGAAAGGAUUGGCAUUUCAUGGAAACCACCCUUAGAUGAUGGCGGUUCCAAGAUUACAAACUAUGUCAUUGAGAAGCGUGAGGAGAACAGAAAAACAUGGGUCCACGUCUCUAGCGAUCCAAAAGAAUGCCAAUACAUUGUGCAAAGACUAACUGAGGGUCAUGAAUAUGAGUUCCGUGUUAUGGCUCAGAAUAAAUAUGGAGUUGGACCACCCUUGUACAGUGAACCUGAAAAAGCAAGAAAUCUCUUUACUGUGCCUGGUCAAUGUGACAAGCCAACUGUCACAGAUGUUUCAGCUGAAUCCAUGACGGUCAAUUGGGAAGAACCAGAAUAUGAUGGUGGGUCUCCAGUAACUGGCUACUGGCUGGAGCGUAAGGAAACUACAGCCAAGCGCUGGGCAAGAGUGAAUCGUGACCCUAUCAGAAUAAGACCUAUGGGAGUUUCUCACAUUGUAACCGGUCUCAUGGAGGGAUCUAUUUAUCAGUUCCGUGUUAUUGCAAUGAAUGCAGCUGGAUGUGGCCUACCUAGUUUGCCUUCUGACCCUGUUGCAUGCAGAGACCCAAUAGCACCUCCAGGACCACCAACUCCAAAAGUAACAGACUGUACCAAGUCAACUGUUGAUCUAGAAUGGAUUCCUCCACUUGUUGAUGGUGGAUCUAAGAUUACAGGCUACUUUGUUGAGUACAAAGAAGAAGGACAAGAGGAAUGGGAGAAGGUUAAAGACAGGGAAAUCAGAGGUUGCAAGUUUGUUGUUCCUGGUCUGAAGGCGUUUGCACUCUAUAGAUUCAGAGUAAGAGCUGUGAAUGCAGCAGGUGUUGGAGAACCUGGUGAGGUUGCAGAAGUGAUUGAAGUGAAGGACAGAACAGUUCCCCCUGAAGUGGACCUGGAUGCAAGUGUCAAGGAAAAGAUUGUUGUUCAUGCGGGUGGGGUAAUCCGCAUCCUGGCUUAUGUAUCGGGAAAGCCUGCACCAGAAAUUAUUUGGAAUAGAGAUGAUGCUGUUUUGCCAAAGGAGGCUGUUGUUGAGACCACCUCUAUAAGUUCAGCUCUGGUUAUCAAAAACUGCAUUAGAAAACACCAAGGCAUUUAUACGCUGACUGCUAAAAAUGCAGGUGGAGAGAGGAAGAAAGCAAUCAUUGUUGAAGUAUUAGAUGUCCCUGGUCCUGUGGGCCAGCCCUUCUCUGGUGAGAAUCUUACCAAUGACUCUUGUAAGCUGACCUGGAGUUCACCUGAAGAUGAUGGUGGCUCAGCUAUUACCAACUACAUAAUUGAGAAGAGAGAAGCUGACCGUAGAGGCUGGACUUCAGUGACAUAUACCGUCACUAGAUAUAAUGCAGUGGUCCAGGGUCUUAUUGAUGGCAAGGGUUACUUCUUCAGGAUUGCAGCUGAAAAUAUUAUUGGAAUGGGUCCAUUUGUUGAGACGUCAGCUCCAGUUGUCAUCAAAGAACCAGUUUCUGUUCCUGAGCGGCCAGAAGAUCUUGAGGUCACUGCUAUCACAAACGAAUCAAUCAGUGUGGCAUGGAGACCUCCAAAAUAUGAUGGAGGUUCAGAAAUUACCAGCUACGUUCUUGAGGCUCGCCUUGUCGGAAAAGACGUCUUCAGUCGAAUUGCCGCAGACAACAAAUUAAUGGAUCGUAAAUUCACACAUGUGGGUCUUAAGGAAGGUGCUUCUUAUGAAUUCCGUGUUAGUGCUGUAAAUGCAGUCGGCCAAGGCAAGCCUUCUUUCAGCACCAAACCAGUAACAUGCAAGAAAGAAUUUGAACCACCAGCCCUUGAUCUUAGCUUCCGUGACAAGAUUGUGGUUCGUGUUGGGCACACUUGCACAAUUCAAAGUGGAUAUUCAGGCAAACCACGACCAACUAUUAAAUGGCUCAAAAAUGAUGAGGACCUUCAAGCCAGUGAGGAAAUUGCUCUUGCCAGCACAAAUAAGACUUUGUGCUUGACUAUUGAAAAAGCAAAACGUGAUCACAGUGGAAAAUACACUGUGGUUUUGGAAAACUCCAUAGGCUCACGCAAGGGCAUUUGCAAUGUUACUGUUGUCGACCGACCACAGCCUCCAGAGGGUCCUGUUGUCUUUGAUGAGAUCUACAGAAAUUACAUGGCCAUUUCUUGGAAGCCCCCACUGGAUGAUGGCGGAGCUGCUAUUUCCAACUACAUUAUUGAAAAGAGAGAUACCAACAGGGAUCUAUGGAUGCCUGUUACAGAAUCUUGCACAAGAACAUCAUGUAAAGUUCCUAAAUUGAUUGAGGGUAGAGACUACAUCAUUCGAAUCUGCGCUCAGAAUACUUAUGGCAUUAGUGAUCCAUUACUGUCUGCUGAGACAAAAGCAAGGGAUGUUUUCAAGGUUCCAGAUGCUCCUAAGGCACCUGUGGUAAAAGAAAUCUAUAAAGACACAGCACUGAUUUCAUGGAUCCAACCAGCUGAUGGUGGCAAACCAAUCACAAACUAUAUUGUUGAAAAGAAAGAGACCAUGACCAACAUGUGGGCCCGUGCUGGAAAAGAACGCAUUUUCCCUAACACUGAAUACUGGGUUCCUGAUCUUCUCAAGGGAUGUGAAUAUGAAUUCCGUGUCAUGGCAGAAAAUGUAAUUGGAAUUGGUGACCCCAGUCCACCCUCAAAGCCCAUCUAUGCCAAAGAUCCUAUAGUGAUCCCAAGCCCACCUGUGAACCCAUUAGCAGUUGACACAACAAAAGAGUCUGUCAGUCUGUCUUGGCAGCCACCCAGAGACUGUGGCAGAGGCAAAAUCUUUGGCUACCUCAUUGAGUAUCAGAAAGCUGGUGAUGAGGCAUGGCUUCAAGUUAAUCAAACUCCUGAUUCCUGCCAGGAAACUAAAUUCAAGGUUAUUGGCCUUGAGGAUGGUGAACUUUACAGAUUUAGAGUGAAGGCUGCCAAUGCUGCUGGAGAAUCUGAGCCUGCAUAUGUCCCAGAGCCUGUUCGAGUACAAGACAGACUUGAACCCCCAGAUAUUCUUUUGGAUAUGGGAAUGCCUCGGGAGAUUAAAGCAAAGGCUGGAACCCAUAUUAAUAUUAUUGCUGGAAUCAAGGGAAUACCUUUCCCAAAAGUCACAUGGAAGAAAAAUGAUGCAGAUGUUCCUACAAAAACAGAUAUUGAGACAUCUGGAACAGCAUCCAGAUUGAAUUUGCGUUUUUGCACCCGUGAUGAUAGUGGAGAUUACACACUUCAUGUCGAAAAUCCAGCAGGAUCAAAAACAGCCACAUGCACUGUGCUUGUACUUGAUAAACCUGGACCAGUUCAACAUCUUAGAGUGUCUGAUGUCAGAAGUGAUUCUGCCCAGCUUUCUUGGAAAGACCCUGAAGAUAGUGGUGGUACACGCAUCACUAACUUUGUUGUUGAGAAAAAGGAUGCCACAUCUGCACAAUGGGUGCCAGUCUGCUCAACAUCUAAAAAACGCAGUAUGAUGGCGAAGCACUUGAUUGAGGGGACGUCAUACAUGUUCCGUGUGGCAGCUGAAAAUCAGUUUGGAAGAAGUGAAUAUGUUGAGACAACUAAACCUAUCAAAGCAAUGAAUCCCUUGUUCCCACCAGGUCCACCAAAAGACUUGCAUCAUGUAGAUGUUGACAAAACUGAGGUAUGGCUUCAGUGGAAUUGGCCUGAUCGCACAGGAGGAAGUGAAAUCACUGGGUUCUUGGUGGAGUAUCAAGAAGAAGGUGAAAGGGAUUGGAUUGUUUUUAAGACUGUCAGCAUUCCUGAAUGCCAUGUUACUGGGCUGGUAGAGGGAAAGACCUAUAGGUUCCGUGUAAAGGCAGAGAAUGCAAUUGGCUUGAGUCGACCAGACACCACUGUGCCAGUUCUUUGUCAUGAAAAACUAAUGGCACCCAUUCUCGAAAUUGAUGUGAAGCUGAUUGAGGGCAUCAUUGUAAAAGCUGGAAGCACUAUUAGAUUGCCUGCCAUUAUGAGAGGGAUACCAGUACCCACUGCCAAAUGGGUCGUUGAUGGAGAGGAAAUCAAGAGUGAAGGAAAUACCAAAAUUGACACAGACAGCUUCUCCACUGUUCUUAGCAUUGCUGAAUGCACAAGAAAUCACACAGGAACCUAUAUCCUCACAGUGUCUAACUCAGCUGGGAGUAAGACUGUUGGUCUUAAUGUCACAGUACUUGAUGUUCCCGCUGCCCCCAUUGGUCCUGUAAAUAUCCUUGAAGUCACCCCAGACUCCAUGGUCAUUGACUGGCGUCCUCCCAAAGAUGAUGGUGGAAGUCCAGUAAUGAACUAUAUUGUUGAGAAGAGGGAAUCUAAUAAGGAAACAUGGGGAGGAGUCAGUUCUGGUAGUACUUCCACAAGGCUCAAGAUUUCACGUCUGCAAAAGGGAGCAGAGUAUAUUUUUAGAAUUCGUGCUGAAAAUAAAAUGGGAAUUGGCGCACCUCUUGAAAGUGCACCAACUGUAGCCCGGCAUCAGUUUGAGCCCCCUAGCCCUCCUGGAAAACCAAUUGCUUCGGAGAUUUCUGAGGAUGCACUCACACUUGGAUGGACAAUGCCACUGUUUGAUGGUGGUAGUCCAAUUAGUGGUUACAUAAUUGAACGUAGACAUAAGGGAGGAAAAUGGAUUCGGGUGAAUAAAACCCCUUGCAAGGACCUUAGAUACAGAGUGCUUGGACUUUUUGAAAGUAAUGAAUAUGAGUUCAGAGUUUUUGCUGAGAAUAUCGCUGGCUUUAGUGGACCCUCUCCUAUUUCAGAUCCUGCCAAGCCUUGCAGACAAAUUACUGUUCCUGGACCUCCAAUCAACCCAAAGAUUAAGGACUACAGUUCCACACAUGCUGACUUAGUCUGGAUCAAACCCACAAAGGAUGGGGGUAGUCCAAUUUUAGGAUACAUUGUUGAAUGCCAAAAAUUAGGUGGAGAUUGGGAGAAGAGCAAUAUGGAUGAUCUGAUUAAGCAGUGUGCUUACAGGGUAAAGGGACUAACAGAGGACACUGAGUACAGGUUCCGUGUUAAAGCAGUCAACAUGAUUGGAGAAGGUGAGACACGGGAAGUCCCAGAGUCACUUAUUGCUAAGGACAUCCUUAUUCCCCCAGAAAUUGAAUUGGAUGCCACAUGUCGUGAUCGUCUAACUGUCCGUGUUGGACAUAACAUUAAUAUUAUUGGAUAUGUGAAAGCAAGACCUGAUCCUAAAAUCACGUGGAGCAAAGGUGAAAAAGUUUUGGAAAAAGACAAAAGUACAACUUUUAUAAAUAACUUCCCAGUAGUGCAGAUGCGCAUCAAAGAGGCAAACAGAGCAGAUCAUGGAAAGUACACACUUAAGGCUGUUAAUGAUUCUGGAGAGGCUUCAGCUACUAUUACAGUAAAUGUACUUGAUAGACCUGGACACUGCCAGAAUCUUAAGUUGACAUAUGUAACUAAAAACUCUUGCAUGGUAUCCUGGGAUGCUCCUGAGGACAAUGGAGGCACUGAGAUUACAAAUUACAUUGUGGAAUGUCGGGAGCCAAGCAUAAGAACCUGGUCAAUGAUCUCAUCUGACUGCACAAAUCGCAUGGUAAAGGCAAAGCUCAUGGAAAAUCAUGAGUAUUUAUUCCGUGUGUCUGCAGAGAACAAGUGUGGUCCUGGACCACCAACAGAAACCAAAACACCUAUUCUUGCAAUUGACCCACUUCAGAAGCCUGGUGAGCCAGAGAACUUCCAUGUUAGUGAUAUUGGAAAGAACUUUGUUUUCCUUAAAUGGAGAAAACCUGAUUUUGAUGGUGGCAGCCCUAACUUGGGUUACAUUUUGGAGAGAAAAGCAAAGGAUGCUGAGGAGUGGGAACAGUUACAUAAGGGAGUCCUAAAAGAGAAAUUCUUCAUGGUAGACAAAUGUGUUGAAAAUCAGACCUAUCAGUUUAGAGUGAAAUCUACAAACGAUGGAGGAGAAAGCAACUGGGUUAGGACAUCUGAUAUCAUUGUCAAAGAAGAAAUUCAGAAACCAGUUCUUGACCUGAAAUUUGCUGGUGCCAUUGUAGUUAAAGCUGGUGAAUCAGUUAGACUUGAGGCUGCUCUAAGAGGUAAACCACAGCCUGAGGUUACAUGGUUGAAGGACAAGGCUACGGGUGAUAACCCAAGGAUCAGUGUUGACACUGGAUCAGAUUACUCUAAAUUCCUCAUGACUAAAUCCAAACGUAGUGACACUGGAAAGUACACUAUCACUGCUACAAACUCAGCUGGAACAUUUACAUCAUAUGCCAAUGUUACCGUUUUGGAUAUACCAGGACCUGUCAGGGAUUUGAAAAUUUCGGGCAUUUCCACAGAUAAGUGCAGAGUUGUAUGGGAUCCUCCAGAGGAUGAUGGUGGUUGUGAGGUGGACAGCUACAUUGUUGAGAAAUGUGAGACCAGACGAAUGGUUUGGUCCACUUACUCUGCCUCUAUCAUCACCAACUACUGUAAUGUAACUCGCCUUGUUGAAGGUAAUGAGUACAUUUUUAGAGUCAGAGCAGAAAACAAAAUGGGAACGGGUCCACCAAUGGAGAGUAAGCCUAUUAUUGCUAAGACGCAGUACAACAGACCUGGCCCACCUGAUGCACCAGAAGUCACAAAAAUUGCUAAAGAUGAGAUGACUGUGGUGUGGGCUCCUCCUGAAAGUGAUGGUGGAAAGUCUAUAACUGGUUACAUUCUAGAAAGAAAGGAAAAGAGGGCUGUUCGAUGGGUUCCUGUCACAAAGAGCCCUAUCACUGAGAGACGCAUGAGGGUCACCAAUUUGAUCCCUAACCAUGAAUAUCAAUUCCGUGUCAAAGCUGAAAAUGAAGUAGGAUUGGGCGAACCAAGCAAACCAUCUAGACCCAUCACUGCAAAGGAUCCAAUUGAGCCCCCUGGUCCUCCUGGCAGUCUUAAAGUAGUUGACAGCACAAAAACAUUGAUUACACUUAGAUGGGCAAAGCCUGUGUAUGAUGGUGGUGCUCCAAUUAUUGGAUAUCUGGUUGAAAUGAGGGAUAAGGUUGAAAUGGAGGGCGAACAGGAAAGAGAUCCAGAGGAGGGUUGGAAGAAAUGUAAUAUACCCGGACAGCUUGUCCUAACUGAAUUUACAAUAAUUAACUUAGAUGAGAGAAAGGAAUAUGAAUUUAGGGUGUCUGCUCAAAAUCAAGUUGGCAUGGGCCGCCCUGCAAAACUCAAGGAAGCUGUGUCACCAAAGGAGAUCAAUGAAUUUCCAGAGAUUGAUCUUGAUGCCACACUAAGAAAAGGACUUACCGUUAGAGCAGGAUGUCCCAUCAGGCUUUUUGCUACUAUUAGGGGAAGACCAGCACCUAAAGUGACAUGGAAGCGCUUAGGUGUUGAUAACGUUAUUAGGAGGGGCCAUGUGGAUCAGAUUGACACAAUGACCUUCCUUGUGAUACCCGAGUGCUCCCGUGAAGACUCUGGCAGAUAUUCUUUGACACUUUCAAAUCCGUCUGGAGAAAAAGCUGUAUAUGUUCGUGUUAAAGUCUUAGAUACUCCUGGUCCUGUUGGCGAACUGGAGGCAACUGAUAUCACAAAGACAACCUGCCAGCUUGCUUGGCUACCUCCAGACAAUGAUGGUGGUAGCCCUAUUCUAAACUAUGUUGUUGAGAAGCGUGAAGUUGACAGGAAAACAUGGACAAAUUGCACAAAUGACUUAAAGAAGACAAGCUUUAAAGCCACAAAUCUGACACCUGGAACUGAAUAUUAUUUCCGCGUUAUAGCAGUUAACAAAUAUGGACUCGGUGUGCCUCAAGAUUCUCCAAAGUCCUAUAUGGCUACAGAUCCCAAGAGUGAACCCGAUCCUCCAAAGAAGAUGGAUGUAUUGGAAAUUACUAAAAACAGUGCAACUCUUGGGUGGCUGAAACCACUUCGAGAUGGCGGUUCAAAAAUAAAUGGCUACAUUGUGGAUUACCAAGAGGAUGGUAAACCUGAGGAUAAAUGGACAUCAUACUCAGUCGUGAAAGACUUGUCCAUUGUUGUAGCUGGACUGAAAGAAAACACUAAAUACAGAUUCAGGGUAGCGGCAAGAAAUGCAAUAGGAUGCAGUUUGCCAAGAGAAGCUGAGGGCAUCUUCGAGGUCAAAGAACAGCUGAUGCCACCAAGGAUUAUCAUGCCUGAAAUUGUUACAGCAAAGGCAGGGUCUAAACUUAUAGUUGAGGCUUUUGUGUCUGGAAAACCUACACCAGUCUCAAAAUGGAAAAGAGGAAGUGAUGAUAUAGUUACAUCUGAUCGUAUCUUUAUACAAAAGACACAAACCACAAAUGUACUUAUGAUCAAGGAUGUAACAAGGAAGGAUAGUGGUUACUACAGUCUUUCAGCUGAAAAUAGCAUAUCAAAGGUCAACCAGAUCCUCAGAAUAAUCAUCAUGGACAAACCUGGUCCUCCAGAGGGUCCUGUAGAAUAUCUUGAGGUGGAUAUAGAUGCAUGCACUCUUGCGUGGAAUUCACCUACUGAAGAUGGUGGCAGCAACAUCACUAACUACAUUGUUGAGAAGUGUGAUGUGAGCAGAGGUGACUGGGUCAUGGCUGCAUCUUGUACCAAGACCAGCUGCAGAGUUGGAAAGCUCACUCGUGGCACAGAGUAUGGUUUCCGUGUCCGUGCUGAAAAUCGUUUUGGAAUUUCAGAACCAACUUAUGCAGAAAAAAUGAUCGCUAGACAUCCAUUUGAUCCACCCAGUGAGCCAAGAAACUGUUGUGUCAAAAAAGUCAACAAGGAAUUUGUUGUGUUGUCCUGGGAAACACCAGUCACCGAUGGUGGCAGUCCUAUCAUUGGAUAUUCCAUUGAGCGCAAAGAGAGAAAUAGCCUUCUUUGGGUCAAGGCAAAUGAAGUCCUUGUUCGUUCAACUGAAUAUACAUGCUCAGGUCUCAUUGAUGGUCUAGAGUACACGUUCAGAGUGUCUGCUGUCAACAAGGCAGGACAAAGCAAACCAAGCAAGCAAACAGAUUUUAUCACUGCAAGAGCACCAGUUGAUCCACCUGGUAAACCUGAAGUUCUCGAUGUGACAAGAAAUUCAGUUUCUCUUGUCUGGAGUCGUCCAAAACAUGAUGGUGGUAGCAAACUCAUUGGUUAUUUUGUCGAGUCUUUGAAACUUCCAGGUGACAAAUGGGUGCGUAUCAAUACAAGCUGCCAAAGUGUGCCAAAGGAAGAAUACAUUGUCCCUGGACUUGAGGAGGGAGCCCAAUACAAAUUCAGAAUAAUUGCAAAGACAGCAAUUAAUGUCAGUCUGCCCUCAGAAGAAUCUGAUGCUAUCACAGUUAUUCCUGAGAAUGUUCCACCAAGGGUUGAGAUUAGCCUUGAAAUGAAAAACUUAAUUGUUGUCAAAGCUGGAGCAAAUGUCUGUCUUGAGGCAGAGGUUUAUGGCAAACCAAUGCCAAAAGUCUCAUGGAAGAGAGACGGUGUUCCAUUGAAGUUGGUUGAAGGAAUGAAAAUGACUCAAAAGAUACAUCUUCACUGCCUGGAGCUGUUCUCUGUGACAAGAAAGGAGUCUGGAGAGUACACAAUUGUUGCUGAGAACCCAAGUGGAACUAAGUCUGCUAAUAUUAAAUUGAAGGUUUUAGACAAACCUGGACCCCCAGCGUCAGUGAGAAUAAGCCAUGUUUUUGCAGACCGGGUAAAACUCAGGUGGGAGCCACCUAUUGCAGAUGGUGGUUCUGAAAUUACAAACUACAUUGUUGACAAACGUGAAACAAGCAGAGCCAACUGGGCACAAGUUACUGCUAACAUUAGUGGUCAUAUAACAGACUGUUCUGUGGAGAAACUGAUUGAAGGCCAUGAAUAUGAGUUCCGCAUCAGUGCUGAGAACAAAUAUGGUGUUGGAGAUCCAAUUGUGACUAACUCUGUAAUCGCAAAGAAUCCAUUUGAUGUUCCAGGACCAUGUGAACCUCCAGUUAUAACUAAUAUCACCAGGGAUCACAUGACUGUUAGUUGGAAGGCCCCUGCUGAUGAUGGCAAGGCACCCAUUCUUGGAUACAUGGUUGAGAAGCGUGAAACUCAAGACCUCAACUGGGCUAAAGUGAAUAGAAGACCUGUUAUUGACAGGACAAUUAAAGCUGGAGGCCUAACAGAGGGGUCUGAGUAUGAAUUCAGAGUUAUUGCCAUAAAUAAAGCUGGUCUUGGCAAACCAAGUGAUCCAUCUGCUGGUGCACUUGCACUGGACCCAGUGUAUCCUCCAGGACCACCUGCUUUUCCAAAGGUCAUUGACUCUACACACAGUUCAAUCAGUUUGUCCUGGUCCAAGCCCGCUUAUGAUGGUGGAUGUGAAAUCCUGGGCUACCUUGUUGAGUUCAAGAGAGCAGAUGCAGAAGAUUGGUUGAAGUGCAACUUGCCAAAGAAUCUUCAGGCAACAAAGUUUGUUGUUACUGGUCUCUUGGAUAAGACUGAGUAUGAGUUCCGAGUUUCUGCUGUAAACAGAAUUGGAUUUGGGGAGCCAAGUGAGGUUCCUGAUAAACAUAUGGCAAAGGACAUCCUACUUCCACCUGAGGCUGAACUUGAUGCAGAUCUCAGAAAAGCCCUAGUUUUACGUGCUGGAGUCACCAUGAGAGUUUAUGUGCCUCUGAGAGGGCGUCCUGCUCCAAAGGCAACAUGGUCAAAGGUCAAUGCCAAUUUGAAAGAGAGACAAGGUUUUAUGAUCACGACAACUGAUUGGGAUACCUAUCUUUAUUGUGAGGACAUCAACAAAUAUGAUGCUGGCAAAUAUGUCCUAACCCUGGAAAACAGUAGUGGUACCAAGUCAUAUACCAUUGUUGUCAAAGUACUAGACACACCUGGACCACCACUCAACCUGGUUGUUAAGGAGACCUCAAAGAGCCAUGCAUCCAUAACUUGGGAUGCUCCAUUAAUUGAUGGUGGUAGUCCUAUUAAGAGCUAUGUUGUUGAAAAACGUCUGGCCGAGAGAAAAGCAUGGACUUGUGUUGCUCCUGAGUGUUCCAAAACUUCUUUCAGAAUUACUAAUCUUGAAGCUGGUAAAGCUUACUGUUUCAGAGUCCUAGCUGAAAAUAUAUACGGCAUUGGGGAGAGUUGUGAGACAGCAGGACCAGUCAAAGCCUCAGAACAACCUGGACCUGUUACAGACUUUAAAGCCAUAGAGGUCACCAAGAAUUCUUGCUCUCUUGUUUGGAAGAAACCAAUCAGUGAUGGCGGAAGCCACAUUGUUGCAUAUAUACUAGAGAUCUGUGAAGGUGGAGACAAAUGGAAGUUGCUCAUGAGGUCCAAGCUCACACAGUACACAAUGACUGAUCUUACAGAAGGCAAGGAAUACUUAUUCAGAGUCAAAGCCAUUAAUGAAGCAGCUGACGGACCCAUAACUGAGCUUGCUGUCUUGGCUAAAGAUCAAAUAGUUCUGCCAGACUGUAAUCUGAAAGGCUUUCCUGAUUCUAGCUAUGUGGCCAAGGAAGGAAGUACUGUUCGUCUCAAUAUUCCUAUUACUGGUAUCCCUGCUCCAGUAGUCACAUGGAGAAAGGGUGAUGUUACUUUAUCUGAUAGUGGAAGAAUAUCGGUUGAAUCAACUGCAACAAACACAAUUUUGCUGAUUCGUGAUUGUAGUAGAAGUGAUGCUGGCAAAUUUCUCCUCAAUUUGAGAAACACUGCUGGGACAAAGGAAUCAGCUAUUGACUUUAAAGUUGUUGGUAAGCCUGGAAUCUGCACAGGCCCCUUUAAGUUUGAUGAAAUCACAGCAGAAGGAAUUACUGUAGAAUGGGGUCCACCCAAAGAUGAUGGUGGAUCAGAAGUUUCCAAUUAUAUUUUGGAAAAAAGACAAUCUACUGCCAACAAGUGGGCCACAGUAGCUUCUGCAAUUCAGAAAAACACAAUGAGGGUUACAAGACUUCAUGAUGGAACAGAAUAUAUCUUUAGAGUUUGUGCAGAGAAUAAAUAUGGAGUUGGGGAGUUCCUCAGGUCUGACCCAGUGACUGCUAAACAUCCAUUCAAUGCACCAGAGGCUCCAGCACCACCUGAGAUUGUGAACAUUCGCCAUGAGUCUGCAAUUCUUACAUGGUCUGAUCCAAAAGAUACUGGAGGAUCACCCAUCACUGGAUAUUACGUGGAAUUCAAAGACAGAAAUAGCUUAAUGUGGAAGAGAGCCAGCAAGACACCUUUGAGAAUUAAAGAAUGCAGAGUGACUGGCUUGAUUGAGGGUCUAGAAUAUGAAUUUAGGGUAAUAGCUAUGAAUGUAGCUGGCCUUGGAAAGCCAAGCAAACCAACAGAGUCACUUGUUGCUCUUGAUCCAAUUGAUCCUCCUGGAAAACCUGAUGUGAUCAGUGUCACAAGAAACAGUGUGACACUUAUUUGGACUAAACCCAAGUAUGAUGGUGGCCACAAACUGACUGGCUAUAUUGUUGAAAAACUAGAGCAUCCAGGAAAAGUGUGGGCCAAAGCCAACCACGUGAAUAUCCAAAGCUGUGCAUUCACUGUAACAGACCUACGAGAGAACUCCACAUAUGAAUUCAGAAUAAGAGCUAAGAAUGCUGCAGGGGCUAUCAGUGCUCCCUCAGAGAAAACUGAGCCUCUUGUGUGCAAGGAUGAAUAUGAACCACCUACUAUCACAAUUGAUCCUGAAAUGAAGGAUGGUGUAACUGUAAAGGCUGGAGAAACAAUUGUCAUAACUGCAUCCAGUAUUCUUGGCAAACCUCCCCCUACAGCUGUGUGGUCUAAGGGUGGAAGAGAAUUUAAGUCUUCAGAUAUUGUCGAAAUUACAAGCACUCCCACAACUUCAACUUUGUCUAUUAAGUAUGCCAACAGAAAGAACACUGGAGAAUACACUAUUACUGCAAGCAAUCCAUUUGGCAUCAAAGAAGAAAAGGUUAAAGUUAAAAUCCUAGAUGUGCCUGGACCUCCAGGUCCUAUUGAACCCAGCAGUGUCUCUGCUGAGAAAUGCACAUUGACAUGGUUGCCACCAGAAGAGGAUGGUGGCAGCAGUAUCAAAUCAUACAUAAUAGAAAAAAGAGAAACCAGCCGCCUACUUUGGACAAAGCUUGCUGAAGAUGUCAUGGAUUGCCGCUGUGUUGCCAGCAAAUUGAUUAAGGGAAAUGAAUACAUAUUCCGUGUUUCAGCUGUUAAUCAAUAUGGCAUUGGUGAUGCAACACAGUCUGCACCAGUUAAAAUGGUUGAUAGCUUUGGACCCCCUGGGCCACCAUCAAAACCAGAAAUUGAUAAUGUCAGUGGAACUGCUGUAACCAUUUCCUGGAAGAGACCAAUUGUAGAUGGAGGAUGUGACAUUAGAGGCUAUAGUGUUGAAAGAAAAGAGAGAAGGGGUUUGAGAUGGGUGAGAGCCUCAAAGAAGAUAAUUUCAGAUCUUCGUUAUAAGGUUUCAGGCCUGACAGAGGGAGUUGAAUAUGAAUUCCGUGUAACUGCAGAGAAUAAAGCUGGUUUUGGUGAACCCAGUGAGCCAUCACAACCUGUACUGACAAAGGAUGUUGCAUAUCCACCUGGGCCUCCAUCCAAUCCAAGAAUUACUGAUACCACCAAAACGACUGCUACAUUUAACUGGGGCAGACCUUUCUAUGAUGGUGGACUUGAUAUUUUAGGAUACAUUGUUGAGCAUAAAAAGGAAGGAGAUGAUGAUUGGGUUAAAGACACAACAACUCUACUGAGAAUAACUGAAUUUGUAGUUUCAAAUCUACAAUCAGGAGGAAAGUAUCAUUUCAGAGUCAGUGCAAUGAAUUCCGAAGGACUUGGGGAACCCUCUGAAGUUGAGAAAGUUGUAGAACUUGUGGAUAGAGAAGAGAUCCCUGACUUUGAACUUGAUGCAGAACUUAGAAGAACACUUGUCGUGAGAUCAGGUGCUUCAAUCCGUAUAUUUGUCAUGAUCAAGGGCCGUCCAGCUCCAGAAGUAACAUGGUAUAAAGAAGAUGUUCCUCUCAAAGGUCGUGCUCACAUUGACACUACUGAAUCAUACACUCUAGUAGUCAUCCCUGAGUGUACAAGAUAUGAUGCUGGUAAAUAUGUUCUGACAUUAGAGAAUGUUGCUGGAAAGAAGACUGGAUUUGUCAAUGUUCGUGUUGUUGACACUCCAGGGCCUCCAAUAAAUUUGAAACCAAGAGAAAUUACAAAACAUAGCAUCACUCUACAUUGGGAGAUUCCAUUUAUUGAUGGUGGUUCAAAAAUCAAAAAUUAUAUUAUUGAGAAGCGUGAGGCAACAAGAAAGGCUUACUCAGUCAUUUCUACCAACUGGCAGAAAUGUUCCUACAAGAUUCCAGAUUUAGAAGAAGGAGCUGAAUAUUUUUUCAGAGUGUCAGCAGAAAACGAAAUGGGCAUUGGUGAACCAGCAGAGACACCCCAACCGAUCAGAGCUUCUCAGGCUCCUUCUGCACCAGAUAAUCUGAUUGUUUCAAAUGUGUCUAGGGAUACAGCGACUCUUGCAUGGACAAAACCAAAAUAUGAUGGUGGGACUCGAAUCACUGGCUAUGUAAUAGAGGCUCAACAGAAAGAUUUUGAUCACUGGACCCAUGUGACAACAAUUAAAGCAUUGGACUUUACUGCAACAGAUUUGGUGGAAAAUGCAGAAUAUGUGUUCCGCAUCUUUGCUGUGAACAGCUCAGGCAGGAGUGAACCUCGUGAAAGUCGACCUGUUGUAAUCAAGGAGCAAACCACAGUUCCAGGAUUUGACCUUAGAAGCAUAUACCAGAGGAUUGUGGUAGCUAAGGCAGGCGAUAAUCUUAAAGUAGAGAUUCCAGUUAUGGGUUGUCCAAGGCCACAUGUUGUAUGGAAAAAAGAAGAUCAGGAACUUAAACAGACACAGAGAAUCAACACUGAAAACACCACAACGUCUACCAUUCUCAACAUUAAUGAAAUAAGGAGGAAAGAUGGAGGACAGUAUUCAAUGACUGGAAAGAAUAUCAUAGGAACUGUGACUGAAACCAUUACUGUUCAAGUACAUGAUAUUCCAGGACCUCCAACUGGACCAGUAAAGCUGGAUGAAGUUUCUUGUGACUAUGUUCUAAUAUCAUGGGAUGCUCCAGAAAAUGAUGGAGGAGUGCCUAUUAAUAAUUACAUUGUUGAGAUGCGUGAGACCACUGGGACAUCCUGGGUGGAACUGGCAGCAACUGUUAUCCGCACAACAUUCAAAGCUGCACGCCUUACAACUGGAAUUGAAUAUCAAUUCCGUGUCAAAGCUGAGAACCGCUAUGGAGUUGGGCCUUACAUAACAUCAGAAGCAGUAGUGGCUGCUUAUCCAUUUGAUGUUCCAGGGCAGCCUGGAAUUCCACAAAUAGUUGCUUUCACUAAGGAUUCAAUGACAAUCAGUUGGAAUGAACCUUCUUCAGAUGGUGGUAGCCCAAUUUUGGGAUACCACAUUGAGAGGAAAGAGAAGAACAGCAUUCUCUGGCAGAGAAUCAGCAAAGCUUUAGUGAUUGGCAACAUGUUUAAAUCGUCAGGUUUGAUUGAUGGAAUUGCAUAUGAAUUCCGUGUUAUUGCAGAAAAUAUUGCUGGUCUCAGUAAAGCAAGCAAACCCUCUGAGAUGGCAUAUGCACUUGAUCCUGUUGACCCUCCUGGUCAACCUGUGGCCCUUAAUAUAACCAGACAUGAAGUAACUCUUCAGUGGACAAAGCCUGAGAAUGAUGGUGGCUUUUCAAUAACUGGAUAUACAGUGGAAAAAAGAGAGCUGCCCAAUGGUCGCUGGCUUAAAGCCAACUUCAGCAACGUUCAUGAGACAAGCUUUACUGUAAGUGGUCUCACAGAAGAUGCUUCUUAUGAAUUCCGUGUUCUGGCAAGGAACUCAGCCGGAGCUGUCAGCAAACCAUCUAAAUCUUCAGAGAUCAUUGUCUGCAGGGAUGAUAUAGAGGAGCCAAAGAUUGAUGUUGAUGCAAGUUUCAAUAGUGUAGUGGUUGUGAAGGCAGGAGAGGUGUUUAAGCUCGAUGCAAAUGUUACGGGUCGCCCACUUCCAUCAUUGGUUUGGACUAAAGAUGGAAAGGAGCUGGAGGAGACAGGAAAGCUAGAUAUCAAAAUAGGAGAUUUCUAUACUUGCUUGAUUCACAAAGAUUCUUUACGUAGAGAUGGUGGUGCAUACACUCUAACUGCUAGCAAUCCUGGAGGAUUUGCCAAAUUUGUCUUUAAUGUUAAAAUUCUUGACAGACCUGGCCCACCUGAGGGACCACUUCAUGUCACAGAUAUGACAACAGAGAAAUGUAUUCUGUCAUGGCUGCCACCAAUUCAUGAUGGAGGAGCAAAGAUUGAAUAUUACAUAAUUCAAAGGCGAGAAACAAGUAGACUUACUUGGACAAAUGUAGCCACAGAAUUACAAGUUAACCGUUAUAAGGUUACCAAAUUGCUAACUGGAAAUGAAUAUAUCUUUCGAGUCAUGGCUGUGAACAAAUAUGGAGUUGGAGAACCUCUGGAAUCAGAGCCUGCUGUUGCAACCAACCCGUAUGUGCCUUCUGAUCCUCCACAGACACCAGAAGUAACUGCUAUCACAAAAGAUUCCAUGGUAGUUUGUUGGGGACAUCCAGAAUACGAUGGAGGAAGUAGUAUAAUUACCUACAUUAUUGAAAGGAGAGAUAAAACUGGUCUUCGUUGGGUAAAAUGCAAUAAAAGGACAGUUACUGAUUUGCGCUUCAAAGUCUCUGGUCUAACAGAUGGACAUGAGUAUGAAUUUAGAAUCUUUGCUGAAAAUGCUGCUGGCUUAAGUGCCCCAAGCCCUACAAGUCCAUUCUAUAAGGCAUGUGACACAAUAUUCAAACCUGGCCCACCUGGAAAUCCUAGAGUUCUAGACACAUCUAAAUCAUCUAUAACUAUUGCAUGGAAUAAACCAGUUUAUGAUGGUGGUUCAGAUAUCACAGGAUAUACUGUUGAAACUUGCCUGCCUGAGGAAGAUGAAUGGACAAUUGUCACUCCAAGAAAAGGACUAACAGCCACAUCAUUCACUAUAACAAACCUUACAGAAAACCAAGAAUAUAAGAUCAAUAUUUCAGCUCUUAACUGUGAGGGUGUUGGUGAACCUGCCUCUGUCCCUGGUUCUCCUAAAGCAGAAGAUAGACUUCUUCCACCUGAAAUUGAGCUUGACUCAGACCUUCGCAAAUUAAUCAACAUCAGAGCUUGUGGCACCUUAAGAUUAUUUGUGCCAUUUAAAGGAAGACCUGCACCAGAAGUCAGAUGGUCAAGGGAGAAUGGCGAACCCCUUGAUAAAGCCUCUAUUGAGAUUACACCAUCCUUCACUACACUGCGUAUUGAGAAUGUUAACAGAUAUGAUGGAGGAAAAUAUAUGCUCACAGUGGAAAAUUGUUCAGGAGUUAAAUCAGCUUUUAUUAAUGUCCGUGUGCUUGACACUCCUGAUGCGCCACAAAACCUUACAAUCAGAGAAAUCACAAAAGAUUCAGUUUCACUUAUCUGGGAUCCCCCAAUCAUUGAUGGAGGAUCAAGAAUCAGGCAUUACAUUGUUGAAAAACGUGAAUCUACAAGAAAAGCAUACUCGAUUGUUAAUGCUUCUUGCCCCAAAACAAGUUGGAGAAUUGGUGAUUUACAAGAGGGAAACAUGUAUUGUUUCAGAGUUUUGGCUGAGAAUGAGUAUGGUGUUGGUCUUCCAGUAGAGACACAAGAGGCUAUCAAAGUCUCUGAGAGGCCUCUUCCUCCUGGUAAAGUGACUCUAAAGGAGGUAACUGGCAACAGUGUAACACUUUCUUGGGAGAAGCCAGACCAUGAUGGAGGAAGCAGAAUUACUGGUUACAUUGUUGAAAUGCAGGGAAAAUAUAGUGAAAAGUGGACCCAAGUUAUGACUGUUAAACUAACAGAGGCGGUUGUUGUUGGUCUGAUACAAGGUGAAGAAUACUCCUUCCGUAUUUCUGCAACUAAUGAAAAGGGGACUAGUGAUCCACGUCAACUUAAUGUUCCUGUGGUUGCUAUGGACGUUGUUAUAACUCCUACUUUCAAACAUUUAUUUAGCACAUACAGUGUUCUGGCAGGAGAUGAUCUUAAAAUUGAUGUACCUUAUGUUGCUCAGCCCAAGGCAGCAGUUUCCUGGCAUAAAGAUGGUGUUGCACUAAAAGAGACAACAAGAGUAAAUUCUGAAGUAGCCGAGAAUCACCUUUACCUUGUGAUAAAGGAGGCCACACGAGAUGAUGUGGGCAAAUAUACUAUUAAACUGACAAACUCUGCAGGUGAGGCUACAACAGAUAUCAGUGUGAUUAUACUUGAUAAACCUGGCCCUCCUACUGGUCCAAUCAAAAUAGAUGAGGUAACAGCAGAUAGUGUUACCCUUUCAUGGCAGCCACCAGAGUAUGAAGGUGGAUGUUCUAUUAAUAACUACAUUGUGGAAAAGAGAGACACAUCUACCACAAACUGGCAGAUUGUGUCUGCAACAGUAGCUAGAACAACCAUAAAAGCUGCAAGAUUGAAAACUGGGUGUGAGUAUCAAUUUAGGGUUGCUGCUGAAAAUCGAUAUGGAAAGAGUUCAGUUCUUCUUUCCGACACUGUUGUUGCACAAUAUCCCUUUGAGACUCCAAGUCCACCCGGAACUCCUACUAUACAAUCUGCAACCAAAGAAAGUAUGGUUAUUGUGUGGAACAAACCAAAUAAUGAUGGAGGAAGCAAGAUUUUAGGAUAUCACCUUGAGAGCAAGGAAAGAAACAGCCUCUUAUGGGUGAAACAAAACAAAACGCUUAUCCCAGACACACGAUUCAAGAUAGGUAACCUUGAAGAGGGCAUAGAAUAUGAAUUUAGAGUUUAUGCAGAAAAUAUAGUGGGUCUAAGCAAAGCAAGCAAAGUAUCCGAAAUCAGGGUGGCAAGAGAUCCAUGUGAUCCUCCAGGAAAACCUGAAGCAGUGAUUGUCACGAGAAGCUCUGUAACACUUAGAUGGACACCACCACAGUUUGAUGGUGGCAGCAAAAUCAUUGGAUACCUCAUUGAGAAAAAAGAGUUGCCUAGUGGCCGGUGGAUGAAAGCCAGUUUUACAAAUAUUAUUGAGACCGAAUUUAUUGUUAGUGGCUUGGUAGAAGAACAGCAAUAUGAGUUCCGUAUUAUUGCAAGAAAUGCUGCUGGUGUGUCCAGUGCUCCAUCAGAUAGUACCGGUGCUAUUACAGCAAAGGAUGAAGUUGAUCCACCCCAAAUUGACUUGGAUGCCAAAUAUUCUCAAACUAUUGUUGUUAAUGCUGGGGAAUCAUUCAAAGUUGAAGCAGGAAUACUUGGCAAACCUAUUCCUUCAGUUCAUUGGAUAAAAGCAAAUGAAGAACUUACAAAUACGGCUAGGCUUGAAAUCAAGAAUACUGACUUCACAACUAUUCUCAGUGUAAAGGAGGCUAUUCGUGUUGAUGGAGGCCAGUAUACGUUGCAACUGAAAAAUGUUGGUGGAGAGAAAUCAGUAAGUGUCAAUGUAAAGGUUCUAGACAGACCUGGGCCCCCAGAAGGCCCCAUUUCUAUCUAUGGGGUUACCAGUGAAAAGUGUUCCAUUGCAUGGAAAACUCCACUGCAUGAUGGAGGCGCUGACGUGUCUCAUUACAUUGUUGAAAGAAGAGAGACCAGCAGAUUAGUUUGGACGGUUGUGGAACCGAAGGUGCAAACCCUUAAUCUCAAGAUCACAAAAUUACUUCCUGGAAAUGAAUAUAUUUUCAGAGUGAUGCCUGUAAAUAAAUAUGGAAUCGGUGAGCCUCUUGAAUCUGAUGCAGUAAUUGCUGCAAAUCCAUUUGUGCCACCUGAUGCACCAAGCAAUGUUGAAGUGUCAAAUAUAACAAAGGAUUCAAUGGUUAUUACCUGGGAAAGACCCACUAAUGAUGGUGGCAACCCAAUUUCAGGAUAUAUUGUUGAAAAAAGAGACAAAGAAGGCGUUAGAUGGACAAGAUGCAACAAACGUGGAGUAAGUGAACUACGCUUUAGAGUAACAGGACUUCUUGAAAAUCGAAGUUAUGAAUUCCGUGUGUCUGCUGAGAAUGCAGCUGGAGUUGGUAAACCAAGUUCACCCACCGUGUACUUCAAGGCAGUGGAUCCAGUCUUCAAGCCAGGUCCACCAAACAACCCUAAGGUUAUUGAUGUCUCAAGAGCAUCUGUUGUCCUGCAUUGGGGAAAGCCUAUUUAUGAUGGUGGUUGUGAGAUUCAAGGCUAUAUUGUUGAAGCAUGUGAAGGUACAUCCGAUGAAUGGAUGAUAUGCACACCACCGUCAGGAAUAACAGAAACAAGAUUCGAAGUUAAAAAACUGCUUGAAAAACAUGAGUAUAAAUUCAGAAUAUGUGCUAUAAACAAGGUUGGUCUUGGGGAAACUGCUGAUAUACCAGGAUCCAUUCUCUUGGAUGAUAAACUUGAGGCACCAGAUAUUGAUCUUGAUGCAGACCUCAGAAAGAUGAUCACUGUUAGGGCUGGAGGCUCACUCAGAUUGUUUGUUCCUAUCCGUGGCCGGCCCACCCCUGAAGUCAAGUGGGGAAAGGCUGAAGGUGAAAUCAACGAGACAGCACAAAUUGACAUUACUAGCAGUUUCACAUCACUCAUAAUUGAAAAUGUUAAUAGAUUUGACAGUGGAAAAUACACUUUAACGCUGGAAAAUGCAAGUGGGACAAAAACCGCAUUUAUUAGUGUUAAAGUAUUGGAUACACCUGAUGCACCCGCAAACUUCCGUGUGAAGGAAAUAACCAAGAAUUCAGUCACUCUUACCUGGGAGCCACCUUUACUGGAUGGUGGUGCUAAGAUAAAAAAUUACAUUGUUGAAAAACGAGAGAGUACAAGAAAAGUAUACUCUCCUGUUGCUACAUGCAACAAGAUGACAUGGAAAAUCGAACCACUGCCAGAGGGAGGCAUCUAUUUCUUUAGAGUUCUUGCUGAAAAUGAACACGGUAUUGGGUUGCCUGCAAAAACCCCAGAACCACUUAAAAUCUCAGAAGUGCCACAGCCCCCUGGUAAAGUUUCUGUAGUGGAUGUUACACGGAAGAGUGUGUCCCUUGCCUGGGAAAAACCAGAACAUGAUGGAGGCAGCAGAAUUACCCACUAUGAAGUUGAAAUGCAGGCAAUGGAUCAAGAUAAAUGGUCCAUUUGUGCUCAAGUGAAAACCCUUGAUGCUGUUGUAACUAAUUUAGCCCAAGGUGAGGAGUACAAUUUCAGAGUCAUUGCAGUAAAUGACAAAGGAAAAAGUGAUCCCAGACUCCUGGCCAAUCCUGUGGUUGCUAAAGACCUCACUAUUGAGCCCUCAGUGAGAACAAAGCUUAGUUCCUACAGUGUACAGGUUGGACAAGAUUUGAAAAUUGAAGCACGAAUAACUGGCCAUCCAAAACCAACCAUUACGUGGACCAAAGAUGGUUCAGCUCUGAAACAGACAACAAGAGUAAAUGUUGCUGACACUGCACAACAAACCACCUUAAACAUCAAAGAUGCAACAAGAGAAGAUGGUGGUAUGUAUACCAUUGCUGUGGCUAAUGUACUUGGCCAGGCGGAAACCACUGUUGAAAUAAUUAUACUUGAAAAACCUGGCCCACCAACAGGCCCAGUCAGGAUUGAUGAAGUAAGUGCAGAGAGCAUAACACUUUCUUGGGACCCACCAACAUAUACUGGAGGCUGCCAGAUUUCAAAUUAUAUUGUCCAAAAAAGAGAUACUACUACAACCAACUGGGUAGUAGUUUCUGCCACAGUGGCAAGGACUACACUUAAAGUUGGAAAUUUAAAAACUGGAGCUGAAUACCAGUUUAGGAUCUUUGCUGAGAAUAGAUAUGGUAAAAGCUAUGGUAUUGACUCAGACCCAGUACUUGCCCAGUAUCCUUUCAAAGAGCCCGGGCCUCCAGGAACCCCAUUUGUGUCUGCGCACACAAAAGACUCUAUGGUUGUUCAAUGGCACAAACCAGUCUCAGAUGGUGGAAGUGCUAUUUUAGGAUAUCAUCUUGAGAGAAAAGAGAAAAAUAGUAUUCUUUGGACAAAGAUCAAUAAAACACUUAUUCAAGACACCAGAUUUAAAACCUCUCCAUUGGAGGAGGGCAUUGAAUAUGAGUUCAAAGUGUAUGCUGAAAACAUAGUUGGAAUUGGAAAUUGUAGCAAAAUCUCUGAGGGUUGUGUGGCACGUGAUCCAUGUGAUCCACCAGGCACACCUGUGCCAGUGAUUGUGACAAGGCACUCAGUUAAACUCAGAUGGACUCCGCCAGUAUACGAUGGAGGCAGUCUUGUCACUGGAUAUGUUGUGGAGAAACGUGACCUGCCAGAAGGCCGUUGGAUGAAAACUAGUUUUACAAACAUUCUUGAAACGGAAUUUACAGUCACAGGUCUGACAGAAGACUGCAAAUAUGAUUUCAGAGUUAUUGCCAGAAAUGGAGCUGGAUCCGUCAGUAGACCCUCUGAAAGCACAGGUUCAAUUACAGCCAAGGAUGAAGUUGAUCCACCAACCUAUGAGAUCGCAUCAGAGUAUAGCCAAAUUUUGACAGUGAAUGCUGGAGAAACAUUUACGCUGGAAGCAUCUGUAUUAGGAAAGCCAAUUCCAACAAUGCAGUGGUUUAAGGGUGAUGUGGAAGUUGAAAAUUCAGCAAGAGCAGAGAUCAAAAACACAGAUUUCAAGGCAAUUCUUGUUGUUAAAGAUGCCAUUAGAAUUGAUGGAGGACAAUACACACUACACCUCACUAAUGUAGCAGGAACUAAAACUGUUCCUUUCAAUGUCAGAGUGCUUGAUAGACCUGGCCCCCCUGAAGCACCUUUCACUGUCUCAGGUGUAACAUGUGAGAAGUGUUCAUUGUCAUGGCUACCGCCACUGCAUGAUGGUGGGAGCAGUAUUUCCCAUUAUAUUAUACAGAAGAGAGAAACAAGUCGUCUUGCUUGGACUGUAGUUUCAAGUGACUGUGUAGCAACCAUGUGUAAAGUUACAAAGCUUCUUAAAGGAAAUGAAUACAUCUUCCGUGUCAUGGCUGUCAACAAAUAUGGUGAAGGUGAACCACUUGAAUCUGCACCAGUAAUUAUGAAAAAUCCUUUUGUUCCACCUGGGCCACCAAAAGACAUAGAAAUAACAAAUAUUUCAAGGGACUCUAUGACAGUAUGCUGGACUCGUCCUGAUAGUGAUGGUGGAAGUGAGAUUGUUGGUUACAUUGUUGAGAAGCGAGACAGAGCUGGGGUCCGAUGGACAAAAUGUAACAAACGCAGAAUCACAGACUUACGAUUUAGAGUGAUGGGCUUGACAGAGGAUCAUGAAUAUGAAUUCAGGUUAUCUGCAGAGAAUGCUGCAGGUGUUGGGCAACCAAGUCCACCGACUAUUUACUACAAAGCUUGCGAUCCAACAUUUAAGCCUGGUCCACCAACUAAUGCACACCUUGUUGACACCACAAAGAAUUCAGUCACCAUUGCAUGGAGUCGACCAAUUUAUGAUGGUGGUUUGGACAUCCAGGGCUAUGUUGUUGAGAUAUGUAAAGCUGAUGAAGAAGAAUGGAUCACAUGUACUCCACCCACUGGAAUAAAUGAUACUAAAUUUACAGUUACUAAACUUAUUGAACACCAAGAAUACAAAAUUCACAUAUGUGCCUUAAAUAAGCUGGGUGUUGGUGAGCCAGUGGCCAUCCAAGGAACUGUAAAACCAGUGGAUAAGAUGGAUGCCCCUGAAAUUGAGCUUGACUCCGAGUUGAGGAAAGGUGUUGUUUUACAUGCUGGAGGAUCUACGAAAAUCUGGAUACCUUUUAAAGGACGCCCCACUCCUGAGAUAACCUGGACCAAGGAUGAUGGAGAUUUGUCAGAUAGGGUUCAAAUAGAAAAGGGACCAGAUUACACUCAGCUGUCAAUCAAUAUAUGUGAGAGAAAUGAUGCUGGAAAAUAUACUCUGACUUUAGAAAAUAAUGCUGGUACUAAGUCAGCAUUUGUCUCAGUAAGAGUACUGGAUACACCUGGUGCUCCACUGAACCUUGCUGUAAAAGAUGUAACGAGAAAUUAUGUCACCCUUGUUUGGGAGCCUCCACUCAUUGAUGGUGGCUCAAAAAUAAAAAAUUAUAUAGUUGAUAAGCGUGACUCUAAAAGAAAAGGAUUUACAAAUGUUACUACCAAAUGCACCAAGACAAGCUUCCGAGUUGGGGAUCUUACUGAAGGUGGAAUUUAUUAUUUCAGAGUCAUGGCAGAAAAUGAGUUUGGAAUUGGUCUGCCUGUGGAAACAGAAGAAUCUGUAAAGACAGCUGAUCCUCCUUUGCCAGUUGGUAAGGUCACUUUGACUGAUGUGACAAAGACCACAGCAUCACUGUCUUGGGAUAAACCAGAUCACGAUGGUGGUAGUAGAAUCUUAGGAUAUUACAUUGAGAUGCAGCCAGAAGGAUUAGAAGAGUGGGUAGUAGCAGCUGUCACCAAGACAUGUGAAGGUACAGUCACAGGACUCAGUUCAGGACAAGAGUACUUUUUCAGAAUUUUAGCCUACAAUGAAAAGGGAAAAAGUGAUCCAAGACCAUUAGCAGCUCCUGUCAUUGCUAAAGAUGUUACUAUUGAACCAAGCUUCAAAUUACUAUUUAACACAUACAGUGUUAAAUCUGGUGAAGAUCUCAAAGUGGAAAUACCAUUUAGAGGACGCCCAGCUCCGAAGAUUGCAUGGUCAAAAGAUGGACAAGCACUGAAAGAAACAACGAGAUUAAAUGUUUCAAGCACUUCAACAUUAUCCGUUCUUAAAAUUAAAGAUGCAAAUAGGGAAGAUUCUGGAAAAUACACAAUUAUGGCUACAAACAAUGUAGGUACAGUCACAGAGGAGAUUGGCAUAGUCAUCCUUGAUAAACCAGGUCCACCAGUUGGACCAGUCAAAAUUGAUGAAGUAAGUGCCAACUAUGUUACCAUCUCUUGGGAGCCACCAGUAUACACAGGUGGGUGUCAGAUAAACAACUACAUAGUGGAAAAACGUCGUACAACCACUACCAACUGGCAGACUGUUUCAGCAACCAUUGCUCGAACCACAAUCAAAAUAUCUAAAUUACAGACUGGUAUAGAAUAUCAGUUUAGAGUGUUUGCUGAGAAUAGAUAUGGGAAGAGCACAUCAUUGGAUUCAAUACCAGUUGUUGUCAGUUAUCCAUUCACUGAGCCAGCAGCUCCAGGUGCACCAUUUGUUUCAUCUGUGACAAAAGACCACAUGUUAAUUGAAUGGAGACCACCCAGCAAUAAUGGUGGUAGCCCUGUGGUUGGGUAUCACCUAGAGCGCAAGGAAAAGAACAGUAUAUUGUGGACAAAACUUAACAAGCUUCUUAUCCCUGACACACGAUUAAGAACAAAUGGUCUAGAGGAGGGAAUUGAAUAUGAAUACAGGGUAUAUGCUGAAAAUAUUGCAGGAGUCAGUCCACCAAGCAAAGUCUCAGAAAGUGUUGUUGCACGUGAUCCAUGUGAUCCCCCAGGAACACCUGAGGCCAUUGUUAUUACAAGAAACCUAAUAACUCUUCAAUGGGCUAAACCACAGUAUGAUGGUGGCAGUGCAAUCACAGGAUAUAUCAUUGAAAGGAAAAAGCUGCCUGAAGGACGUUGGAUGAAAGCAAGUUUCACAAAUAUCAUAGAAACACAAUUUACAAUAACUGGACUAGAAGAAGAACAAAGAUAUGAGUUUAGAGUAAUUGCCAGAAAUGCAGCUGGUAUUUUAAGUGUACCCUCUGAAAGCACUGGACCAGUUACUGCUCAGGAUGAGAUUGAAGCUCCAUCAGUCUCAAUGGAUUCAAAAUUUAAAGAUGUGUUAAUUGUAAAAGCUGGUGAGACCUUUACAAUUGAUGGUGACAUUGCCGGUAAACCUCUCCCCGAUAUUGUGUGGCUUAAGGAUGGAAAGGAAAUUGAUAGUGCCACUCCUAGAAUGGAGAUUAAAUCCACCAUCACACGGACGGUUCUUACGGUCAAGGACUGCAUUAGAGUAGAUGGUGGUAAUUUCACCUUAAGUCUAAGUAACGUUGGUGGAACAAAGCAGGUACCCAUUAAUGUUAAGGUUCUUGAUAGACCUGGUCCACCCGAUGGUCCAAUGAAAGUAACUGGUGUAACAGCAGAAAAAUGUUAUUUGCACUGGAGCCACCCAUCCCAUGAUGGUGGAGCAAGUAUUUCUCACUAUAUUAUUGAAAAAAGGGAAACCAGCAGACUGUCUUGGACAGUGGUGGAACCCAAAAUUCAAGCAAUAAGUCACAAAGUUACUAAACUCUUACCAGGUAAUGAGUACAUAUUUAGGGUCAUGGCUGUAAACAAGUAUGGCAUUGGUGAGCCACUUGAAUCAGAACCUGUCCUUGCAAAAAAUCCUUUCAAUAUGCCCAGUCCACCUUCAACUCCAGAAGCAAGUGCGAUCACCAGAGACUCAAUUGUUCUCACAUGGGAGCGGCCAGAGGAUGAUGGUGGAUCACAAAUUGAUGGUUAUGUUCUUGAGAAACGUGAUAAAGAGGGUAUUCGAUGGACAAAGUGCAACAAGAAACGACUAAGUGACUUACGUUUUAGAGUCACUGGGCUGACAGAGGGACACUUCUAUGAAUUUAGAGUGUCUGCUGAGAAUGCUGCUGGUGUGGGCAAACCAAGUGAACCAUCUGAAUAUUACAAAGCUUGUGAUGCAAUUUAUCCACCUGGUCCUCCUAACAAUCCUAAAGUGACAGACCAUUCAAGCACAACUGUUUCCUUGGCAUGGAGCAGACCAAUUUAUGAUGGUGGGGCAGCAAUCUCAGGAUACAUUGUUGAGAUGAAGGAAGUAAAUGAAGAUGAUUGGACUGUGUGCACUCCACCAACUGGUGUACAAACAGCUCAUUUUACUGUCAAAAAGCUAAAGGAAAAUGCAGAAUACAACUUCCGUGUUUGUGCAGUUAACAUUGAGGGGGCUGGAGAGCAUGUUGAUGUCCCAGGGUCUGUAAUUGCAGCUGAAAAACUUGAAGCUCCUGAGGUAGAACUUGAUGCAGAUCUUAGGAAAUGUGUUACUGUGCGUGCCAGUGGAAAACUUCGCUUAUUUGUAACCAUAAGGGGAAUGCCUGAGCCUGAGGUAAAGUGGACAAAGGCAGAUGGAACCUUAACAGAGCGUGCUCAAAUUGAAGUUACAAGCUCUUAUACAAUGCUUGUCAUUGACAAUGUUUCCCGGUUUGACACUGGCAAAUAUGUCUUGACUCUCAUAAACAAUAUUGGCACAAAAUCUGCAUUUAUUAAUGUAAAAGUCCUUGACUCUCCAAGUGCUCCAAUGAACUUUGAAAUUAAGGAUGUGAAGAGAGAUUCAGUGCAACUACAAUGGGAGCCUCCACAAAUUGAUGGUGGAGCCAAGAUCACUCAUUACAUUGUGGAGAAGCGUGAAGCUAAAAGAAUGGCAUUCACUACUGUGACAAACAACUGUGUCAGGAAUACAUUCAAGGUUGAUGAUCUACAAGAAGGAGGUUUUUACCACUUCCGUGUAUUAGCCGUAAAUGAACUUGGUGUUGGUCUGCCUGCUGAGACCACAGAGGCAGUUAAAGUCUCCCAAGCACCUCUACCACCUGGUAAAGUCACAGUAGUUGAUGUAACCCGCCACAGUGUUACUCUUGCAUGGGAAAAGCCUGAUCAUGAUGGUGGUAGCAAAAUCACAGGCUACACUGUUGAAAUGUUGACUGAAGGAUCAGAUAAAUGGACUAUAUGUGCUACAGUAAAAGCACUGGAAGCCAAAAUUGAAGGACUUUCAACAGGAGAGGAAUAUAGCUUUAGAAUUUCAGCGCUUAAUGACAAAGGAAAAAGUGAUCCUAAACCACUUGGGGUACCUGUUGUGGCAAAGGAUAUUACUGUUGAACCUAUUAUUAAUUUGCUUUUUAACACUUACAGUGUGAAAGCAGGUGAUGAUCUCAAAAUAGAUGUUCCAUUCAGAGGCAGGCCUCAGCCAGAGGUUACAUGGAAAAAGGAUGGACAAUUAUUAAAGCAAACAACCAGAGUAAAUGUUCUGCCAUCAAAGACAUCAUCUAAAAUCAUUAUCAAAGAUGCAACAAGGGAGGAUGCUGGGAAAUAUGAAAUAACAUUAACUAACUCGAUUGGGGUUAAAUCAGCAGAAAUAACUGUCAUUGUCCUUGACAAGCCAGGUCCACCAGGUGCAAUCAGGGUGGAUGAAGUAAGUGCUGAUUUUAUUUCAUUGUCAUGGGACCCUCCUGUUUAUGAUGGUGGCUGUCAAAUCAAUAAUUAUGUGGUUGAGAAAAGAGAUACAACCACUACAACAUGGCAGAUUGUUUCAGCAACAGUUGCGCGGACAUCAAUUAAAGUAAUUCGUCUAACACAAGGAAUAGAAUAUCAAUUCCGUAUUGCUGCAGAGAACCGUUAUGGUAAAAGCCAUGCUGUAGACUCUCCCCCAGUAGUUGCACAAUAUGCCUUUACACCUCCAGGCCAUCCAACUAGUCUUCAAGUUUCUCAUGCCACUAAAUCAGGAAUGUUAGUAACAUGGAACAGACCAGCAAGUGAUGGUGGAAGUCCAGUCAUUGGAUAUCACUUGGAGUGCAAGGACCAAAGCAGUAUUCUUUGGACAAAGUUGAACAGAGGUCUUAUUACAGAAACACAUUUCAAAGUAACUGGUAUAGAAGAAGGUCUUUACUAUCAAUACAGAGUAUAUGCUCAGAAUUUAGCUGGCAUUGGUCCCUGCACAAAGGCAUGUGAUCCUGUUGCUGCUCGCGAUCCAUGUGAUCCUCCAGGUCAACCAAUAAUCAUGAACAUAACAAGAACAUCAGUUUUUCUGUCCUGGGAUAAACCUGAGUAUGAUGGUGGGGCCAAGGUGACUGGUUACAUUGUUGAAAGAAAAGAACUUCCAGAUGGCCGGUGGUUAAAGUGCAACUUUACCAACCUUCAAGAAACAUUUUUUGAUGUGACUGGCCUGACUGAAGAUCAAAGAUAUGAUUUCCGUAUUAUUGCAAAGAAUUCAGCUGGUUUGUUUAGUGAACCAUCAGAAUGUACAGGACCUGUAACUGUAAAAGAUGAUGUUGAUCCACCACGUAUCACAAUUGAAGAUAAGUUAAGACAACUAGUUGUUGUGAAGGCUGGAGAUCUACUGAGAAUUGAUGCUGAAAUUUCUGGCCGUCCCAUUCCUGUGAUAUCUUGGGCAAAGGACGGAAAAGAAAUUGAAGCUAAAGCAAGAGUUGAGAUUUCUUCAACACUUACUUCUACAACAUUAAUUGUAAGGGAUGCCAUUAGAAGAGACUCAGGACAAUAUGUUCUAACAUUACACAAUGUUGCUGGCACCAGAUCAUUAGCAGUGAACUGUAAGGUUCUGGACAGGCCUGGCCCAUCAUCUGGGCCUUUGGAAGUAAGUGGUUUAACUGCAGAGAAAUGUACAUUGUCAUGGGGACCACCGCAAGAAAAUGGUGGUGCUGAAGUUCAGCACUACAUAGUUGAGAAACGUGAGACAAGUCGUCUUGCAUGGACUCUAGUCUAUGCAGAAAUGAGGGCCACAACAUGUAAAGUUACAAAGCUUCUCAAAGGUAAUGAAUACAUAUUUAGAGUUCUGGGAGUUAAUAAAUAUGGAACCGGUGAAGUUCUAGAGAGUGAUCCUGUAAAGGCAAUGGAUCCAUUUACAAUCCCUGCUGCACCAACAAAUGUUGAAGUCACCAGUGUAACAAGCAAUGCAAUGACAAUCUGCUGGGAAAGACCUGUGUCUGAUGGCGGAAGUAGUAUUUCUAGCUAUGUGAUUGAGAAACGUGAGAAAGCUGGUCUUCGUUGGGUCCGUGUUAACAAAAAGCCUGUUUAUGACUUAAGAGUCAAAGCUUCAAAUCUUCGUGAAGGAUGUGAAUAUGAGUACAGAGUCUAUGCAGAGAAUGCUGCUGGUCUGAGUGCACCAAGUGUGCCCUGCCCACUUACAAAGGCAGAGGAUCCAUUGUUCCUUCCAUCACCUCCAGCUAAACCUAAAGUAAUUGAUUCUUCCAAAACAUCAGUAACACUAUCUUGGAACAAACCUUUAUUUGAUGGUGGCUCUCCAGUUACAGGAUACAUGGUGGAAUAUAGAAACACCAAUGAUGAGGAUUGGACAAUCGGAGUCCAUAACACUACAGGCACUGAGUUCACAGUGGUGGGACUCAUUUCAGGGGCAGAGUAUGUCUUUGUAGUCAGAUCAAUUAACAAGAUUGGACCAAGUGAACCAAGCCCUGAAACCGAUCCCCAGAUAGCAAAGGACAGAGAAGAUGAACCAGUUUUCCUCAUCAGUAAUGAAAUGAGAAAGACACUGAUUGUCAAAGAUGGCAGUUCAUUUACCCUCAGAGUCCCAUUCAAGGGUAAGCCUGUACCACAUGUAAGGUGGAACAAGCCAGAUGUUGAUCUGAGAGUGCGAGCUGCUAUUGAUACCACAGAUAACUGCACAUCUAUUACAAUUGAACAAGCUACAAGAGAUGAUGCAGGGAAAUACACUGUAACCCUCCAAAAUGUAGCUGGAACUGCUACACUGACAUUGAGUGUUAAAGUCCUUGAUUCUCCAGGACCACCAGGACUUAUUAAAGUAAAGGAAGUUACAAAGAGCUCAGCAACUAUUACAUGGGACACGCCUGAGAAUGAGGGUGGUGCUCCAGUCAAGAACUACCUUGUUGAUAUCCGUGAGACAACUAAAAUGGGAUGGACCAGAGUUACAGACAGCUGUCCCCGGCUAACUUAUAGAGUGAAUGAUCUUCAAGAAGGGGGCGUUUAUUAUUUCAGAGUAACUGGCGAAAAUGAAUAUGGUAUAGGAGUACCACUUGAGACCAAAGAAGGAACUAAGAUUACAGAAAAACCAAGUCCACCACCCAAGCUCGGUGUCAGUGAUGUCACAAAAGACAGUGUCUCACUUUCCUGGCUUAAACCAGAACAUGAUGGAGGUAGCAGAAUUACAAAUUAUCUAAUUGAGGCCCUUGAGAAAGGACAGGAGAAGUGGAUAAAGUGUGGUUCCACCAAAUCAACUCACUUUGUUGUUUAUGGAUUGAGAGAGAAUGCUGAGUACUACUUCAGAGUACAGGCUGAAAACCAUGCUGGACUUAGCGAUCCCAAGGACAUGGUUUUGCCAGUGCUUGUAAAGGAUCAACUAGAGGCACCUGAGAUUAACAUGAAGGACUUCCAACACAACACUGCCUAUGUUAAGGCAGGUUCAAAUCUAAAGAUUGAGAUCCCUCUUACUGGUAAACCAUUACCAAAAGUAUCACUUUCUAAGGAUGGACAGGUAUUAAAAUCAACCAUGAGAUUCAACUCUGAUGUGACGACCGACUCCCUUAUCAUUACUUUGCGCGAAAGUGUUGCUUUGGAUGCAGGCAGAUAUGAUAUCACAGCCUCAAACUCCAGUGGAACCACAAAGUCCUUUGUGAAUAUUGUGGUCCUCGACAGACCAAGCCCACCAGUUGGCCCUGUUGAAAUGUGUGACGUCAAAGAAGACAGUUUAAGUCUGAAAUGGUUGCCUCCCAACUAUGAUGGUGGUAGUCCAAUCACCAACUAUAUUGUUCUCAAACGUGAGACCACUACUGCAAACUGGAUAGAAGUCUCAUCUGCUGUUGCAAGAUGCACAAUCAAGAUCAUGAAGCUGAUUACAGGAGUUGAGUACCAGUUCAGGAUCAGGGCUGAGAAUCGCUUUGGCAUCAGUGACCACAUUGAUUCACCAACUGUUGCUGUCAGUCUUCCAUACACAAUUCCAUCGGAACCUUCACAACCAUGGGUAUCAGCUGUAACAAAGGAGAGUGUUACUGUUAACUGGAAGGAGCCAUCGUCUGAUGGUGGGAGCAAUGUCUUUGGGUACCAUCUUCAGAUGAAAAACAGCAACAGCAUCCUUUGGCAGAAAGUUAAUAAAACUCUUAUCCGUGCUACACACUUCAAAGUAUCUAGCGUGAGCUCUGGGCUCAUCUAUGAAUUCAAAGUUGCAGCUGAAAAUGCUGCUGGUAUUGGUCCAGUCAGCAAGCCUUCAGAUCCUGUGCUUGCAAUUGAUGCUUGUGAACCUCCAAACAACCUUAAAGUCACUGAUAUCACAAAGAGUUCAAUUAGUCUUGCCUGGCAGAAACCCUCAUAUGAAGGAGGAAGCAAAAUUACUGGAUAUAUAAUUGAAAGAAAAGAUUCUCCAAAAGGCAGAUGGUCGAAAGUUAAUUUGACAAAUGUUUCUGACACAAUGUUCACAGUAUCAGGCUUGACUCAGAAUGAAUCUUAUGAGUUCAGAGUCAUGGCUAAGAAUGCAAUUGGCUCCAUUAGUAAACCAUCAACAACUGUUGGACCAGUCACAUGUGUAGACACAUAUGGUGCACCUGAAAUUGAACUUCCACAAGAAUAUCUUGAUGUUGUCAAAUAUAAAGCUGGAGCUACAAUUGAUCUUAAAGUUGGUGUUAUUGCUAAACCUCAACCAACAAUUGAAUGGUACAAAGAUGGAAAGGAGCUUGAGCCUGGAGCUCAGUUAACCAUCUCCAGCACCACCGAUUCAGCAUGCAUCUCAGUCAGGGAUGCAACACGUUUGAAUACUGGAACGUAUGAACUCAAGAUCAAGAAUUCAUUAGGCUCAGCAUACUGUGCUAUCAGAGUACUUGUCCAAGACAAACCAGGACCUCCUGGAGAGAUACAGUUCAAGAAAAUCACAGCAGAUACUAUGACAAUCAUGUGGGAUCCUCCAGCUGAUGAAGGUGGUGCAAUGGUGACACACUACAUUGUAGAGAAACGUGAGACAAGCAGAAUUAUGUGGUCCAUAAUCUCAGAAAAGAUGGAAGACUGCAUUGUCACUGUCCAAAGGCUUAUUAAGGGCAACGAAUAUAUAUUCCGUGUUCGUGGUGUAAACAAAUAUGGAGUUGGAGAUCCUUUGGAAUCUAGACCAGUUAUUGCACAGAAUUCCUUUGUUCCUCCGAGUCGUCCCUCUAAACCUCAAGUUACAAUGAUUACCAAGUCAACAAUGACCGUGGUAUGGGAAAGACCAAGUAUGGAUGGUGGCAGCGAUAUUGAUGGAUAUUACUUAGAAAAACGGGAAAUCAAGAGUCUACAGUGGUUCAAGGUUAUUAAAGAUCAAAUUCGUGAUACAAGACAAAAAGUCAGCAACCUCAUAGAUGGAAAUGAUUAUCAGUAUCGUGUCUGUGCAAUCAAUAAAGCUGGAGCAGGCCCAUAUUCUGAAGCAUCAAACUUCUACAAAGCUUGUGACCCUAUUGAUCCACCAAGUGAGCCAACAAAACUUAAAGUUGUUGAUUCAACAAAAACAUCCAUUACCCUGGGGUGGGUAAAGCCUGUCUACAAUGGUGGCAGUGAAAUCACAAGCUACAUUGUUGAGCAGAGAAUGGUUGAUGAGACAGAAUGGGUCACUAUAAGCUCUAAAGGUGAAGUGAGGACAACUGAGUUUGUAGUAUCCCAUUUAAAACCUGGAGUGUACUAUUUCUUCCGUGUCUCAGCUGUUAACUGUGUUGGAGCCGGACGUCCAAUUGAGAUGAUACAGUCUGUGCAAGCCAAAGAUAUACUGGAGGAGGCUGAUGUUGAUCUUGACAUCUCAAUGUCAACUCAGUACGUAGCAAGGGCUGGUAGAGAUGUGAACAUUGUCAUUCCUCUUAAGGGUAGACCUGCUCCAAAUGUAACAUGGAGAAAGGGGGAGAAGAACAUUAGUGGCGACACAAGAUACACCAUCAAAAACACAGAAUAUUCAACUACACUUAUCAUCCCGAAAGUCACAAGAGAUGAUUCCGGCAAAUAUCUUCUUGAGAUUGAAAAUGGAGUCGGAGAACCAAAAACAAUUACAGUGUCUGUUAAAGUAUUGGAUACACCAUCAGCUUGCAAUAAACUAAUUGUGAAAAAUGUGACACGAGGUAAACUCACUCUGAGCUGGGAACCACCUUUAAUUGAUGGUGGCUCUCCAAUCACAAAUUACAUUGUUGAGAAAAAGGAUGCUAAAUUAAAGGCCUUCACUUCUGUGACAAAUGAAUGUGCCAAUACAACAUUUAAGGUUGAAGGCCUGGCUGACAAAAUUUCCUAUUUCUUCCGUGUUUCUGCGGAAAAUGAAUACGGUGUUGGUGAUCCUUGUGAGACUGCACAUCCUGUCAGAGCAACGGAAACACCAGGUCAUGUUAAAGAUCUUUUGGUGGCUGACUCAUCUAAUACAUCUGUAACUUUGGCAUGGACAAAGCCUGAUCACGAUGGUGGCAGCCACAUUUCUGAGUACAUUGUUGAGAUGAAAGAAGAAGAAGAAGAAACUUGGAGCCUUGGUGGCACAUGCAGACGUUGCCAGUUUGAAGUUACACAUCUUAAAGAACUCUCAGAAGUUUUCUUCCGAGUAUUUGCCAAAAAUGAGAAGGGUCUCAGUGACUUCUCUCAAAUUGGACCGAUCACUGUAAUGGACUCUGUUAUACCACCUGAGGCUUACUUUACUGACUGUCCAAGUGGGGUAAUAAGUGUUCGCAUCGGACAAAAUGCGAAUAUUGAUUUGCCGUACAAAGGUAAACCCAAGCCAACUAUUCAGUGGGUGAAAGAUGAUGAGUUACUCAAGGAAAGUGAACAAGUUCGUUUCAGGCAAACAGAGAACAAAGCAAGUCUAAUGAUAAGAAAUGCCAGAAAGGAAAAUGCAGGAAAAUACACCAUGGUCCUUGAUAACAAACUUCAUGUGACUUUCUAUGACAUCAGAGUAAUUACACUUGGACCACCAUCUGUGCCUGUAGGCCCAAUCCGUUUUGAUGAAAUUAAAGCCCAGAGUAUUAUCAUUUCAUGGGAUGAACCCCGGGAAGAUGGUGGAGGAGAAAUUACUUGCUAUAGUGUCGAAAAGCGAGAGACAUCCCAAAUAGCAUGGAAAAUGGUUUGCUCCAGUGUGGUAAGGACCACAUUCAAGAUACCAAAUUUGGUUAAGGGUACUGAAUACCAAUUUAGAGUGCGUGCCGAGAACAAAUAUGGCGUAAGCGAUCCUCUCAACUCAUCAGAUGUGGUUGCUCAACACCAGUAUAAGCCACCAGGUCCACCGGGUAAACCAUUGGUAUACAACAUAACAAGUGAUGGCAUGACGGUUCAGUGGGAUGCCCCAAGCUUUGAUGGUGGUUCACCAGUUACUGGAUACCAUCUUGAGAAAAAAGACAGGAACAGCUUAUUGUGGACAAAAGUAAAUACCAAUGUUAUCUCUGGAAAAGAAUACAGAGCCAUUGGACUUAUUGAAGGGCUGGAGUAUUCAUUCAGAGUUUAUGCCGAAAACAAUGCAGGCAUGAGUCCAGUCAGUGAGCAAAGCAAACACAAACUGGCAAUUUCGCCUGUUGAUCCUCCUGGCACACCUAAUUGCAUUGAUGUUACAAGAGAUUCUGUAACACUUCAGUGGGAACCACCUAAACGAGACGGAGGCAGCAAGAUUGUGGCAUACAGUGUUGAAAGACGUCAGGGAAGAGGGCGUUGGUUAAGAUGCAAUUUCAUUGAUGUCAGUGAAUGUCAGUUUACAGUAACAAGCCUUGCGGCAGGUGACCGCUUUGAAUUUAGGGUAAUUGCCAGGAAUGCUGUUGGAACAGUUAGUCCACCUUCUCAGUCAUCUGGCUACAUCAUGACCAGGGAUGAAAGUGUGAUUCCUGAGAUUGUGUUUGAAGCUGAGAAGACCCUAACUAUCAAGGCAGGAGAAAACAUUAAACUCAACUGCACUAUAAGUGGACGUCCUGUACCUCAAGUGACAUGGUAUAAAGAUGGAAAGGAAUUUGACAAGAUGUUGGUUGACAUCACCACGGUUAUUGGAGGAAGCUCACUUUUCAUCAGAGAUGCUGACCGCAAUGAUCGUGGUAUUUACACAGUUGAGGCAAAGAACAGUUCAGGCACAACAAAAGUAGAUAUACUUGUCAGAGUACAAGAUACCCCUGGACCACCUGAGGGCCCACUGCGCUUCACCAAUAUUUCUGCCGAGAAAGCAAGUCUUUGGUGGAGCCCACCUGAUAAUGAUGGCUGUGCACCUAUUACUCAUUAUGUCAUUGAGAAGCGUGAGACUUCCAGAAUUUCAUGGGCGCUUGUAACAUCCAAGUGUGAAGCCUGCUCUUUUAAUGCCACUAAACUGAUUAAAGACAAUGAAUAUCAGUUCCGGGUGUCAGCUGUCAAUAAAUUUGGCGUGGGCAAGCCACUGGAGUCUGAUCCAUUCAUUGCAAAAAUACAGUACACGGUACCAGAUGCUCCUGGGACACCUGACUGCACACAUGUGACAGGAAACAGUAUUACACUAUGCUGGACAAGACCAAGACAUGAUGGUGGAAAUGAGAUCAAGCAGUACAUUCUUGAAAGGCGGGAGAAGAAGAGCUUAAGAUGGGUGAAGGUUUCAUCAAAAAGACCAAUAACUGAGCUUAGGCAUAGAGCUACAAAUCUUACAGAAGGAAAUGAAUAUGAAUUCCGUGUUCUGGCUGAAAACGGUGCUGGAAUUGGACCUGCAAGUGGAACGUCCAGAUUGUUCAAGUGCAGAGAGCCAACAAGUGCACCCAGUGCUCCAACUGUUGUGAAGGUCACUGACUCCACCAAGACAUCUGUAACCCUGGAAUGGACCAAGCCUGUGUUUGAUGGUGGUUUGGAAAUCAUUGGUUACAUUAUUGAGAUGUGCAAGGCAAGCCUUGAGGAAUGGCACAGAGUCAAUAACCAGACUUGUGUCAAUACCAAAUACACAGUAACAGAUUUAGAACCUGGUGAGGAGUAUAGAUUCCGUGUGUGCGCAGUCAAUGGUGCUGGAAAGGGAGAAACCUCUGAGACAAAGAAUAUAGUGCAAGCUGUUGAUCGUCUGACAUCACCAGAAAUAGAAAUUGAUUCAGACUUCAAACAGACACAUGUUGUGAGGAAUGGUGGAACAGUCACCCUUCAUAUUCCAUUCCGUGGCAAACCAGCCCCCCUUGCCACUUGGACAAAAGCAGAUGGAGAGCUUGGUGUAAUGGUAGAUAUAAAUACCACAGAAACUUACAGCACUUUGACCAUUGAAAAUUGUACUAGGUAUGAUGCUGGCAAGUAUACACUCUCUCUUGAAAACAACAGUGGUCGUAAAUCUAUUACAUUAACAGUGAAAGUACUGGACACACCUGGACCACCAGGUCCUCUCACAUUCAAGGAUGUGACAAGAGGCGCUCUCACCCUCAUGUGGGAUGCACCUUCCAAUGAUGGAGGUGCUCGUAUCCAUCACUACAUUGUUGAGAAGCGAGAAGCAAGUCGCUUGACUUGGCAAGAGGUUAGUGAAAAGUGCACACGACAAAUCCUGAGAGUGGUCAACCUUGCUGCAGGCACACCAUACCUCUUUAGAGUUAUUGCAGAAAAUCAGUAUGGCAAAGGUGAACCAUUUGAAAUGACAGAACCUGUUAUAGCCACAGAAGAGCCUGCACCUCCCAAGCGAUUGGAUAUCAUUGAUACUACAUCCUCAACAGCCACCUUAGUAUGGAUGCAGCCUGAGCAUGAUGGUGGAAGUCGCAUUACUGGGUACAUUGUUGAGACUAGAAAGAAAGGCACUGCCCAUUGGCUUGUUGGUGGUCAAACAAAAUCUUUGAAAAUGGUUCUUGAAGGCUUGGUUGAGAACACAGAAUAUGAGUUCCGUGUCAAAGCCCAGAAUGAUGCUGGUGUUAGUCACCCACGAGAUGCACUAGCCUCUGUUAUUAUAAAAGAACCCCGUAUAGAGCCAACAGCAGAUCUCAGCGGCAUUGAGCUCAUCACCUGCAAAACUGGAAAUGCCUUUACCAUUGAUAUUCCAAUCAGUGGCAGACCAGUCCCCAAGGUAACAUGGAAACUUGAAGAGAUGAAACUCAAAGAAACAGAUAGAGUAUCAAUUAAGACCUCAAAAGACCGAACCACUUUACUUGUUAAGGAUGCAAAGAGAGGUGACAGUGGAAAAUAUUAUCUUACUCUUGAGAAUGCGGCAGGAUCAAAGACAUUCACUGUUGCCGUCAUUGUCAUCGGAAGACCAAGCCAACCAACUGGACCUGUUGAAAUUUCAGGAAUCUCAUCAGAAUCUUGUGUACUAACUUGGGCAGAACCUGCAGAUGAUGGUGGAACAGACAUCACCAAUUAUAUUGUUGAGAAACGUGAAUCUGGAGCCACCACAUGGCAGGUUGUGAAUUCAAGUGUGAAACGCACCACUAUUAAAGUAACUCAUCUGACCAAGUACAUGGAGUAUACUUUUAGAGUCUGUGCUGAAAACAAGUUUGGUGUUAGCAAGCCUAUCGAAUCUCAAGCUAUUGUUGCUGAGCAUCCAUUUGUCUCACCAAGCCCACCAACUCGCCCAGAUGUAGUUUUAGUGUCUGCUAAUGCAAUUACUAUUCGUUGGGAUGUGCCAUAUUAUGAUGGUGGAAGCCAAGUAACUGGAUACUGGAUUGAGAAGAAGGAACGUAAUACCAUACUGUGGGUGAGGGAAAACAAGAUUCCUUGCCUUGAUUGUCAAUUCAAGGUCUCCAAUCUUAUUGAAGGCCUUGAGUACCAGUUCAGAGUAUAUGCAAUGAACAUUGCUGGUCUAAGUAAAGCCAGUGAAGCAUCAAGGCCAGUACUUGCUCUAAAUCCAGUUGAUCCACCUGGCAAACCAGAGGUUUAUGAUAUAACCAAGACCUCAGUGUCUAUUAGAUGGUCUGUGCCAUUCAACGACGGUGGCAGUAAGAUUGUUGGAUAUGUUGUUGAACGCAAAGCUUCCACUGAGGAUGAUGAAGCUCGCUGGUUAAAGUGCAACUACACUACUAUCACAGAAAACUUCUUCACUAUUACAUCACUUAGUGAGGGAGAAACGUAUGAAUUCCGUGUUAUUGCCAGAAAUUGUGCUGGAGUCCACAGCAUGCCAUCUGAGUCGACAGGACCCAUAAUAUGCAAAGAUGAAUAUACACCACCAAAGGCUGAGCUGGACAAACUUGUGGGUGAGACGAUCACUAUUAGAGCAGGAGCAGACAUUGUUCUUGAUGCUGCAGUCGGUGGAAAACCAGAGCCCAAGGUUUUCUGGUCCAAGGGUGAUAAGGAGCUGGAAUCUGGAGAGAAAUAUUCACUUACGUACACCAGUACAAGAGCAAUAGCAAUAGUUAAAUCGUGUGAUAGAAAUGAUACUGGAAAAUACAUCCUCACUGUGAAAAAUGCUAGUGGAAUCAAAACAGCUGCUGUCAAUGUUAAAGUCCUUGACACGCCUGGACCACCUGAGGAUGCAAUCAUAAUUAGCAGAGUCACAGAAGAGAAAUGUACAGUUUCCUGGAAGAUUCCUCUGGAGGAUGGUGGAGAUUCUGUUUCUCACUAUAUUGUUGAGAGGCGUGAGACCAGCAGACUCAACUGGGUUGUGAUGGAAACUGAAUGCAAAACUCUGUCUUGUGUCAGCACAAAACUGAUCAAAAACAAUGAGUACAUUUUCCGGGUCAGAGGUGUAAAUAAGUACGGGCCUGGUGUACCCUUAGAGUCUGAACCAGUUAUUGCAAGAAAUGCAUACACUGUACCAACACCUCCGGGGGCACCAGAGAUCACUGCUAUUGGAAAAGAACAUGUCAUUAUUGAAUGGCUUAAGCCAGAGAGUGAUGGCGGUAGUGAAAUAAAAAGCUACCUUGUGGAUAAACGUGAGAAGAGCAGUGUUAGAUGGACAAGAGUGAACAAAACCUACACAAUUUAUGAUACACGCCUCAAGAUCACUGGUCUUCUUGAGGGUAGUGAUUAUCAGUUCCGUGUUGCAGCUGCCAAUGCUGCUGGAACCAGUCUUCCAAGUGAGGCAUCCUCAUAUGCCCACUGCAGGGAGCCAACAUAUACCCCAGCUCCACCAUCAGUUCCUCGUAUUAUAGAUACCACAAAGCACAGUAUUAGUAUAACAUGGACACGACCAAUGUAUGAUGGCGGAUCUGAUGUUACGGGCUAUGUUGUUGAGAUUCUGGAGGAGGGAACGGAGCAGUGGUACAGAGCCACCCAAAAAUUGCUGAUCAGUACUAAGUACACUGUAACUGGUCUGACAAGUACCAAAAAAUACCGCUUUAGGGUGGCUGCUGUAAAUGCAAUGGGCACUGGGGAAUUUAGUGAAGGGAGUGUUGAGUCUUCACCUUCUGAGAGAGUUGAAAUACCUGAUAUUGAACUACCUGACGACUUGAAGAAAACUGUUUGCAUCAGAGCUGGAAACACUUUACGCCUUCGUGUUACUACAACUGGCAGACCUGCACCAGUUAUUACCUGGAGAAAGACUGGAAUUGACUUACAGGCUCGUGGCUUCAUAGACACUACGGAAAAUUCUACAACUUUAAUAGUGGAGAAAGUACAUCGCUAUGAUGCUGGAAAAUACACAAUUGAAGCCGAAAAUCCAUCUGGCAAGAAAGCAGUUACCAUUCUUGUUAAGGUUUAUGAUACUCCUGGUCCAUGUGGUGCAGUAUAUGUUAAGGAUUACACAAAAGAGUCUGUUGUUAUUACCUGGGAAGUGCCAACUAUUGAUGGAGGUGCUCCCAUCAGUAACUACAUAAUUGAGAAGCGUGAAUCUUCAAUGAAAUCCUACAAAACUGUAACAACAGAAUGUAAGAAGACGCUAUACAGAAUAACCCAGCUGGAGGAAGGCACACAAUACUUCUUUAGAGUAUUGCCUGAGAAUAUAUAUGGUAUUGGAGAACCUUGUGAAAUUAGUGAACCAGUUCUUGUUUGUGAAGUUCCAUCCGUUCCCCAAGAUCUGUAUGUUAUUGACAUCACAAAGUCUACAGUCAGUCUUGGAUGGGAAAAACCACUUCAUGAUGGUGGUAGCAGAAUUAGUGGCUAUAUCAUUGAAGCCUGCAAAGCUGGAACUGACCGCUGGUUGGAUGUUGCAAAUGUGAAAUCAACUGUGCUUCAGCACACAAUCGUGUCACUAAAUGAAAAUGAGCAAUAUCUCUUUAGAAUCAAAGCUGAAAAUAGCAGAGGUGUCAGUGAGCCAAGAGAUAUUAUGACACCUGUGACAAUAAAAGAACAAAAAGUCAUGCCCAGGAUUGAUUUGACUGGCAUCCCUCAAAAGAUUGUCAAUGUGCCAGCUGGUAAGCCAAUUAUACUUAACAUUCCCAUCAAAGGUAGACCUGCACCAGUCUGUUCUUGGUUCUUUGGUGGAGUCAAGAUGAAGGACACGCUCGACCGCAUCAAGAUUGAAACAACUGCUAAAUUCACCAAUCUGUCAGUCCGUGAAACCACAAUUAAUGACACUGGUGACUACACUCUUAAAGUAAAGAAUGACGUAGGAACCGCAACUGAAGUCAUCAAAGUUAUCAUUCUUGAUAAACCUGGAGUACCUGUGGGUCCUUUGAGAAUUGAUGAAGUGGAUGCCACAUCUGUUACCUGUAGCUGGGAACCACCAAUGAAGGAUGGAGGUGCAAAUGUCAGUGGCUAUGUUGUUGAGCAACGUGAUGCUCAUCGACCUGGAUGGUUGCCUGUCUCUGAAUCUGUCACAAGACCUACAUUCAAGUUUACUAGACUUACAGAGGGAACUGAAUAUGUAUUCCGUGUAGCUGCAACGAAUCGCUUCGGCAUAGGCAGUUUCUUGCAGUCGGAAGUUGUUGAGUGCAAGAGUGCCAAAACGGUACCUGGAGCACCCAGCACACCUGAAAUACUGGAUGUGUCUCAUGAUGGAAUGACUCUCACUUGGAGACCACCUGAGCAUGAUGGUGGUUCGUCUGUGGCCGGCUAUAUUAUUGACCGCAAAGAGGUUGGAUCAGACAGAUGGGUUAGAAUAAAUAAAAAUCCAGUGACAAUGACAAGAUACCGAGCCACAGGACUUAUGGAGGGUCUUGAAUAUGAGUAUAGAGUGACAGCCAUCAACUCUAGAGGUGCUGGAAAACCAAGUGAAAAUUCUAAAGCAGCUAUUGCAAUGGAUCCUAUCGAACCUCCUGGUAUUCCACUGAAUCCAAGAGUAACAGAUACCACAAGAACAUCAGUUUCAAUUGCUUGGUCUCCUCCAGAGGAUGAAGGAGGUGCAGCUGUUACUGGUUAUCUCAUAGAGAUGCAGAAGGUUGACCAGGUUGAAUGGACCAAAUGCAACACAACACCAACAAAGAUCUGUGAAUAUACAUUGACACAUUUGCCCCAGGGCGCUGAAUACAGGUUCCGUGUGAUGGCAUGCAAUCCUGGUGGAGCAGGUGAACCAGCUGAGAUUCCAAGGGUGGUCAAAGUUACAGAAAUGCUUGAAUAUCCUGAUUAUGAGCUGGACACAACGUACCAGGAGGGCUAUGUUGUCAGACAAGGUGGUGUCAUCAGGCUCUCUGUGCCCAUCAAGGGCAAACCUUACCCAACAUGCAAGUGGACAAAGGAUGGCCGUGACAUUUCUCACAGGGCUAUGAUUGCCACCAGUGAUGAACGCACUGAGCUUGUAAUCAAGGAAGCCCACAGAGAUGACACUGGCACAUAUGACCUUGUGCUGGAGAACAAAUGUGGCAAAAAGGCUGUGUAUAUUAAAGUUAAAGUUAUUGGGCGUCCUGAUCCACCUGAGGGUCCUCUUGAAUUUGAUGAUAUUCAAGCACGUUCAGUAAGAGUAAGCUGGAGACCACCUUCAGAGGAUGGAGGUUCUGAUAUUCUUGGUUACGUUGUGGAGAGGCGAGAGGUGCCUAAAGCAGCUUGGUAUACAGUGGACUCACGUGUGGUUGACACAUCACUGGUGGUCAAGGGACUGAAGGAAAAUGUUGAAUACCACUUCAAGGUUACGGCAGAGAACCAGUUUGGCAUUAGCAGAUCCUUAAAAUCUGAUGAAUCUGUUACCCCGAAGACUCCUCUUUGUCCACCAGAACCUUCCAGCUUCCCUCCAGAAAUCAUGGAUGUUACAAAGACCACAAUUGGCCUGUCUUGGUCAAGACCAAAGGAUGACGGUGGAUCUCGUGUCACUGGAUACUAUGUUGAGAGAAGAGAAACUUCCACUGAGAAGUGGGUGCGUCAUAACAAGACUCAUAUCACAACAACAAUGUAUACUCUUACUGGUCUCAUCCCUGAUGCAGAGUACCAGUUCCGUGUGGUUGCUCAGAAUGAUAUUGGUCUGAGUGAGCCAGGACCUGUAUCGGAGUCAGUUGUAUGCAAAGAUCCAUUUGAUAAACCAGGCCAACCUGGUGAGAUUGACAUAAUCUCUAUAGCCAAGGACUGCAUAACCAUUCAUUGGCUACGUCCUGAAUCAGAUGGUGGAAAAGAAAUCUUUGGGUACUGGAUUGAAUAUAGGCAGUCAGGUGAAAGUGCCUGGAAGAAAUGCAACAAAGAGCGUUCAAAGGACAGACAGUUUACCAUGGGCGGUCUUAUGGAGGCUACAGAAUAUGAAUUCCGAGUGUUUGCAGAAAAUGAAACUGGAUUGAGUAGACCAAGAAGAACUGCCAUGGGAAUUAAAACCAAACUGAGUGUUGGGGAAGCUCCAUGCCUAAAGGAGGAGAUGAAAGACACCACCACCAAACUUGGAGAGUCUGGAACAUUGAUGUGCCAGAUUAUUGGAAGGCCUCUUCCUGAAAUCAAGUGGUACAGAUAUGGAAAGGAACUAAUCCAAAGCCGAAAAUACAAGAUGAGCUCUGAUGGCCGAAACCACUCUUUAACAGUAUCAACAGAUGAACAAGAAGAUGAAGGCCUGUAUACAUGCAGAGCCAUCAAUGAGGCAGGUGAAAUUGAGACCAGUGGCAAGCUCCGGUUGGAGGCUGGACCACAAUUCCACCCUGGAUUCCCAUUAAAGGAGAAAUAUUAUGCAGGUUGUGGAACAAGCCUUCGUCUCCAUGUUGUCUACAUCGGUCGCCCUAUUCCACAGAUCAUGUGGUUCUAUGGAAAGAAGCCUCUGAAACCCUCUGAAAACAUCAUAAUUGAAAACACAGAAAGCUACACCCACUUAGUUAUCAGAAAUGUCCAGCGUAAGACUAAUGCUGGAAAAUAUAAGGUGCAAAUGAGCAACAGAUUUGGCACAGUGGACACUGUCCUCCGUGUUGAAAUCCAAGAUAAACCUCUUAUGCCUGAGGGACCAAUAAUUGUUGAUGCUCUCUUGAAGAAUUCUGUGAUCAUUAGCUGGAAACCACCAAAGGAUGAUGGUGGAUCAAUGAUCACAAAUUACAUUGUAGAAAAACGUGAAGCAAAGGAGGGAGAGCAGUGGCAUCUUGUAUCAUCAGCAAUCUCUGGAACCUCAUGCCGUGUUCCAAACCUCACUGAGAGUGCUGGAUAUUACUUCCGGGUCUCUGCACAGAAUCAAUUUGGCAUCAGUGAAUCACUUGAGAUUCCUUCUGUUGUCAUUAUUAAGAGUCCAUUCGAGAAACCUGGAGUCCCACAACAGCCUGUUGUUACUUCUGUGACAAAGGAUUCAUGUGUCGUUUCUUGGAAACCCCCAGCCAGCGAUGGAGGGGCUCAAAUUAAGAACUACUUCCUUGAGAAAAGAGAAAAGAAACAGAACAAAUGGAUUUCUGUUACAACAGAAGAGAUUCAUGAGACAUCGUACUCUGUUGAAGGCCUUCUUGAAGGUUUUGAAUAUGAAUUCCGUGUAAAAUGUGAAAAUAUUGGUGGAGAAAGUGACUGGAGUGAGAUUUCAGAACCAGUCAUUCCAAAAUCAGAUACAGCUCUGCGUGCUCCAUUCUUCAAGGAGGAAUUGAGAGACAUGUGUGUCAAAUAUAGGGCAAAUGCAACCUUUGUCACUAAAGUUAUUGGACAUCCCAAGCCAACAGUUAAAUGGUACAAAAACGGUAAAGAAAUUUUACCUGAUGGAGAAAAAGUAAAGGUUCAAGAAUUCAAGGGAGGCUACUUCCAACUUGUUAUCAGCAAUGCUGAUGAGAAUGAUGCAGCUGUUUACCAAAUUAGAGCUACUAACCAGCUUGGAUCAAUUUCUACAACUGUGGCACUAGAGGUUGAGGUACCUGCCAAGAUUCACCUGCCAUUACACCUCCAAGGCAUGGGAGCUGUUCACGCCAUUCGUGGUGAGGUGGUUUCCAUCAAGAUUCCAAUUAGUGGCAAACCUGAUCCUGUCAUCACAUGGCAAAAGGGACAAGAGAUGAUUAAUAAUACAGCUUAUCAUCAAGUAAUUAUCACAAGAUCAUUCACUUCCUUAGUUUUCCUAAAGGGAGUGGAAAGGAAGGAUUCUGGCUACUACAUAAUUUGUGCCAAAAAUCGAUUUGGUGUUGAUAAGCAGACAAUUGAACUUGAUGUUGCGGAUGUCCCCGAUCCUCCCAAGGCUAUUAAAGUUAGCGAUAUUGGCAGAGAUUCAAUCACCCUCACUUGGACUCCUGGAAAUGAUGGUGGAAGUGACAUUUUCAAUUAUAUUAUUGAAAAGUGCCCUUCAACUGGUGACAGAUGGAUUCGUGUAGCUCAAACAUCAGAGUGCCAGUACACCAUGGUGAGCCUCUUUGGCAAAACAAAAUAUCAGUUCCGUGUGAUUGCAGAGAACAAAUUUGGCUUGAGUGGUCCCUCUGCACCAACUGACCCAGUCACAAUAAAAGAAGACAAGUUAGCAAUUAGAAACUAUGAUGAAGAAGUGGAUGAAGCAAGAGAGGUUACAAAGGAGGAGGCACCACAUUCUAAAGUAAAAAAUAUGUCAUCUCUGUACACUAUCUCUGAGGAGCUUGCACGUAAUGGACAGUUUGGCAUUGUCCAUCGCUGUGUUGAAAUUAGCUCUAAGAAGACAUUCAUGGCGAAAUUCAUCAAGGUUAAAGGUGCUGAUCGAGAGCUGGUUGCAAGAGAAAUUGAGACACUCAAUAUUGCAAGACACAAAAACAUCAUUUAUCUUCAUGAAUCAUUUGAUAGCCUGGAAGAAUAUGUCCUGAUCUAUGAAUUCAUGUCUGGUUUAGACAUCUUUGAGCGCCUUGGUACAAACUUUGACCUCACAGAACAAGAAAUUGUUCGGUAUAUGAGACAAGUUUGCGGAGCUCUGAAAUUCUUGCACAGUCACAACUAUUGUCAUUUCGAUAUCAGGCCUGAUAAUAUUGUGUACUCCACUAGGAAGAGCAGUACCAUCAAGAUCAUUGAGAUGGGUCAGGCUAGAUUACUCACCCCUGGAGACAACAUCAGAGUUCAGUUCACUGCACCCGAGUACUGUGCACCUGAAAUUCACAGCAGUGAUUUUGUGACCACUGCCACUGACAUGUGGUCUGUAGGUGUUCUUGCAUAUGUUCUCCUUAGUGGACUUAAUCCAUUUGCUGCUGAAUCAAGCCUGAAAAUGAUUGAGCACAUUACAAAUGCAGAGUAUGUGUUUGAUAGUGAAGCCUUUAAAGAAACCAGUCUUGAGGCUAUGGACUUUGUUGACAGGCUGCUGACUAAAGACCGCAAACUGCGUAUGACAGCCUCUGAAGCUUUGGAGCAUCCUUGGCUUAAGAUGAAACUGGAAUACGUUAGUUCAAAGGUCAUCAAGACUUUGAGACACAGACGAUACUACCAAACACUGGUGAAAAGGGAAUGGAGCACAGUUACUUCAUCAGCACGUGUUGCCUAUGGUGGUGGCUACAGAAACCAGAGAAAUGUUUCAAUUGGUAGGGUCAAAGUUGCACAUCCUGAACAAGGCCUGAGAGCAGGUCCAGUCAUGCAUGGCUGUGCUGAAGAGGGUGGCCACGUCAGAUUUGUGUGCUACAUUGAGAAUUAUGACCGAAACACUGAAGUGACCUGGUACUUUGGUUCUCGCAAACUGACAGCAAGCCAUAAAUAUGAAAUCAACUAUGCUAAUGGAGUUGCUAGCAUCUAUGUUAAAGACAUUGAAGAAUCUGAUGAUGGACUAUACAGAUGCAAGAUUGUCAGUGAAGACAGAGAAGACAAUGCUUAUGCUGAGCUGUUUGUUGAGACUGUCAGGUCCUAUCGUGAAUACUAUCUGGGACGCACACUGAAGAAACCAAAGCGUAGAAUUGACAAAACCAAACUGUUGCAGAGGCCACCUGAGUUUACUUUGCCAUUGUACAACCGUACAGCAUACAUUGGUGAAGAUGUUCGCUUUGGAGUCACCAUAACAGUCCACCCAGAGCCAAGUGUUACAUGGUUGAAGGCUGGGCACAGAAUCAAACCAGAUCCUACUAAAUACACAUUUAUAAGCGAUAAGGGUCUUUAUCAGCUGAUGAUUCACAACGUUGAGCUUAGUGAUGACGCUGAAUACACUGUUGUGGCAAACAACAAGUUUGGUGAGGACAGCUGCAAGGCACGGCUCACUGUUACUCCACACAAGGUUGCUGAAGACACCAUGAGACCAAUGUUCAAACGUCUCUUAGCCAAUAUUGAGUGUGUCGAGGGACAGAGUGUCCGAUUUGACCUGAGAGUAUCAGGAACUCCGACACCAACGCUUACAUGGGAGAAAAAUGGCAAACCUCUUGAGUUCAGACCUCAAGUUGAAGUUGUUGAAGAGGAUGUAGAUUAUUAUGUUCUACAUAUUAGAGAAACCCUAAUAGAGGAUGCAGGCACAUACAGAGUCACUGCAACAAACACGGCUGGAUCAGCAAGUUGUCAAGCUAUUCUCAAGGUUGAACGCCUAACAUACACAAGGAGAGAGUAUAAGAGUGAGGAAGAGAGGCAGACAUAUGUACGAAGCCAAAUAGAAAAGACUCUGAAAUUGGCAGAACAUUUCUCCAAAGCUGAAGUUAUUGCACUCAAUCCUGUAGCACAAGAAGCUUUAAAAGAAGCUGCUGAAUUAUAUAAGCCUGCAGUGAGCACCAAGAAUGUGCAGGGUGAGUUUGACAUUUCUGAGAAAGAUGAAGAAAUAAAGAAAAUGAUACGUGAAGAAAAGCAGAUACGCAUGCCUUAUGAAAUCCCAGAGGUUCGUGCACAUGAUCCAUCUGUCCUCAGUGAAGAUAAGGUAAUCAAACACUUUGUGGCCUUAUCUGAUAUGAAAUGGUACAGGAAGCUUCGGGACCAGUUUGAGAUUUCUGAGCGCAUGGAAAGAAUUGUUCAAAAGAGACAGAGGCGUAUUAGGCUUUCUAGAUGGGAACAAUUCUAUGUUGUGCCACUGCCUAGAAUAACUGAUCAAUACAGACCAAGGUGGCGCAUUCCCAAAUUUACACUAGAUGAUUUAGAGAUCGUUCGACCAGCAAGACGAUCGCCAUCUCCUGAGUCAGUCGUGUCCUUCAAACAGAGAAGGCGUUCACUUGGAGACCUCUCAGAUGAGGAGUUCCUCGAGUCUGUUGAGGACUACACAGCACUGAGAAGAACUGAAAUGGAAAGACAGGAGCUUGAAGAUGAACUUGAACUUGGCUUCUCUGCUUCCCCACCCAGUGGAAGCCCUGUCCGCUUUGAGUUGUCUGCACUGCGUCGUGCAUCACCAAGACCAGUUCAGAAAGCUGAAGUAAGACACAAGGAAGAGCACAUCAAAUAUGUGACAACAACAGAGCAAGCUCGAGGCUCUCCACCUCCAAUUUCACAUUUCUUGAGGAGGAGGAGAUCCUUGUCUCCAUCAUACAUUGAACUAAUGCGUCCUGUCUCUGAACUCAUCAGACAACCUCGAGCACGUGUCUCAACAGAGGUUGAAGGUGAAAUCAUUGAAAGGAGAUCACCUACCCCUGAGAGGACACGUCCUCGUUCUCCGAGUCCUGUAUCCACCGAGAGGAGAUCUUCCAGAUCCUCCUCUAGAUUUGAAAGAUCUGCUAGAUUUGACAUCAUGUCUAGAUAUGAAGCAAGAAAAGCUGCCCUUAAAUCAGAGCGCAAGUACCAGGUUGUGACACAGGAACCCUUCAGUCUUGACCAUGCUCCUCGUAUCACAGUAAGAAUGCGUUCUCACCGUGUACCGUGUGGUCAAAAUACUAAAUUUACUUUGAAUGUUCAAUCCAAGCCAGAUGCUGAAAUACAGUGGUUCCAUAAUGGACAGCUAAUACAAGAAUGCAGCAAAUACCAAUUCACAAACAUGAGUGGAGUCCUGUCUCUCCAGAUUAAUGACUGUCAGGACGAGGAUAGUGGAACGUAUCGUGCCUUCUGCACAAACUCAAAGGGUGAGGCAUCAGACUAUGGAACCCUGGAUGUUUCUGGAGGAGCAUUUACAACAUACUCCUCAAGACGUAAAGACCAAGAGGUCAUAACGCCAUUUGUACCUGAUAUUACAAAGACAGAUUAUUAUCAUGUAUCAUCAUUUAGGGCGUCCUCUGCCUCAGAGACUCACUUGGAGAUCAAAGAAAGUAAAACAAAACUAACAGAGACACAUGAAGUAUCUGCCUCUGAAAAGUAUGCAUCUGCUGAAUACUUAUCAUCAGCUUCAUAUUCGUCCUCUGAAAGAUUUACAUCAACUGAAAAACAUGUCUCAUCAUCUGCAGCAAUGGUAAAAGAGUCAGCAGCAUCUGUAGUGUCAAAGAAAUCUAAAGCUACAGUUUCAGCCAAAAUACUCACAAAACCUCAGUCUUUAACUGUAUCUAAGGGAGACUCUGCACGAUUUGUAUGUGAUAUUGAUGGCGAGCCAGCACCAAGUGUCACAUGGAUGCAUCAGGGAAGAACAAUCGUCUCAUCACACCGUGUACAUGUGACAACAACACAGUACAAGUCUAUAUUUGAAAUUUCCUCAGUCGAGUAUUCAGAUGAAGGCAGCUAUACUGUAGUUGUGGAAAAUUUUGAAGGAAAGCAAGAGGCAAGGUUUACUUUGACAAUUCACAAGCCAGUACCUAAGGAGAAAGUGAAAACACCAUUACCUUCAGUGAAGUCACCAGAACCUUCUGUUAAAACUCCUGCACCUACUGUGGCAUCUCCAUCGCCAUCAAUUAAGUCUCCAGAGCCUUCUGUGAAAUCUCCUGCACCUUCAGUUAAAUCUCCAGAGCCUUCUGUGAAAUCUCCAGUGCCAUCAGUUAAAUCUCCAGAACCUUCUGUGAAAUCUCCAGAGCCUACUGUGAAAUCUCCUGCACCAUCAGUUAAAUCUCCCGAGCCUUCUGUAAAAUCUCCUGUGCCAUCAGUUAAAUCUCCAGAGCCCAAAAUUAAAUCACCAGAACCCACUGGUGUAAAGUCUCCUGAACCCCGAAUUAAGUCACCGGAAGGCGUUAAAUCACCACUUAGAGUAAAGUCACCGGAGCCAGCCACCUCCAUCCAGAGAGUGAAGUCUCCACCUCCCAUCAAAUCUCCUGAACCAACCACUGCUCAACGAGUAAAGUCUCCAACAGCUGUGAAAUCUCCUGAGCCAAUAACCUCACCCCCCAGGGUAAAAUCUCCACCUCCUGUUAAGUCUCCGGAACCAGUUACCUCCCCUCUGAGAGUAAAAUCCCCUACAGGAAUUAAGUCUCCUGAACCUCAGAGAGCCAAAUCUCCACCAACAGUCAAAUCUCCUGAGCCACCUAAAAGAGUUAAAUCUCCACUUACAGUGAAAUCACCACCAAAAAUCAUUCAGCAACUCAAAGCCGAAGCUUUUGAAGACAAAAUUAAGAUGGUCUGUGUAGCUGAGAGCUCUGUCACAGAAGUUGUGUGGUACAAGGAUGGCAAAAAAUUAACUCAAAGUAGUCGUUACCAGAUUCAAACAUCUGCUGAUGGAACUUGCUGUUUCUAUAUUUCUGAUGUUACUGAGAGAGACCAAGGCGAAUACUCCUGUGAAAUUAUAGGUGAAAGUGGAGCAGUGUCAAGAUCAUCAUUUUCUUUUGUUGGUCAACUGUUUCAAGCCAUCUACAAAAAAAUAACACUGUUUGUGUCUACGCACAAGGCUGUUCAAGAAUCUGUGUCUACCCAAAUACGUGGCGGGGCUGAAAUGUUACUUAAGAGAGAGAGUGCCGCCGUUAGCAGCAUGCAGGAAAGUUUCUCUUCAAAAUCCAUCCAGAUGGAGAGCGCAAUGCAAGAAUCAUCCUUCAGCAAGUCUGCAAUGGCUGAGAUGAAAUUUGAAUCUAUGUCAAUGUCUAGCAAGUCCUCUAUGACGUCUGAAUAUGCUAUGAGCACGAGCAGUGUAAUGUCAAGUCACUCACACGCUGAGGGAUCUUCAAUGAGAGGAUUCCUGCACAGUUCACAAGGCUUAGCUCCAAGAAUUGAAGCUCUUCCCGAAGAUAUCAGCAUCGAAACUGGAAAGGUUAUAACGGUAGCCUGUGCUUUCUCCGGAGAGCCAACACCUCGUAUCGAGUGGUCACGGGGCGGAAGGACACUGCCUAGUGCGGAAGAGAGCAGCAGGUUCCAUAUUGAGACCACAGAAGACCUGACCACGCUCAUCAUCACUGGUGUGAAAGAGAGCGAUGCUGGAACAUACACACUCAGACUUUCUAAUGAGCAUGGAUCUGACACAGCAACUGUUACAAUCAGCAUUCGAUCAAAGUAAAAGCGAUAACCUUAAUUUUUACCCCCUUCCCUCAAUAAGCGACGUUUUUUUUGUAUUUAUUAAUGAACAGAAAAAAUCUUGAUAAGUACCUGUAAAUAUAAACUAUUUUUAUACCAUACUUGACAUCAAUUUAUGCCAAAAAGUCUAAAGUUAUUAUAGAAUGUGUCAUAUUGGAUACUUAUGACUUCGGAUUUUUGAUCCAUUUUUCUGUGACGUGUACAUAAUGUAUAUAGCCGAAUUUAACGGUUAUGAAAAAUGUAUGAAUUGUUAUUUAUAACAAUAUUAACUGAAACAAAUGAAACUUAAUGUUUAUCAGGAGAAAGUUUCACAUGGAACGAAUACCCUGUUAAACCUGAAACUAAACUCUGUGCCUCAACAGUAAGUUGAAGUCUUAAGAUUGCCUCAACAGGUAGAGAGGCUCCCUGUUGAUGUUACACUAAAUCUGAGAGACAACGUCAUACAUGCACGUUUACACGUGCAGUGGUAUUAUUACCACACUCUUAUGCAUUGUUACUUGAACGUAAGACCUUGAGUGCUGUUUGCAUACUACCCUCAUGUAAGCAGGACGACUGGGUCUUGUGUUCAGACUGAUUAUGUCAUAUCACCAUUUUAAUGACAUGCUCAAGGUGCGAGCGGCCUGCACUUUGAGCUAAAAUGUUUAAUGUGCUCUGUUUCUGGCAAGGGACUGCAUGAAUAAACUUUAAAAAAAAUAACAUCACCUGGCCACUAAAGAAAGUUUAUCUUGUACUUCCUUGCAGAAGCAGAGCCUCCUCUCGGAGGUUUGCUUUGAUGCAUUGUGUUUGUGUGUUAGCUUAGAAUUCACCUUGUCAGUUGUUGGGCAAGCAAGAAAGUGCGCCACAGCGACACCACCUGCUGUGCAAUGGAGAAAACGGUUUAGUGUCUAAAUGCCCUGCACUUUGGUUUGAUUUUAUGUAGAAUUGUAGUAUUAUCUAUAUACGCAACCUCCUUGAGUAUUAAUGAAUCAAUAAAGCAUGUUCUCAGCACAAUAA